AAAAAAUAACAACCGGAGCAGCUUCGCUCCGGACAGGUUACCGGAACGGAGACCGAGCCAGUGUGUCACCGGGUCAGCCUCGUCUCCCCCAGCCGGGGGAGGAUGGGGAGAGGCAGCCCGCGGUGACCGGCCUGGGAGGAGGAGGAGGACAGCACUGGGAUACCCGCAAUGUGCUCACAUCCUGUCUCCACACUCAUCAUCUGCCGACCGUGUGCGCUGCUGGCGGAGAGCAGUGAGUAGCGGCUCUGUCACCCUGUGAUUAUUGACAAUGUGUAUAUUGUGUGUACUGAGGGUGGGGGGCUCCAUGGCUGCUCCUCUAAUGCUCAUUUAUUGGGGCUCCAUGGCUGCUCCUCUAAUGCUCAUUUAUUGGGGCUCCAUGGCUGCUCCUCUAAUGCUCCUUUAUUGGGGCUCCAUGGCUGCUCCUCUAAUGCUCAUUUAUUGGGGCUCCAUGGCUGCUCCUCUAAUGCUCAUUUAUUGGGGCUCCAUGGCUGCUCCUCUAAUGCUCAUUUAUUUGGGCUCCAUGGCUGCUCCUCUAAUGCUCAUUUAUUGGGGCUCCAUGGCUGCUCCUCUAAUGCUCAUUUAUUGGGGCUCCAUGGCUGCUCCUCUAAUGCUCAUUUCUUUCCCUGGUGUUCCUGGCUCCCAGUUUGUGUUUGAAUUGACAUGUUAGCAGUCAGGGAUUUCCCAGGUAUUGGUCUGGCAGGUAUGCCUUGGGUUGAUGUCUCUGAGGCCAGGGCUGGCAGAGUUUUGUUUUGCACGUGUCUUGUACAUGUAGUAGGCAUUAGAGGUAUUGUAUUUUUUAAUUUUUUUAUUUUUUAUUAAAUAAUGAAUUGUGUAAAAAUAUAAAAGUAAAAUUCAGGGCAAAAGUUGGAGCACCAUCUCCUCUCUUCCCCUCAUUUACAUUUUGUUUCUGUUUUCAUUUUGCUGUGAAUCAUUGUUUUGUAAAUGAAAACUUGAAUCCUUGAAUGUUACUUUAGAGUUAAAAAAUAAAUAAAUGAAUAAAAGGAAUCGCUAAAUAUAGGCUCCAAACCUCAUGUCCCUUUAAGGGUUGUUAAUUGAGAAAUGCAAAUAUACCCCUACAAUAAAGGUUUACAGGUAUUUAGGUAGUGCAGGUAAGUGCCCUUAAGCUUUUACGCUGCAUUCUUCUAUCUUAGAUUAAAAGGUGCAUAUGUCACUGAGAUCAAACAGGUCCCUGAGUCAGAGUGAACAUGACUAAUUUGGAAGCAAUCUCCCUCAAUUGCACUAUUAAUGAUCCAAUGCCUUUGUAUUCUAUAUUCAUAGCAAUAUUCUGUAUUUAUGAUAGUUAUGACUCUAAAUCCUUGUGACAAGUGCAACUAAUUUAUAGUUUGUGUAUAUUACACAGAUGUCACUUGACAAUUAGACCUGUCAAUUACCUAUUUUUUGCUCAUGACAGGGUGACACAUUUGCCAUUGAAACAGCUUUUCUCAAUUGAUACCUUAUUGUUUUGGUUAUGUGUGUCCUACGCCAUGACCACAGUUCUAGUAAGAAGUGGUUUACCAGGAAGUUAUCUGGUAUGUCAUGAGAACAAUGCUAUACAGUAAGCAUGUCAAACACAGGCUAACACGGGCCAAAUAAACCAGGUUUAAGUUCGUGUGGGCCGCAAAAAUACAAACUUCAGUUUUCAUACAAGCAUAGUUUUCUUUCGAAAAGUACAGUAUAAAAAAAGUUGCCUAAUUGGCCCUGGACGUCCUCACACUGAUAGGGCUUCAAAGUUAAAAAAAAAAACCCAGCAAAUUUUAUUUUAAGGAGACGAGUAUUUGCACAUAACCAAUGUUUCAGUUCAACUACCUUGACAUAUUAAAAGUGUGGUAAUGGGACUGAAAUGGUGAAUGUAUGCUGUUGCACAGCUGUAAAAACCAAAUGACGGCAUCUUGUUUAUUUUGAAGUCCUAUGAGUCUGUGUGUUCUGUACUUUGGCUGAGAUCAAUAAACCUGAUGAGCUCAGCCAAUCCAAUGCUUUCCCAUAGAAAAGCAUUGGGAAGCUAUCGUGCAUGUGUGGUAAAAACCUGUGCAGACCAUCAGCAUCUCCAUGGGGACCCAUUCUAAUACACUGCCCACAAAUCCAAUACUUUGCCCCCUCCACCCACUUUAGUACACUGCCUACAAAUCCAGUACAUUAACCCCAAAUCCAAUACACUGCCCCCACUCCCACAACUCUAAUUUAAUAAGCUACACUCCCUCCCCCCAAUUUAAUACACUGCCCCCAUCCUUUCCAACUGAAUACACUGCCCCCUGUCCCCAAUUUAACACACUACACUGGAAGGUCCCACAUGCCCCUCUUCCCCUACCUUAACAUGAGCCGCCAUCCUGCAGUUCCAGCUAUGCUUUUCUCUGUUCAAGCAGUGCGAGCAGGAGGUAAGGCCUGGCUGCCCUGCUCUGCAGACAGCCACUCUGCCCUCUUGUGGCCGCGGGAGGGUAGGCAAGAAUCAGACUGGAAAUAUCUUUCCCGUCUUGCGACUGGUCGCAGCCACAGCACAAAGAUGCCCCAGGGCAGGCGGGCUGCAAAUAUAUUCAAUGUGGGCUGCAAGUUUGACGUGCUUGCUCUACAGAAACAGUCGCUGUUGAGUUUUAAUGAAUAAUUCUCAUUUAAAUUUCAUUUAGUUGUUUAAUAUAUCCGUCACUGCCUUCUAUUCAUCAAAAAAUAUCCAACUUAGAAAGUAUAAAAACAGACUAUAUAUUGUGCUAGAUUUUUAUAUAAGAGACUAAAGUGUUUUACAUAUACAUGUAAAAAUUCAAAAAAGUUUUCUUUAAAGGAAUAUAGUGUUAGGAAUACAAGCCCUACAUCAACUAUUCCGAUGUUUUCCCAUAUGGGGGCUAGUGCGCGUGUGCGGUACUUCACUGUGCCAAUCAAAUGUUCAUUAGGAGCAGUGUUUGACUGAGAACCGGAACAGCCACUAGAGGUGUGUUUUACCCUGCAAGAGCAAUUGUACCCAGACCACUUUAAGAUAAAGUGGUCUGUGUGCCUUUAGUAGUCCUUUAAGGGACCCUCAAAACAACUUUAUAUUAAAGGAUGAAACAUUUCAUUAUAGCCUACAGUAUUGGGUAUGGUGCCAUCCUUGCUCUAACGCUCUUCCAGAUUACAUAGUUAAACAGUUUAAGAGCUAAUUGACUACUAACCUGGUUCCUCUCUGGCACCCGAUACUAUCUUUCCUGCUUUCUGAAGCUACUGCCUCUGAGUUAAAUCCAUCCAUGCAGGGACAUGUAAACUGGCUGAGAGCACUCAGCUGAUGCUCUCAGCGAAGGUAACUGGAAGUUCUUUGCAGGUGCUUCUGGCAGAUUCCGCGGUUGUUAAACCAUUCUUAAUCAGUUUGACUACUUUGACUGAAAAGGCGCCAGUCCUGACACUGUUAUGGUGCUUGGGGUAUUCUGUAUGGGAAUGCUGACACACAUCCUUGUUAUAUUGGGUAAUGGUUAGUGAAAUCAUUCUUUCUGAUAAAUUCAUAUGUGCUCUCCCUAAAGUGUCCUAAAGGCCUUCAGUGUGUUGUAAUUCUUGAGGAAUUGCAUUAAGAGUUGAUAUUUUGAUCUUACAUAUACAUAUUGGAGUUUAUCCUAAUAUAUUCAUUACAAAUUCAUGGAUUAUUUUUUCAUAAUUUAUUGCUUGAACUAAACAAAAUUUCUAAAACUAGACCUGCUCUGGUGUGUGUUUAAAGAAACACUAUAGAGUCAGGAACACAAACAUUUAUUACUAACCCUAUAGUGUUAAAUAACACUAUCUAGACACCUUGCCCCUUUAAAUAUAGUAAAAUCUUCCCUUUAUUCCAGUCUGCUGGUGCUGGCUAUGCCCUUGAUCUGCCUCCUUGGCUGGCAUUAUCAGAAUUGAUCAUCUCAGCCAAUCAGAAUGCUUUCCCAUAGGAAAACUUUGGAUUGGCUGAGAUUUUAAAUUCUGAUGAUAUCAGCCAAGGAAGCAGGCUGUGGGACAGAUCCAAACACCAGCCUGGCCAAUCAGUAUCUCCUCAUACAGAUGUAUCAAUUCAUCUCUGAGGAAAGUUCAAUACAUUUUUAACUCUAAAAACAUUGCGAAUGUAAUGCCGCAUCUCCCUUGAAAAAUUAUGACUAUGGUGAUAUCAAACCCAUCCUCUGUCCAGAGUAUCAUUCACACCAUUAAAUUCUAUGUAUAAUCAACAAUAUACAGCUAAGCAGAAAAAGAAAUAUACAAUAGUGUAACACAGCUUAGAUUCAAUAAAACUCUGCUUUUAAACUGCACUAACAAGGUGUGUGUGUGUGUGUGUGUGUGUGUGUGUGUGUGUGUGUGUGUGUGUGUGUGUGUGUGUGUGUGUGUGUGUGUGUGUGUGUGUGUGUGUGUGUGUGUGUGUGUGUGUGUGUGUGUGUGUGUGUGUGUGUCACAGUAUAUCAAGAGUGUUUCCCCUAAAGUUUUUGGGGAUUUCAGGUUUAAUGCCCGAUAGGAUUCCUCUCACCAAUAAAGGAUUUAGACUCCAGUGGUGUAUGACCAAAAGUAUAUUUAUUAAAAUUAGUCAAAUAUAAAUAAUAAUGGUCCUAAGCGUUUCCCCCUGUACAUGGUUCCUUCAGAGACUAUUUAAAAACCUACCGUAUAUACUUGAAAAUAAGUAGAGACCCCUAAUUUUACCCCAAAAAACUGGGAAAACUUAUUGACUCGAGUAUAAGACUAGGUUCGGAAAUGCAGCAGCUACUGGUAAAUUUCUAAAUAAAAUUAGAUCCACAAAAAAUUAUAUUGAAUAUUUAUUUACAGUGUGUGUAUAUAAUGAAUGCAGAGUGCAUCAUCAAGUGGUUUUGGUAUGACAGCCACUAGAGGUGUGUUUAGCCCUGUAAUGAAAACAUUGUUGUAUCUCUAAAACGGCAAUGAUUUACAUUACUAUAGCAAAACGCCAAGGGCACAACACACAGACCACUUCAUUAAGAUUAAGGUUUCUGGGUGCCUAUAACUUACAGGUGUUCAUGCUCUACUGGUCCAAAGCAGCUAGGAGGAAUUCUGUUAGAGCAGACUAAGCAUAUAGAAGGGUUUAUUUUUUAUUUUUUUUUGAGAGAGAGAAUUGGCUUUUUAUCUAAAAUGAUUAGUUGAACAGCUGUUUGCCGCAAUUAAUUUUGACUGUGUUUUGGCAUAAAUGUUACAGAUCAGUUUGCCAGAAUUCACUAUUUGCAGAUAAACCCAAUGGUAAAGUACAUAAAUAUUGCAAAUGGUCUACUUCUAAUACAUACUGCUUUUUUAGUGCAAACAUAGAAAUCAAUAUUAAAGUCUGGGCUUGAUAAGAAAUUGGCAUACUGCUGGUGCCCCUUAUUCUCUUUUUCUACAACUAUUAUUUACUUAGACUGUUGAAAAUGCAACAUAUUGCAAAAGUUAGUAUUUGAGAUGUCUUUGAAAAUAUUUGCAGUUUCAGAACAUUUUGAUGGAAAUUGAGAUUAAGUGCUCUGUUGCCUUCUGUUUUGAAGAACUAUUCAAUGGUAUUAUUUUUUUCCUCAUUGUAGGUAAAAGGCCUUCCUUUCCUCUGAGCGGUUUCCUGUAAAAACAUAAAUAUAUGGAAUGAAGAAUGUCUUAUUCUGGGCCUGAGCAUUUUUUUAUGUAGGCUAUAUAAAGAUCUGCAUAUGUGUUUGAAAGCAAUGAAUGUUUGAAUUCUUUGAGCUGUCAGUAGUAAAUAAAGGAAAGUUUAUCUUCUUAAAACAUGACCUCGUUUUUCAAUAUCCUCAGCUGGGAAAACACUAUUUAACUUAUGAAGGAUGACUUGUAGAGUUAAUUACAAAGUAAUUUUUUCCUCUUAUAAUUGUGUUCUCUUAUUAAUAGUUUGAUAUGUUAGUGAGUUAUGUUGUUUUGUCUUUUAAAGCAAUGUUCCUCAAUCCUUAGUUCUCAUCCACUAGCAAGAAUUUCAGGAUAUCCUGCUUUUCAGCCCAGAUGAGAAAAAUACUAGCCUGUUCUGAGAAUAGGUUUAACAAAUUAUGUUUUGGUAGUAGCUGGUUUGUUUGUUUUAUUUUUAUAAAGUUACAUUUUGCACAUUUUAAUUUAUAGUUCAGUCAGUACGUAACCAAAUUAAUAAGCAUUCAUUUUAAAUAUAAAUAAUUUUAAUUUUAAAUGGACAUAGUUUGUCAUUUAUGCAUUAAAAAUAUAUAUUUAUUUGGAUUAAACAUAACCAGGCUGGUUUAAACGUAGUUGUACUGAAGCUGUUACCUAUAUUUGACCUAGAGAGUUUACCUGUACAGUCCUCUCGUGAGCAGCAUCUAAGAUGUAUUAGGAAACCAUGAGAAAAUAUUUUCAGGAUCUGUCUAUGGCAAAAUGAGUAAGCUUCUUCAGGAAUUUACUCAGUACUCUCUAUCGUGAAACAAGAACGUUUUGCAGUAGCAUACUGAGCUCAAACAUUUCAGUAUGAUUAGUUGCAGUUCUCCUAAAAGAGUUCCUAAAGAUGACUUUAAGAAGUGUUUGAUAAUCUACACAAAAGCAAGAUUAUUUGGGUUGAUUUUAAUACUUCAAAAAAUUGUCCAUAAUCCUUUGAUGCAUAAUAACACACUUUUCCAUCAUGGAAUAUUGUAACCUUUUCCUUCUAGUAAAGGAAUUGAUCAUCCUAAUUGUUUUGCACAAACAAGAAUGAGCUCUUGCAGGUGAUUUUACUGUGGCGAAAGUGACCUCGCCAUUGGUUUUUGGAGGGGCCUGUUUGCCAGCCUCUUGCCCUAGGACUAUGGCCCCUGUGGGUAUUGCCCCGUGGAAAUGAUUAUUUGGGCUGAUUAUUAAUAUGUAACUUUUAUGGAGAUUGGAUGGAUAUUUAGAAGUUAUAAGAAUUGUAUAAAAACUGUAUUUUCCUGCCUGUGAUAAUAACACCAACCCAUUGUGUACAGUAAUUAUAUCACAGGCAGAGGGGAGGGUUUGUUUGUCCUAACUGGGAGUGUUUAACGGUAUAAUAAUGUAUUUGAUUGGCUGUGCCACAAAACCCCAUGGGUGGUAACAUUGUGUAAUAACCUGUAUAAAAGAAGCAAUAAAACCACUGCUCUGUCUGUUCCUGCUUACACUCCAAACUGUGGGAAGAAUAUUUGCUCCUGUGUCUGCUGUUCCAGCUUGCAGGAGAUUCAACGGGGAUAGUCCUUGUAAGGACUAGAGCUAAUUCCCCAUUCGGUUCCAGAGUUCCUAGGACUGAGUGUUGUCCAGUGUCUGGAGGUGUCUGCUGGAGUGCUUGGAGCCCUCAGGAAGCGCUAGGAGCAUCCUUCAUCGGAGGUACCCAAUCGGGGUGCCAGGUGAUCUAAUGGCCGUCUCCACAAUGUAACUGGGGUCUGCUAUAGUGGCCUCUCGUUAACAAAGCUCAGCUUGAGUGUUUUACCAUUCUAAUACAUGUGGAUGCAUAUUGAUGUGUGGGAGGUUACUAUAACUUGGAUACAUAUAUAUUAAGUUGAGAUAAAAACAUACUGUAGUAAAUGGAUGAAGAGGGACCCGCAGGGAGUCCAAAUGUGAGGCAAUUCCACAAGUGAAGAAAUUGAGCUGAGAUAUUGGAAACCAUUGGCUGUUUCAUAAGAGUCCCAGGAAAGCUUAUUUUAAUUUAAAUUUGCAAGAAAUCACCAUUGCAUAGAGGGUAAUUACGUUUAACUAGCAUACAUACAUCUAGCUUUUUUUGCAUCUUGAAAAAGGAAGAGUCUUAAGCUAAAUUAUACAUAUAACUACUUAACUUUGAACCACAGACAGGAAGCUGGUGCUGACCUUGAUUAAAUUCACAGAAGAUGUUUAAAGCAUAACUGUCACUCGUCUGGAAAUUCUACAUUGAUUAAAACAUUGAAUAAUCAGAGAAACAAGUGUUUACAUUGCUGCCUAGUAACACCUCUAGUGGCAGUCACUCAAAAGGCCAAGUGUCUCCUAUCUCAUUGCUGCACUAUAUGCAGCACCUACAUUCAGCGUGUCCACUCACUGCAUGAAAGCGCUAAACAUUCCACAUAGAAAUGCAUUUGUUUGUUGCGUCUCUAGGAUGAGAUGCUGAUUCGUAAUUGAUCAUCUAAGCUAUGGGGGUGGGCCAGCUGUGGCGUUGGGGGAAAAAAGGUGAGUAAGAACACCAUUCCCAUGCCAUCAGAGGAGGCUGGUGACCAAAACACACACUCACUGACACACACACACUCUGUCUUGCACAGUCACAAAGUAUUUAAUGGAUACACACACAAAGAUCCAUAGAUACACACAAAUACACAUACAGACAUGCACACAGAUAUUCUUAGCCACCCUCCUGUUUCCUACCUUUUGGGCUCACGAGGGUGGCUUUCCUUUGGUCCAGUCCAAAUGGGCUGCAGGUGACAUUAGGUUAGAGGGGCUGAAUGCGACUGAUGGGAGCAGGCUGCCGCUGUUCCAGACUCCUCAUGUCUCUCGAGCCCCGUGCCCCAUGAGGAAGUGAUGGUAAGGUCAAUUACUUCCUCCUGGUGCUGAGGGCGCGCAGGGGAAUUGGCUGGUGACCAGUUCUGCAUAAUAGCAAUUUAGGGAGCGGGUGGUAAGCAAGGGGAAGGGAGGUACUUGCUGCCAUUCCAGCUUGCAAUUCCCCUGCAGGAGGAGCAAAGAGGGAACGGACAGACCAAUCCCAGGUGUAACGAAAUCCCCUAUUUACAGACUAUACGAACAAGCCUGUUCGGUUAUUUGGAGAAUUACAGCGGGAUUUCGUGGAAAUAACAAUAAAUGCGAAUGAACUACCGAACCACCGUCCUCCCACUGAGGUCGUGUGGCGCCUAUUGACCACCCUGACUGUUGCGGUUAACCACAGACUAAUUGGUGAAUAGCGGGUGGUCCGCGUUCAUCUACCGAACACGUGGCAAUCGCCAUUUUGUAUUGUCGAACGCACAGCAGUAAAUGGUGAGGAUUCCCUGGAACUGAUUUCGGCUACCUAUUUUGUCGAACACCGCUGCUACCUUCACCCAUCAUCCUUCAUACGGUGGAAAAAUACACGAAUGAAGGGGUACUACUUCAUUCGUGUGCUAAAGUAUGCGAAAGUGGCAGACCCCAGAUAGCUAUAGUAUGGAACUUGCAGUCGGCUGCAAACACACGAACGGCCGGUGAAAAUCAAACUUCGGUCGACGAUUCUGAGAACUGUGUUCGUGGGAUCUGAGCGCUAUUCGCCUAGAAUAUGCCCUCAGAUCCAAGCUAUCUGGGGAUAUGUGGAACUUAAAGUUUAUGUUGUGUAAAAAGAAAGUUAUAUAUUUUUAUUCUGUUUUGCUAAAUAAGAAAAGCCAUGCUUCUUUCUUCCUGGAGAUAAUUAAGGCUCUCUUUGCUACCUUAAGUUAAUUAUCUCCAGGAUGGAAAAGAGGGAGUGAUUUUUGUAAAAGGGGAGUGCUUUUGCUAUAGCCACUGUGAUUGGCUACUGUUACUUUUGUCCCAGUCUUCCAUCUGGUCCCCUAGGGGAGUGUCCACCAGGUGGAAGACCUGCAUAAAUACCGGGCAGGUAGCCCACAGUAAAUCAGAUCGUUUUACCCCUUCAUGAAGUCUCGACUCAUGUUUGGGGGAUUGGGAGCUAUAAUCACUUCGUUUCAGUUGGAUUUCGGGAGAAGCUGCAAGGAUAAUCGCUGCACGAAUGCAAGGAUCCUUUACACCAGGACUAAGUUCUUAGUUGCCAUGGCGACCUAACACCUGGGAUUUUUCGAGCCCUGCACCAAGAGCAAUGAGUGAGCGGAGAGAAACUACAAACAGUGAUAUAUUUACUAUAUGUCUCCCUUGGCGUCCUCUCCUUCUAAUGCAGGUUGCUUUGUAGUUCAGAGCACUCAGAAGCCUCAGUGAUUUGAGCUUUGUGCAAACCACCUUGACCUUAUCUAUGAAAAUAUAUUCACAUAUGUUACAGCAGGGCUCGACAAAUCACAGGCGCCAGGAAAUGUUGCCCUGGCUCCUUGGAUUUGAAGCCCUUUAACUAAAGGCAGGAUGGGGGAUCAAUGAAGCUUGCCGGCUGCCCUGGGUUGUGUGCAGGCGCCAGGCUGGGGUAGCUUCCUACCUCAGUGGUCUUCCUGCAGCUCCUCUCUGCUCCUUCGCGCUGUGUAAUAAAGCAGGGAGCCGGAAUAUGACGUCAUUCCGGCCCCAGCAUCACUGCAGACAGUGCGAGGGUGCAGAAUGGAGCUGCAAGAAGAUCACUGCUCCCUCGCACACAGAAAUAUAGCAGCCCCACUGGACCCCGGGGAAAGUCCACUCAGCUCUCCCAAGGGUGGAUUAAAAUGGAAAAUGUCAAUUUGUGUGUGUGUGUGUGUGUCUGUGUGUCUGUCUGUGUGUUUAAGUACCUGCACCCCUCCAAUUUUUACUCACCUUCUUUCCCACGCUGUGCCAGUUUUCCGCGGCUUGUCCUGCCUUCCUGGCUGAGAUAAUCAAUCUUUAAGAUCUCUGCUAAAUCAAUGCUUUCCUGUAGGAAAGCAUUGGGAAGAUAUUGCGCAUGUUCUCUAUGGGUAUCAUUGAGCACGCCCAUGCAGAGCGUGGAGAUGCUGCACACUGUGCAGCACUGACACAGGACUCUCUAGUGGCCGUCUGAGUGACAGUCACUAGAGUUUUUACUAGGCAGCAAUGUAAACACUGCCUUUUUGAAAAGGCAGCAUUUACAUUGAAAAGGCUACAGGGACAGGCUAUAGGCCCCAGAGCAACUACAUUAAGCUGUAGUGGUUCUGGUGACGAUAGUGUCCAUAUAAGAACUGCAUAUUUCUCGUAAAUUAAACUUUGCUAGUUUUUAAAAAUAAAUAAAUGGCUCCUAACUUUUUUUAGCGGUCUCCUUGAUUCAAAAAAUCGUGUCAAGCCCUGUGUUACAGUGUUUAACUGAGUGGAUACAAAUAGAUGAUUUUAAAAAAAAAAAAAAAAUCUUAUUUUUUUUUUUUUUUUUUUUAUUAUUUUAAUCCGCUUUAUUUUACUAAAAUGCUUUUAGAGGAAAUAGAUAUCUAAACGGUUAUAUAUUUGAUAACUUAUGGUCCAAAGGUUAUUAAUCAUGAAAUAUGGAUUGUUUUUUUACUUGCAAAUAAAUGUUAGAUACACCUCUUAAAGCAUCUUUGUCACCAAAAAAGUAUUUAUGAUAAAAAUGCUAUUAAAUACUUAUAUGGACAGUCGAUGGAUGUUUGGAUGCACACUAAAUGCCCUUAUUUUGAAAGUACCCUUGACGUUGAUAGAGGAGGUAAUGUCAAAGGUUUGUGACUUUUUUGGGGGGGAUCAUUUAUAUGUUUACGAUAUUGGAGUCACAAGACUUGACAAAAUAGCAUAGAUCUGUUUUAACCCCUUAAGGACUGGACUGUUUUUGCGAUGUUGUACAUUUGCGACCAGGCAUAUUUUUACACUUUUGUGGUGUUUGUGUUUGGCUGUAAUUUUACGCUUUCUCAUUUACUGUUCCCAUACAAAUUAUAUAUUGUUUUUUUCAGGACAAAAGGGGCUUUCUUUACAUACCAUUAUUUAUAUAAUCUCAUGUAUUUUAAUUUAAAAAAAAUAAAAAAAUCUGAUGAAAAAUUGAAAAAAAUACAUGUUUUUUGACUUUUACUUGAAAAAUCUUUUACUCAUCUACAAAAGCGAAUGAAAAAAACUGCUAAAUAGAUUCCAAAUUUUGUCCUGAGUUUAAAAAUACCUAGUGUUUACGUGCUUUUUUGCUUUUUUUUGCAUGUUAUAGGGCUAUAGGUACAAGUAGGAUAUUGCGGUUUCAAAACAUACAUUUUUAAAAUUUAUCAAUAGUGACAUUGUAACACUAUUAUCUGUCAUAAAUCUCUGAAUAACACCCCACAUGUACAUAUUUUUUUUAAAGUAGACAACCCAGGGUAUUCAAUAUGGGGUAUGUCCAGUCUUUUUAGUAGCCACUUAGUGAAAACACUGGCCAAAGUAAGCAUUCAUAUUUGUUUGUGUGUGAAAAAAGUAAAAAAACUAAAUUGAACGCUAAUUUUGGCCAGUGUUUGUGACCAAGUGGUUACUAAAAGACUGGACAUACCCCAUUUGCAAUACCUUGGGUUGUCUUCUUUUGCAAAUGGUAUGCCAUCAUGGGGGUAAUUCUCAUUCCUGGGCUACCAUACGCUCUCAAAGGCAACGUAACCAACCUGGCCAUUUUCAAUGUAAAAAUAUUUGACCCAUAUAUUUGACCUUGUAACUUUCAAAAAUGCUAUAAAACCUGUACAUGGGGGGUACUGUUUUACUCGGGAGACAUCGCUGAACACAAAUAUUAGUGUUUAAAAACUGGAAAACGUAUCACAACAAUUAUAUCAUCAGUAAAAGUGCUGUUUGUGUGUGAAAAAUGCAAAAAAAGUAACUUUCACUGACAAUAUCAUCGCUGUGAUAUGUUUUACUGUUUUGAAUCACUAUAUUUGUGUUCAGCAAGUACAGUACCCCCCAUGUACAGGUUUUAGGGUGUCAUAGAACGUUACAGGGUAAAAUACAGUGCUAGCAAAUUAAAUUCUCUGGAAUUUUGGCCUGGGUUGGCAGCAGGUCCCUCAAAUUGCAAUCAAUAAAAUUACUGAAUUAUGUAAAAAUAUUACAUAAAUACGCACGUAGAAUUUAAAUAUAUAUGCAUAUUUAUAUAUUUGAAGUCUACGUGUAUAUUUAUAUAAUUAUUUAUGUAAUUUUGUAUAUGGACAUAUGUAUAUUUCUUAUUAUUUUUAUUUAUUUUUAUAUACAUAGAUAUAUAUACAAAUUCAUUCUAAGUGUAUUUUGAUAUAAAUAUAUAUAUAUUAAUUUUAAAAUACAGUUAGAAUAAAAUUUCAUAUAGCUAUAUAAUUUUUUUUAAAUUUUUAUUAUUAUUUAAAAUUUUUUUAUUUAAUUUAAAUUACUUAUUAUUUAUAUUUUAUAAUAAUAUAUAUAUACAUAUAUAUAGUUAUUAUAUAUAUUAUAUAUAUAUGUGUGUAAUUUAAUUAUAAGUGUAUUUUUAUAUUAAUAUAAGUACAUAUUAAUAUAAAAAUACACUUAGUAUGACAUUAUAUAUAUAUGAUAUAUAGACAUAUAUUAUAUAGGUAUAAUAUAUGUCUAUAUAUCAUAUAUACACAUAUAUAAUUAUUUUAAUUUUUUUUAUUAACACUAACUUUAAUUUAUUUUUUGAUUUUACACAUGCAGGGAGACUGCCUGUCAGCACAGACAGUCCCCCUGCAGGCAGCACUAUGGACACCUAUUGUGACCAUGUGAUCGCUGUGUUAAGCGAUCACAUGGCCACAGGGGUCCUAAUCUGCCGUGGGGAGACUGCCUGGGCUGCAGGCAGUCUCCCCACAACCGGAGCCACGCUGAUCGCCGCCGGGGGAACGACGGCGAUCAGGUAAGUAGCUCUGACCGUUAGGACGGUUCAGGACCGUCAUCGGUCGGCAACGCAAAAAUGCCGAUGACGGUCCUGAACCGUCCUCGGUCCUUAAGGGGUUAAGGAACAUUCCUAGAAGUAAACAACUUUUUUUUUUUUUUUUUUUAGUAAAUUCUUUAUUUGUCGUUCAGGUGUGUACAAAAUACAUACAUACACCAAAACAGUGCACAUGGGCAUAGAAAUAAGAUGAACAAUUUGAAUAACGAUACAAAUAAUGAGCAUUGGUAUCUUUCGGUUACGUAACAUUUGCAAAUGUCAUAACAGCAAUCAUUGAGGUACAGGUAGGUUUAACAGUUGUAGGUGAGUGUGCACUUCUGAAGCUGAAGCCAUAGCAAUAAUGACAAGCUAGUUAGUUAGGAACGAGCGGCUACAUUAGAAGUAAACAACUUAAUCAUAGUGAAGUAGGUAUGGUAUAAAAACCUCCAGCUUACUUUUAGGGGUUUAACCGUUCACAAACAUUUUAACCCUUAAGUCUUGAAUUCAGCACAGUUAAGCUUUUCUCCUGCUUGUCUAGUUGACUCUAAAUCUUGAAACAGGAAAUCUUUAACUGCUAUCUGAACCUGCAUUAAAAGAACACUCAAAGCACCAAAACAACUUAAUUUAAAUGACGUUGUUCUGGUGCCAGGAGGCUCACUGUUCCCUCAAGGGGUUAAGCCAUUAUCGAAGAUGCCUCCAGAGCCAGUCUCAGUUCACCCCCAGGCAGCAUUCUUCUUCUGAAAUUUCACUUUCAGGAAGUGCGGCAUGCAGCCGAGCAGGGACAAGGCUGAUUAGCUCAGUGUGUCAGCUGACCAUACUCAGUCAAACAGUAGCUUUCCAUUCACAUAACUGCUUGAGAAAUUUACGUAUUUUUCUCUAGCCAUUUUUAUGAAUGGGGAGCUUCUGAGUAUGCCCUUAAUAACCGUGCUCCAAAUGCAACCCGAGCACAGCAUGUUAGCAGCAUCGAUUGGCGGAGGUGCUCGGUCGGCGUGCCAGGCGGUCCGUCACAAGGCUUAACUCUUUUUAACUUGUCCCAGGAUCCAAAGCCCACCAACCAGUCGGAAGACUCUGUUACUGGGGUCCCUGAAUAAAUCAACAAGGAUACACUGUCCCAAAAUGAACUAACACCGUUCGCUUAAAUAUUUAUUUGGGAGAAGCUAUGGGCGCAUUACAUCAAACUUACAGUGACAAACUCAAUCUUAUACAAAUAAUCAAAUCAUAUUGGGAAAUGUAAAGAAACUCCUAAUAACACAAUAGCAUGUUUAUAAAGGUGUGGGGAAGACAAUAACAAACAUAAAUAUCUCUCCUGCCUGCAGAAAUCAUAAUAUGCGAAUCUACCUGAAUAUGCAAAUUAACAAAUCGUGCUAUUUAGGUAGUGCAAAUACCUGUUUCAAGAUCCUCACAACAACAGAUGGUGCUAUACAGGCUCCACAGCCAAAUCCAUCUUGUUGGUUGAGAGCAUCAUCAGAACAAGUCCGCACACAACCUGUAACAUUAAUCUAUUACAUUACACACACCACGCACCUAUAAUGGACACAGGGUGACUUGUACAAAGGAGUCCUCUAUGGAUCUAUUUUAAGUGUCCAUCUUAUGCUUCCAGUGAUGGUGACUUCCAUCACACUCUCAUUAUUAUUUUCUUUUUCCCUUGCCAUUUCUCUCUCACCCCUCUUGCCUAUAUAUUUUUUUUUCUUCACGCACCAGAUAUCAGAAUCUGGUUGCAUCCACUUUGUACUUCUAUGUUCAUGAUGUCUGUGGUUUGCCAAUCUGUAGGAUUCUAAUGUAUUGUGAGUGAAUUGGCUUAGCAGCUGAAAUGUAACCUUGCUUAGCUCUGCCCCUUGCCAUCAUGCUCUACGUAAUAAAAAAUAGUUCCUUCAUUUUCUUAUGUAUAAAAAGAUAAUUAUGGUGAAUGUUAACACAAAUAAGAAAAACAAUGUUAAGUAAAUGGGCAGUGAAGGCAGAUUAAAAAAAAAAAAAAAAAACCUUCAACGCUGUUUUAAUUUCUGCUGGUGUCUGUGUGGCAGGGCAGACCUGACGUUAGAAAUAAAACUAUUCCUAAAUGGUUUCACUCCUUACACUGGAAAACAUCAGAGUGCAGGAGUGUGUAAUCCAGUAUCUGCCCCUCACAGCAGCUGUGUGACAAACGAUUUGUAAUGCAACAGAAGCCCAGUGAACCCGAAUGGGGGAAGAAGACCUGAUAUUAAAUGGUCUGUUUCCUGUGGCUGCUCUUCAAGCUACUCAUUGGAAUUCUGCUGGUCACUCUCAAUCGUCAAGGCUCAGUUUCUGCUUGCAAAAUCUAAGAAUGCAAGUGAAAAAUGUAAACACUGACAUUGCCAUAUAUAUUAUGUUACUAUUUUCCAUAUGCUACUGAUACUUAAUUGUGCUUGUUAAUAAGCUGAGCUAUUUUAUAUUAAAUGUGUAUAUAUAUAUUUGGUUUGUUUUAGGUCUUUGCAAGAGAAAUGCAUCAUUAGUGCAAGUCAUCUCAAAAUAGGAUAACCAAAAACUGUGGUAAUCAUGCCACCAAGGCCUUCAUCGGGUGAACUAUGGGGCAUCCAUUUGAUGCCCCCUCGAAUAUUAGUGGAAUGUUUAUUACCAAAUGGUAUGAUGGUGGUCCUAGAAUGCCUCCGAGAGGCGACACUCGUGAACAUAAAGCAUGAACUUUUUAAAGAAGCCAGGAAGUACCCUCUUCACCACCUACUUCAAGAUGAAUCAUCUUAUAUUUUUGUGAGUGUUACACAAGAGGCAGAAAGAGAAGAAUUUUUUGAUGAAACACGGCGUCUCUGUGACCUUCGGCUGUUCCAACCUUUUUUGAAAGUGAUUGAACCUGUUGGUAACAGAGAAGAGAAAAUUCUUAAUCGAGAAAUAGGUAAGAUCUGUUUUGAACGUUAAGCUCAGAAAUGGGUUAAAAUUAUUUUGUAAGAAAUAAGGCAAAUCUAACAAUUUGUGUGUCCAAGUGGUUGGUAUUUUUUUCACUUUUACAGGCAUAGAAGCGGAAGUGUUUGUAUAUGUGUCAGGUCUCAAAGUUCCACAUCUUAAGAUGCUAGCUAUUCCUUAAUUUUGCUUAUCAUAAACCAUUGAAGCAGAUUUAUUUAUGGGUUCACAGCAUUGAAUGCUUACCCCAUGGGGAAAGCAUUGCAUUGGCUAAAAUCUGCCAGGGGCGGGGCCAAACACAGUUUUAUCCAAUCAGCACCACCUCCUCAUAGAGAUGCAUUGAAUCAAUGCACCUCUAUGAGGAAAAUUCAGCAUGCUUAAUGGCAGUGCUGCCUACUGUGCAGCACUACCCCAUGAAGCACCUCUAGUUGCCAUCUAGUGGGUAUAAGCAUUGCCUUCAGGCUUUUUUUUUUGUUUUUGUUUUUUUUUCAUGUAAACUCUGUAAAGGCAGUGUUUACAUUAAAAAAUGCCUGAAGGCAAUGGUUAUACCCACCAGUACAACUACAUUAAGUUGUUCUGGUGACUAUAGUGUCCCUUUAAUGAAGAGACAUGCUGCAUUUGUUGAAUGAGGGCACCUCUCUUAAACCCUCCUACUUAUUCAAUUUCUUUUUAUCAGCUUCCCCCUCUCCUUUAUCGCUUUAUCCUUUCCUUUUAUUUUUUUUUAUACCUCUGUCAAACACUCCUCCUUCUCCUCUCUUACUUUCAAACUUCCAUCUCUUUUUUUUUGGGGGGGGGGCAAUUUUCUUUUAUUUUUACAGCUCUCCAACUCUCUUCAUUCUCUCCUUUCUUCAGACUUUUCAGCCUUCCUCCUGCUGCUCACUGAUGCUGCUUGCACACACAAAGUCAAAUCUCUACUCCAUAGUACACAGUGCAAUAAUAUUACAGUGCAAAAAGACUACAUUUCAGUCUAAACCUGUUUUUAGACUUACCUUUAUCUUCAGGAACUGUGUUCCUGAUCCUCUUCUCUCUUGUCUACUCCUUGCCACAAAUUCUUCUUCUCUUCUUGUUUGUGCUCCAAUGCAUGCUCUGCUUCCUGAUCCGUGGACUGCUGACACAAAAUGGUGGCACAUCCAGAAAAAAGUUCAUAAAGGCGGGAGUUCAUAAAGUGAGACAUUCCUGUAUCUAGUUCAGCAAUUGCAUUUAGUUUCAUUCAUGAAUGUGGCUACCAUUAUCUACACUGGGAUGUUUCUGGGAUGUCUUCACAAUUAUUUUGUGGCAUAAAUAAGAUGUUCAGUGGAAAUUUGCAUUCAGAGGAAUAAUUAUGGAUAAAUGUUUAUAGAAACUUGCAACUUCCCUCAAUUGAUGUUGCAGAGUCUACUAUUUAUCCUUAAACGAUUAUUCUCUACCAUUUUUACGUUAUCUGAAUAGAGUAACAGUCCUCCUUUAUCAUGUUAUGUAAAUAUAAAAGAUAAAUGAACGAUUGUAGAAUAAAAGAUAUGCAAAAAUAUUAGAAACUUUUGCUUUGACAUUUGCUAACCAGUGUUAAUGUCAUUGGAAAUGUGCUCAAAAUGUUUAUUUACUUUAGGACCCCAAUCGCUCUUCCUAGAGAUGCACUGUGGUACUCAUCUCUAAAGAGAUGCUAAAUGGUUCAGUGUGUCAGUUGCCUCACAUGUGCAGUAGACCUCCUAAUGUUUCUCUGUGGAGAAGCAUUGUAUUGACUGAGAUCAUCAGUAAUGAUGAUCUCAGCCAGCAGUGGAGGGGCAGCCACAGGUAAAACUAAAGCAGCAUGACCUGAAAUGUAAGUAGAACUAUAAUAAAUUUUUCAUAGCGGAAGAACCCAUGUAUCUAAAUUGCUAGGAAGAAAUUCUUGCUGUGGUAAAUGGUGUUUUUUUUUGUUUUGUUUUUUUGUUUUUUUUGUUUUUUUUACUCUGCUAUUUACAAAGUCUCUAAAUGUAACCAAAGCUGUCACCCAAAACCUAUUGCAUUGUUUGACAUUGUUUACCCUGUGUAUGUAUUAACUGAUAGGCUAGGAUUUUUUUUUUUUUAUUUAUAUGCUUUUGUAAAUGAAUGACUGGGUGCAACAUUUAGACCAAUGUUUAGUAAGUUUUAAACUAGUGGGGCUAAAAAAAAGUUUAAUUUUUUUUUGUUUGUACUUUUCAAAGGGUUUGCAAUUGGCAUGCCUGUUUGUGAGUUUGAUAUGGUAAAGGAUCCAGAAGUUCAGGACUUUCGUAAAAACAUCCUUAAUGUUUGCAAAGAUGCAGUAGAACUUCGUGAUGCUACUGGUCCUAUCAGCAGAGCGUUGUACGUUUAUCCUCCUAAUGUUGAGUCCUCGUCAGAGCUUCCAAAGCACAUAGAAAGUAAACUUGACAAAGGUAAGAAAAACAAGUACAAUUUUAAUGUUUUUAAUAUAUAAAGGAACACUUCAAGCACCAUAACCACUUCACUGUUACUGUAAGUGCCCUCACACAACUGCAUUUGAAGGAGUCAAACAAUUUUGGAACAUGUUGACUUCUUACCUGGGGUGGGGAAACUAUUGUAAGCUCUAAUAGGCAAUGAAUAGAGCACGAGAUACAUUAUUUAAAAAAAUAAAUAAUAAUAAUUAACAAAUUGUGGGAGACUCAGCCAGGGUAGGGGUUUAGCUCCUAAAUUGCAGUUAAUUUAGCAGUGACAAUUAAGGGGCAUGAUCUAUAUACCAAAACUGCUUCAUUGAGCUAACGUGUUAUGGGGAACUUUACAAUAUAAGCAUUUUAGUUAAAGUACAGUUUCUUUUGGUGUGGUUAACCUCUGUUACAUGUAAAGCAUAAGUCUGACCUAAUUGUAUGUACUAUUCAGUAAUAUAAUUUCAAGUAUACUACAUUUCCUUGCUGAUAAGCCACUUAUGAGAUUUCUGUAACAAUAGAUGGAAUUGAAGUCAAAUCCUUUAUCAUUUUUAAUAUAAAUACAGGGCACAGAGGUCUUCAGGGUAACUGUAUAUUCCAGGUACAAUUUACAGAAGUGUCUUGUUCUACCUCAGGCUGCUGGAUUUCAUACAAUGUUGCCUAAUGAGUCUUAUUGCAGUAUAAAUACAUCAUUUAUGCCCAAUGGCAAAUUAAGGUCUUAUUGCUGGUUCCAUGCAGUUACAUUUGUAUUUGUAUGAAGGGCAGCUCCUUGAGAUUUGUAUUUUGAAAAGAUCCAUAAAGCUUAAGUGUAUAAGGGGAAAAGGCUAUCUCGAAGUUCUGUAAACUUCCAUAAACCAUUUGAACGUCAGUCUUUUUAUUGUGUUUUUUUUAUUUAUUCAGAACCCACCUAACGCUGUCUCAGUCUCAGAUGUCCUGUGUCACUCUUUUUUGGCCUGUGUGUUUAUGCAUAUAUUUAUACAUACUAUUUUCAUCCUUUUAAAAGAAACCCUCCAGGCACCAUUACAGAGUUCUGUAGUGGUUUCGGUGUCAUUAUUACACAGGCUCCUCCAUUAGAGUUGGAAGCUCUCUGCAUUGAGCCAGUGCGGGGAGUGGGGUACCUUCCUUUUCAUUGCUAAGCAUUUUAGUCUAUCCACAGGACAAUGUCAUUGAAUUGAAGCACUUUGCAGUCAACCAAACACACACACCUACCUGCGUCUGUGAAAAAUCUAGACUAUGAUUUUUCCCUUUUUUAAAUAUAUACUGCAAUAUUUCAUUGAUUUGUGCAUUCUUGCAGGCCAAAUAAUUGUGGUGAUUUGGGUUAUUGUUUCUCCGAACAACGAAAAACAGAAGUACUCGUUGAAGAUCAAUCAUGAUUGUGUGCCAGAGCAUGUAAUAGCUGAAGCAAUCCGGAAAAAAACAAGAAGCAUGUUACUAUCCAGUGAACAAUUAAAGCUGUGUGUCCUGGAAUACCAAGGAAAAUACAUAUUGAAGGUGUGCGGCUGCGAUGAAUACUUGCUGGAAAAAUAUCCUCUCAGUCAGUAUAAGGUGAGAAAAAGUGUUUCAGGGAUGUGUUCCCAUAUUUCUCUUAGGUAAGGCUAUGAAAUGUACACAUGACUACAGGCAUACCCCGCUUUACAUACACUCGCGAAUACAGACAUUCCCGCGCCUCUUCUGUUUGGGAGUGAACAGUAAAUUGAAGGUUCUCUUCUCGCCCGGAGCAGCUCAGUUCAGUGUCAUUGGGGCAAGAACUUUUCACACCUUCUGACAUGGCACAGGUUAAUAAUCUCAAAUGUAUAAUGCCUACUCCUAGCUGAAUAUAUGUCCCAUAUAUUUUAUUUAUUUUAUUAUUAUUUUUUUGUGCCCAUACAUUGUCAAUAUUCUGCAAUUGGCUCCCAUCCAGUGAAAGGGUUUACCCUGCCAUUUUCUAUAACUAUGACUAAGCAGCUUAGCUGCAUUAGCCAAAAUUGUUAGGAUUCAAAGUUAAAUGCUUAAAGUGAUGAAGAGGUUUUCUAAACAAAGUGUGCAACUAAGCUGCUAAUAAAUACAAAUUGACACCGUAUUGACAGAAAAUGGCCCAAUGGACAGGUUUAUUUUACUUUUCCACCCAGUUUAAGGCUGUCAGAUAAGUAAAACAUUAAAGAUAAAUGGUACAAUCUGAAAUUAGAUUUUUAUUUUAUUUUUUACUAUUUGUUUUAACUGAAUAAAAGCCCACAGGAAAUCACUAAAUAAAUCACUGGGCAUAAAAUCACUUGAAAUCUGCAGUUACAGUAUCAGUUAUGCCUGAGAAUUACUAUUGUAAUGCAGUACAUGUAUUGGGAAGUGACAAAAAGGUAUUGCUUCACUUUAAAUACAUUUUCCUUUUACAUACAUGCUCUGGUCCCAUUGUGUACUUAAAAGUGGGGUAUGCCUGUAUUCCAGUUUGCCAUGUAUUUAUUUUUACAUGUUUUAUAUUAUGUUGACACAUACAGAAAUCACUUUCCAUUGUUUGUGGCUUGUUACAUUCCUUGAACGGGAGGUAAAUAGAGAAUCCAACACUUGUGUGGCAGCUAGACUUUUCCAUUUCCUCCUUUUGCCAAAUAAGAGCAGAAAACUAAUUUUCAAAUUAGUAAUCUACCUCAAGGGAUCACAAUGCAAGCAAUGAAAUUAUUUUAAAUAAUUGUAUAAGCAUAGGUAGAAUUCUCAGCUCCCAGUGUCUUAUUAAAAUACACAUGUGUUUGCUAAACAUAAAAUUUAGAGAUGCAUUGAAUAAAUACAUGUCAAUGGGGAACAUUCAACGCCUCCAUGCAGGGUAUGGAUAUACUGAAUGCAUGUGAUGCAUACUGUGCAGCACUGGACUAAGAAACACCUCUAGUGGCUGUUUGAGUGACUGUCACUGGAGAUGUGAAUAGGCAGCAAUGUUGUAAAAAGCAGUAUUUACAUUGAGAAGUCUGCAUGGACAAGCUGUAGACAACAGAACCACUGCAUUAAGUUGUAGUUGUUCUGGUGACUAUAGUGUUCCUUUAAGAAGUUAUUUUUUUUUGUCAUUAAAAAUAAUGCUUUGAUUUCAAACAAAUGCAACUAGAUUUCAAACAAAUUUGUCAAGCCCUGGUUUAUUACACACAGGUUUUCCUUGCUUUAUUUUGGUUUGGAUAUUUGAUAAACCCCUUCCCAACCAAAGACAAAAAUUUUCCGUCAAGCUUGUCCUUGCGUUAAGGACCCUUGAUGGACAAUUUCCGUCAUUUACUAAAGUUAACCCCAGAUCGUGGGCUUAACGCUCACCUGGUCUGCCUCGAUAUUCAAGACAGACCGGGAGCACACGUUCGCGCUGUCAGAGCGAGCACAUGUGCUGCUGGGACUCACUAUCGGCAGCUCCUCCAGUUCCCCAGUGAAAAAGCCCCCCGCGGCUUAUACUCGAGUGACGGUCUGUAUUAUGGCAGCUUACAUUGAGGUCCUGGGGCCGCGUUGCCAUGGUAACCCGUGGCAACGCUCUGACAGCCGCGGGACUCGUGAGAUUUACACUGGCGAGCUGGAGGAGCUGCAGGAAAGGUAAGUAACAGCUUGCUGCUGGCCCCCCCACUGCUCAACCCAUACCACUGGACCACCAGGGAGUGACAUAGCCCCCCUCUCUGGCCAGGUUACAAGCAGGGAUGAGGGGGCAAAAAACAAAGUUAAAUAUUUACAUAAUAAAAAAAAUGAAAAAAUACAAACAAUAAAGGUAUUAUAAAUCAUAGUUAAAGAUUUUAUAAAAAUUUAAAAAUUAUAAAAAUGCCCUACCCAGUUUACACACACACACUCUGCAUUAUAUACACACACACUGCAUUCACACAAAUACAAACUCUGCAUUAUAUACACACACUAAACAAACACACCACAUUCAUUAUAAACACACACUGUAAAUAAACAUUCAAAAACAUUUAACCUACAGACUCCUCAAUGAAUGUAAUUUUAUUGGUAUCAAUUUUUAUUUUGAAAUUUACCAGUAGCUGCUGCAUUUCCCAUCCUAGGGGUUAAAUACAUUUUAUUAAUUAAUUUAAAUAUUUAAAAAUUAUAUAUUUAGCUAGCUGGGGUGGGUGGAAGUAAGUGGGGAAUUGGGGGAUUUGGUGUUAGGCUAGCUAGGGGUUAACGUUAAAAGUUUUAAAAUAAGCUUUAAAAAGCUUUUAAAAAGUUUUAAAAAAACACCCCUUUUACCCAGUCUAAAUAAAAAUUAACCCAUUCCCUGCCAGUUGAUCAUUGCCUACAGUGAUCAAAAUACAGAUCAUAGUAUUAUACUGUGAUCUCAUUUUUUUUUUUUUUUUAAACCUGAGAAUUAACUUAUUUAUUUUUUUAACCCUCAAGGGUUCAGUUUAUUUAAUUAUUUAAAUAUUUUAAAAUUAUAUAUUUUGCUAGCUGGGGUGGGAGGGAGUUAUGGGAAAGUGGGGAAUUUACUGUGCUGCUUACUGCUAGUUAGGGGUUAAAAUUUUUACAAGUGUAAAAAAAGUUAAAGUUUUUUUAAAACAUUUAAUAAGUAAAAAAAAGUUUAGAAACAAGUUUUAAAAAGUAAAAAAAAAAUACAUUAAAUAAUGCUCAUUACCACUACAUUUGGAACAUACAAGCGAAAAAAUGCUAGCACACAUAAGGUUUGCAAAAUAUACUGUGCAAACUCACUUUGUGUGUCAGAAAGGCAGAAAAAAAUGCUUAUUACCACUACACUUGGUACAAGCUAGCGGUAAAAUUAUCCCACGCUAAGGUUCAAAAUAUGACUUUUGAAAUACCCUGGGAUGUCUUCUGUAAGAAACGGUAUGCCUUUAUGGUGUAGUUGGAAUAUGUAGCCUGCUCAAGUGCUCCAGGAAUAGCACACCAGCUUUACAAAAUAGACAUUACAAAAACCUUAUUAUAUGUGUAUAUGCCAAAAUAGAGAAAAAACACAAUUUUACUCCAAUAUUUAGCAGAGAUUGGCGAUGAAAUGGCUACGUAAAAAGUGUCAAACUAACCUUAGGUAAAUAGCCUGUGAUGUCUACUUUGUAUAAAUAUAUACUUUUGUGUGGCAAUUUUGUUUUCUGUGGUGAUUACUAAACCUACAAGACAAACAUACCAACUUCUAAAAUUGUUUCACAUUCAAAUUUUAUUUUAGUCCUUGUAUUUUGUGACCUGUAACUUUCAAAAUAAGCUGAAAUCCUAUACAUAUUAUGUACUCUAUAAAUCUAGAUUACUUUUUCUAAGCUGGGCAUAUUAUGCACACGCUAUUAUUGGCAAAACUGUGACAAUAAAUAUAUAUAUAUAUUUAUUUUUCCCAUUUCUUGGCAAUUUUUUAUAAUUAAUGAGAAUUUAUCUAUGUAUAUGUUACCUAAAAUUAAAGCCCUGUUUGCCCUCUGAAAAACGGUAUAUAAUAUGUGUUGGUGCAAUAAAUGAUAGGGAUGCAAACUGCGUUUGAACACAAACAGCAAAAAAUGCAAAAAUGGCUUGUGUCCUUAAGGGUAAGACAAGCUUUUGAAGCUAUGUCUUUAAGGGGUUUGCUUGCUGCUUUAAAAAAAAUUAUCAAGUGAUGCAUGUCCCAUUUAAAAGUAAGUUAAGUCCCUUUAACCCCUUAAGGACACAUGACAUGUGUGACAUGUCAUGAUUCCCCUUUAUUCCAGAAGUUUGGUCCUUAAGGAGUUAACUUAAAGGGACACUAAAGUCACCAGAACAGCUACAGCUUAUUGUAUUUGUUCUGGUGAGCAGAAUCAUUACCUUCAGGCUUUUUGCUGUAAACACUGUCUUUUCAGAGAAAAUGCAGAGUUUACAUUUCAGCCUAGUAAUAACUUCACUGGCCACUCCUCAGAUGGCUGUUAGAGAUCCUUCCUGGGUCAUGACUGCCUAAAAUGCAUCCAAACAUUCAUUGUCUCCUCCCUCUGCAUGCAGACACUGAACUUUCCUCAUAGAGAUGCAUUGAUUCAAUUCAUCUCUAUGAGGAGAUGCUGAUUGGCCAGGGCUGUGUUUGAAUCAUGCUGGCUCUGCCCCUGAUCUGCUUCUUUGUCAGUCUCAGCCAAUCCUAUGGGGAAGCAUUGUGAUUGGAUCAGGCUGAUAUCAGCAGACAGUGGGCAGGUCUAAAGGAAACUGGGACAAAGUAAGCAGCUGCAUACUUGAAUACAAGUAAAAUUUUACUAUAUUUAGGGAGACUUGAAGGGGACAGGGGGUAGAUUGUGGUUUUAACCCUAUAGGGUCAGGAAUACAUGUUUGUGUUUCUGACCAUAUAGUGCUCCUUUAAUUCCAUCACUUAGGCUAAAUAUGUCCCCACAGGUGUUACCUAGAUGGAGACAAAUCUGAUGUUGAAAUUACAUUUACUGUGUGGGGAGUUUCCAAACUAUCAUACAUAAUCAGAUUUGUAUGACUUACUGCCUCCUUGUAUUACGCUGUCUUACCGCAUUACAUACUUUUCUUGUAUUGUCAAAUCACAGCAAUAUAAAAAAGAUUUGUACUUUAAAAAGUUCCAUCGAAAUGUUAGAACCUCUUCACUGGAUGUUCAUGUGCUUGUCUGGGCAGAGCACACUUAUUACCUGUGCAGCAACCUCAAAUGUUUAUGGCUUGGUUUUUGUGAGUUUUUUUUUUUUUAAUGCAAAAAUGAAUGGGUCAGUUCUUUCUUUUUUAAUGUUUAUAUAUUUUCUCAUAUUAAAUAUCCAUUUCCCUUUUUGGUUCCACUUUUUAGUUGGUUAACCACAACACAUUAACACAGCGAAUCUCAUUUGUAUUAAACAAACUUGGGUUAUUUCUAGACAGGACCAUAAAUCUUUUUUUAUAUUGUAAUAUUCACACUCAAGCAUGGAAAUAUUAAUUUAAAUAUAAAGGAAUAUUUGUUUCUUUCAGUACAUAAGAAGUUGCAUAAUGCUUGGACGGAUGCCAAAUUUAAUGUUAAUGGCAAAGGACAGCCUCUAUAGUCAGAUUCCAGUGGACACCUUUACAAUGCCAUCUUACUCAAGGCGGAUAUCCACUGCUACACCAUACAUGAAUGGAGAAACCUCGGCUAAAUCCCUGUGGGUCAUCAACAGCACUUUACGAAUAAAAAUCCUGUGUGCGACUUAUGUCAAUGUAAACAUCCGUGACAUUGAUAAGGUAAUUUUGUAUAAAACAUUAAUAUGAAAUUUUGGAAUUUUAAUUAUAAUGUGUUUAAGCUUUAUUGCUGUGUUUUUACAUUAGAUCUAUGUCCGAACUGGCAUCUACCAUGGAGCUGAGCCAUUGUGUGAUAAUGUGAACACGCAGAGAGUACCAUGUUCAAAUCCAAGGUAACUUGUUUAUCAGCAGGAUUUAUCCCCCUCCCUGCCUACUGCUUUUAUAUGAUCUGUAUUUUUUAUUUUUUUCCCCUUUUCAACAUGUCUCGAUUUUGCUUUCUGUACUAAAUAUUGUUUGGUUUGGCAGAGAUUACCUGUAAUUUGCUAUUGAAUUAGAAUGGAUGAAUGUCAUUAAAUUUACACAACAUUAACACAAAUGUUGGCCAUGUUUGUUCAUGCAGUUGUUUGGAGGACAUUUUGACAUUUCUGUCAAAGUUAAUUUGUUCACCAUACAUUUUGUUUGAGUGAAUGUAGGAAACGUUUGUUUGUUUUUUUGUGUAAAUAUGACAAAGCAUUAGUUGAUCCCGCUCACAAAAUUUUCUCAAAGCAGCCUUAAAACUAACUGAUCUUGAAAAAUGUUUUGACAGUCACAUAACUAGGUGCAAGUACAGAUCAUUCUAAUGGUUCUAAGAGUGUACUGUCACUCUGUGUCUUGGUUCUGUCACUACACAUCCAUACUAGGAGUGUCAAUUUAGGCCACGUUUGGACACCAUUGACUGGCUGAGUUUCGGCUGAUGCUGACUGCCAAUGAAUGCCAUUAAAAUAUGGACAUAGUUGACAUUGGUAAUGUAGAAGUAGAAACUCUACAUUAACGAUCCAGUAACUGAGGUUCCCAACUGCCUGCACUUGAGGGACCCUUGUAUUGUGUCAAACUGCUCUAACGCACUUGCAGUUCACCAACUCUGUAUUCAUUACAAGGGGCUGUUGUGGUUUUGGUUUUUAGAGUUUAGAACUUCUUGUCUUUCCUCCUCCUAAUAUUAAUCCUACUCUCUCGUUCUCCCUUCAGAUUGGUGGUACCCAUAUUAGCCCAUCCUUACAAGCACGUUGUAUUGUUGUUACUUUUGAUUCCGGCCUCACAUCCGGUCUGUUGUCAAAUCAUGCCAAUUCCACCUCAAAAACAUUGCCCGUAUCCGCCCCUUUCUUACACAAGAUGCUACUAAAAAGCUUGUCCAUGCUCUAGUAAUCUCUCGCAUGGACUAUUGUAACGCUCUCCUAAUUGGUCUUCCCAAUAGCCGUAUUGCCCCGCUACAGUCUGUAAUGAAUGCUGCCGUCAGACUGAUUUUCCUCUUUAAUCGGUCCUCUCACACCUCACCCCUUUGUCAGUCCUUAAAUUGGCUUCCUGUAUACUAUAGGAGUCAAUUCAAAGUGCUAACCCAUACCUAUAAAGCACUGAAUAAUCUUAGCCCCUCCAUCUCCUCACAGAUCCAUAGAUAUGCCCCUUCUCAGUCUCUCCACUCUGCCCGUGACCUUAUGUCCGCUGCUCGCACCCGUACGGCCAACUCACGCUUGCAGGACUUCUCUCGGGCGGCUCCCUUUCUAUGGAAUAGCCUGCCUACCGCCAUCAGACUCUCCCCUAGUCUUCAAUAGCUUAAGAAGUGCCUUAAAGGACCACUCUAGGCACCCAGACCACUUCAGCUUAAUGAAGUGGUCUGGGUGCCAGGUCCAACUAGGCUUAACCCAUUCUUUUAUAAACAUAGCAGUUUCAGAGAAACUGCUAUGUUUAUGAAUGGGUUAAGCCUUCCCCUAAGCCUCUAGCGGCUGUCUCAUUGACAGCCGCUAGAGGCCUUGCGUGCUUCUCACUCGUGAUUUUACAGUGAGAAAGGACAGUUCAUAGGAAAGCAUUGAUAAUGCUUUCUAUGCAACUGAAUGCGCGCAGUUUCUUCCCACCUGCGCAUUAAGCUGACUGGGAGGAACGGAGGAGGAUCGGAGGAGGAGAGCUCCCCGCCCAGCGCUGGAAAAAGGUAAGUUUUUACCCCUUUCCCCCUUCUAGAGCCGGGCGGGAGUGGGACCCUGAGGGUGGGGGCACCCUCAGGGCACUAUAGUGCCAGGAAAACGAGUGUUUUCCUGGCACUAUAGUGGUCCUUUAAAACCCAUUUCUUUAGGAAGGCCUAUGGCCUCACAUACCUGUCUCUUGCUGUCUCCUAAAGGGUAGCACUCUACUCUCUCCUCCAGCUCUGCUUCAUCCCACCUAAUUUGACUGCAAUUUCCUGUCCUAAUGUGUUUUAUACCCCACCUCCUAUAGACUGUAAGCUCGAUUGAGCAGGGUCCUCUUUAACCUAUCGUUUCUGUAAGUUUUCUGGUAAUUGUCCUAUUUAUAGUUAAAUCCCCCCUCUAAUAAUAUUGUAAAGCGCUACGGGAUCUGUUGGCACUAUAUAAAUGGCAAUAAUAAUAAUAGAGUUCCCCUUUUAGUGUUACAUCAAGCACCAUGACCUCUUCGGUGUUUUGAAGUGCUCAUGGUGCAAGGACCCUGUACAUGUUGCAUUUCAGUAUGAAAUACUGCAUAUACUUAGUUGUGUUCGGGGCAUUCUCAUAUGAUAUAGAAUAAGAUGGGUUGUAGAGAUGUAGCUUUAGGAAUAAUCGGUUGAGGUGUGCCGAAACCGACGUAUGCUGUAGGCCGGUAAAAAGUGGGCUUACAUAGAGGAAAUAUGAACAAUGGGAGUGGAGGGUGGGGCUAUUCGUCUGACCAACAAAGGUAAGUAGGGAAAGGGGGGAGUCCCUUUUAUAGGUCUAUAGCCCCUCCCACAACUUCAGGCCAUGCCUUCCAAUUUGUGUUCGGGGCAUUCUCAUAUGAUAUAGAAUAAGAUGGGUUGUAGAGAUGUAGCUUUAGGAAUAAUCGGUUGAGGUGUGCCGAAACCGACGUAUGCUGUAAGCCGGUAAAAAGUGGGCAAAAAGAGACAUAUUAAUGCAAAACAUUAUACAGGAUCAUAGUGCAUUUGUUAACCAUCAGUUAGACAUUUUAAUGAAAGCGUCCUAAUUCCUGAAUCGGCUGUGGUAUGUACGUCGCAUAAGCCUAUGAUUCCCAGCGGCCCCGUGUCUUAACGGGUGCGGGGAUGUCUUGGCUAUAGGCUGUGUAAGCUGCUCCUACCCUAAAGGAGUGCCCUGAGUAGUCGCUAGGGUUUAGUUCGAGCACGAUGAAGGUGGACAUAGUGCAUGAACUUACCUGUGGUAAGGACAGUAUCGUACAGCGACAGUAAUGGUUCAGUGGUGCGUAUGGUGGCGUGCCCAAGAACAUAAUCAGUACCUUAACCGGGCACCCAGCAUUGCUUGUAAAGUAGUAGGUUAUAUGCACUGGCUCGCCCCUCUGACUCAUCUUAGUUUUAGGAAGGGACCGGACAUAGUGGUCUGUGUGUUUUAGAAGAUAGGAGGUCAACAGGCACUCUUGUUUAUGAUGUUGGCCGCUGAUAGUGAGUUAUUGUUUUGGCCUGAGAAAGCCGUUAAAGGCUAGAUAGGUAGCAGUUUUGAUAACUGCAUUGGUGCGUGGCUCGGAAGUGCAUGGUUGAGUGGUUCUGUCAUGGUUUGAACAUUGUAUGUCUAUGGCCAGUAUUUAGUUUUAGCGGGAACGUCCGCUUGGCCAUGUCUCUAAGUAAGGUAUGUAUGGGGUAGGAGGAUAGGAAGCCUUGUUGUUUGGGAUGGAGAAAUACGUAUAGUGUUGAAUGCCCGUGAGAUAAAGUUUAACAGUGUUGUGCGAGAAUUAUUAACUUAAGGUGGCAAAAAAGAGGCGAAGGCCAUACGUGGUGAAACCUCAAACCAGCUAUCUAAGUGAUGGUCCGACAUGAAACGUAUUGUAUAAGUGGAAAACCCUGUAGCAAGCGUGUUGAGUGCUGGUGGACAAUGCCAGUUUAGUCAGAGCCCGGCUAUGUUGGCGAGGUUCAUGUAAUCCAUGACCUGGACCAUAAAUGACCCCCCUGCCAUGGCGGCUGUCACGGCAGCUGCCACAAUAGUUAACCAUUACGUGUGGUUAAGAACGUCCACCAUAUGUGUAGGUCUGCCGUGGCUUGGUUGUCUAGGGACAGCCCCUGAUCAUCAUGCGGGAGUGUGGAAAAAGCAAAGUGGUCUUAGAUGAAAGCGCGGCCUGCGGUAUGAUGCGCAUGGCAAAAUUUAAGGAACCUAGUAGGGAUUGUAGUUGCAAGUACCAAGCAAGAGGUGGUAAUUGGUGUUGUUGCGACUGCUCCUAUUUCUCACAUGGUAACUUGUUGGCAUGGAUGCUGAGUCAAGUUGUAUUCCUUGAAGCUUCUAGAGGUAAAGGCGUUCCCUUUGACCAACAAGAAAUCAUCUCGUAAGUGUAUGAUUGUGGGGCAUCUGGAUAUGUUUAACCACAACCAGCAAAGAGUUCAACAAAUAUAUUGAAGAUUGUGGGCUGCUCUUGACCCAAAAGUUAAGUGGGAAUAGAAAUAUAUAACUGCUGCCCAUAAAUGCCCUGCAAGUGCCAGUGCAGGGUGGAUGGUGGCAGUCUGAAAUGCGUUUGUGAUAUCAGUUUUACUUAACCAGGCUUCCCCUCCCAGCUUGAGUGAUAGUUGUGAUGGUAUGAACAAUAGUGGCAUACUGUAAUGAAAACUCCUCGGAGGGUAUGAGGGAGUUGAGAUUAUGGGGAAGCCGAGGCGUGAGGUGCAGAUAAGUCUAUGAUGAGUUACAGUGUGAGGGAAGAUUUCCUGUGACAAUCCCAAUGGGAUUGCGCCACACUGUAAAUGGUGUAGAUCGGAGAGGCCCAGGUAGAAAUCUUUCUGCCAUUUCUUGGGCCAUGAGUGUAAUGCCAGCUGUUGGAUGCUGCUGUGAUGACUGCAAGUUAGGGCAUUCUAGAUUUCCCCAAAAGUAUAUGGCAAUACCUGAACAGAAGGCCUUUAAAAUCGGAGAUUAGGAAAUAAACUAAAUGUCUGGAAGGGUGAUAAGUUAGAAAGUACUGGAAAUGCAUAAUGUUUACAGACGAGAAGUAAGGUUCAGGGUACAUUUAUUGGGACACAUGGUUUUGCAUGUGCCCUGACAUAUUGGGAACAUAUCUGCAACAGUCUGCAUGCACUGAAACUACAUGUGCCAACAUGGAAAUUGUUGCAAAUCUGGGAUUUGCCAAAGAGAAUGAGACGACCCAAUUUGUCUCUGGUAGUUCGCUACGUCCUACCAGAGGUGCUAGAGCCUGGAGCCUGAAACGUUAUCGUCCGCUGUGUUGGGACAAAAUUGUCCUGUGGGACUAGCAACAUCUCCAAGUGAAAGUGUGUUGACUCUAGCUGGAGUGUUAGGUAGAGAGAAAUCCUUACCACGUGCUUGAUACAUACUAAAAAUCAUGAAGAUAGCCAUUAUUAUAUGAACCCACAGUGUGCUAGUACUGGCUUGCUAGCUAAAGCCGCAAGGCGAAACAAUUAAUCCUUUGUUUGGUGACAGGUGAGGCCCUGCUAGUUGCCAAGUGGCUUGAGAGGCUCUAUCUAUGCAAUGGCGCGAGGGGAUUUUUGUGGCCACCAAACGUAGUGGCAGGAUGUUGGCCUCUCGGUGACUGUAACCAUGAAAAAGGGGAAGGGAGUGACAGGUGAGGCCCUCUCUAUAUACCAGGCGAGGCGGCUAGCUCACGAGUGGCGCGAUGGUUGUUUGCCUCCGAGCGUUGAGGCGGGGUGUUGGCCUCGCGGGACCACUAUACGACAGGCGUAGAUGCCAAGAAAGGAAAAUAUCUAUUGGAAACCUAUAGUCCCUAAUUGCCAGUACGCUAAGGAUAUACCCACGGGGAAACAGAAAAUGUAUGUAUAUACCACAUGAGCAGGUGUAUGUACCUGGUAGUAUGAUUAGAUACCCUUACUGGUCGUAAAGGUUAUUAAUACCUGUAUCCCAGACGGGUAAAACAAUGUAUGAAAAUCGAAUAUAGACAUUUAAAAGCGUAUAUCCAUAUGUGUGUUAUGCAAGUUUAAUAGAGCAAAGUGCUCUGUCCCAAUGUUUAUUGUAUGCUUGUAAUGCCCCUGUUUGAAGGAAAUUAACUUGUCGGGAGUGUUAUAUCAUGUGUGAUAUGGAACACAACUGUACCCUGAAACAUGAGUGUAGUGAACCAUGACUGGCAGCUGAAUAACCUAAUAAGUGAAAAUACAUAAUUGGAAGGACUUAUAUUUUAAGCGUGCAAAUAUUCCGUAUUAGACUCUGGAAAACUGCAUAGUGCUUUAAAUAGUAUGUGCAUUCUUGGGUAAAUGUAUGCGUAUUGUCAGUAAAUGUAACUUAAUGCCUAUGAAGGCAGGUAUGCAGGAAUGAUUAUAUGAUAGUAAGCAUGAUUUGUAAGGAAGUGUUAUUGUGUAAUUAUAAUUAUAGUGGGAAUGUUAUGAGGGGAAUAACCAUAUGUCUGAAAAGCCUGUAGUAUACCGUUUGACAGAUAGGAGUCAGUAUAAAAGUGAAAAUGCUGUAGUUAGUUUGUUUGCUUAUGAAGUGAAAUAAAGUCUGAGAAACCUGUAGUACACUGAAUGACCAGCAAGGGUCAGCAUGUAGGCGAAAAUGCCGUAGUUCGUUGGUUUUGUACAUGAAAUGCAAUAAUGUCUGAGAAGCCUGUAGUACACCGAAUGACCGGUAGGGGUCAGUGUGUAGGCGCAAAUGCAGUGGUUCGUUGGUUUGUACAUGAAAUGCAAUAAUGUCUGAGAAGCCUGUAGUACACCGAAUGACCGGUAGGGGUCAGUGUGUAGGCGCAAAUGCAGUGGUUCAUUGGUUUGUACAUGAAAUGCAAUAAUGUCUGAGAUGCCUGUAGUUACAACAAAUGACUGGUAGCGGUCAGUGUCUUGGUGAAAAUGCAGUGAAAAUGCAGUGGCUUGUACAUGAAAUGCAAAAACUUCUAAGAAGCCUAUAGUACACCGAAUGACCGAUAGGGGUCAGUGUCUAGGUGAAAAUGCAGUGGUUCAUUAGUUUGUACAUGAAAUACAAUCAUAUCUGAGAAGCCUGUAGUACACCGAAUGACCGAUAGGGGUCAGUGUGUAGGCGCAAAUGCAGUGGUUCGUUGGUUUGUAGAUGAAAUGCAAUAAUGUCUGAGAUGCCUGUAGUACACCGAAUGACCGGUAGGGGUCAGUGUCUAGAUGAAAAUGCAGUGGUUCGUUGGUUUGUACAUGUACAUGCAAUAAUGUCUAAGAAGCCUGUAGUACACCGAAUGACCGGUAGGGGUCAGUGUGUAGGCGCAAAUGCAGUGGUUCAUUGGUUUGUACAUGAAAUGCAAUAAUGUCUGAGAUGCCUGUAGUUACACAAAUGACUGGUAGGGGUCAGUGUCUAGGUGAAAAUGCAGUGAAAAUGCAGUGGUUUGUACAUGAAAUGCAAAAACGUCUAAGAAACCUGUAGUACACCGAUGACCGAUAGGGGUCAGUGUGUAGGCACAAAUGCAGUGGUUCGUACAUGAAAUGCAAUAAUGUCUGAGAUGCCUGUAGUACACAGAAUGACCGGUAGGGGUCAGUGUCUUGGUGAAAAUGCAGUGGUUUGUACAUGAAAUGCAAAAACGUCUAAGAAACCUGUAGUACACCGAUGACCGAUAGGGGUCAGUGUGUAGGCCCAAAUGCAGUGGUUUGUACAUGAAAUGCAAUAAUAUCUGAGAAGCCUGUAGUACAUCGAAUGACCGAUAGAGGUCAGUGUGUAGGCGAAAAAUUGUAUGUCGUUUGUAGUUUUAACCCAACAGAUUUUUAACCAAAACAGAUUUUAACCAACAGAUUUUACAUAAACAGGUAGGUGAGUAUAAGGUAAGGAAAUAACUGUGCAAUACAAAAGGAAACCGUAAAGUGAGGACCUGUGCUGUGUUGAACGCCGUGGGAACUAAUCCUGGCGCGACAGGUGGGUCAACUUACGGUUUGAGAGUCCCUGAGACACCAAAAGCGAUGCUGACUGGAGAGAAAACCACUGGAUUAACGGAAAUCCCUGCUGCAGGAUUCCUGGACACAGCUUGGAGUAGGAGACCUCAUGGAGCAAAGGUGAAACCAAAAUGGCGUCUUGUAUGACCUGGAAGUGGAUCUCAUGCAAAUGCUGACCUUGAACAAUCUAUUCGUCUGACCAACAAAGGUAAGUAGGGAAAGGGGGGGGGGAGUCCCUUUUAUAGGUCUAUAGCCCCUCCCACAACUUCAGGCCAUGCCUUCCAAUAUAUGGUAUAUUGCUACUGGGAGUGUAACUCCAUAUUAGCCUGAAACAAGUUUUCUGGGCUGGUUAAUGUUAAUUUUGGAGUUUUGUUCACUUUCUUUCAAAUUGGCACCAGGGUACUCCUGGCAUCUUAAAAACUAUGGUAGGCUGUAGUGGUUAUGAUGCUUGAAGUAACCCUUUAAUUACCAAAGUGCAGAAAAGACUAUUACUAAAUAAAUAUGAAUAACUACUAUUGUAUUUAUUGUGGUCAUGAUUUUUAUGUUUAAGGGCCAGCGAUAUCAGUUAAAAUUCUCAUCUGAGAAAACCUUUAUAUGAAUGGUUUUGAAAUCCCAGCAUCUUCACAUGUAUCUAUGUACUUCUGUGGAGCUUGCUUGCUUCACUAUUUACACUAAAUACAUUGCUAUUUUGCUUUUUCUCAAAGGUCAUAUUAAUGACAUUUAUGCAUGUAUAAUUAAAAAAUGGAAGACCUGAAAAGAAAACGUUUUUCUUGACAUGCCUGCUUAGCAUCUGAAGCGUGUAGGUCCCCAUCUUUUAGCGAUUUUACCAAAAGAGCCAUUUAGUUCGCCUGUAAAAAAUAAAAAUAUUUUGCUGCCUCGCAGUCCCAAGUUGUUCAGUCUUGCCUUUUCUCUUUGUUCAAACAUUGUUCCUCUCCAUCAGUAAUCUUCAUAAAAUAGAAGCACUACAUUGAACGCGUUAAUGUAUCACUUAUAUGAUUAUCCUAAAUUUAAAACCCUUUCCCCUAAAUCUUACACCAUAUUAAAAGUACUCAUUGACUACAGUAUUUAAUUCAGCACCCAAUCUGAAAGUAAGGAAACUUGGUCCACUGCGGCUGAAGUGCCAAAGGGUAAUUGGCCCUGGUGCAGCUGAUGAACUGGCAUUUUAAUUGGUGCUUUACUUAUAGAAAGUUGAUAGUGAAAAACUGUAAGAGGUGAAUAAAUACUAAAUCUGUAGGUACUUUUGUGUGGAAUUGCUGGCUUGUACAGAAUGUGUGUCUUGUAAACACCAUAUGUUCUCUGAGCGUUUUAUUUAUUUUUCUUUCCCCUCUCCAUUUCCUAUCUCCUUUUUAUUUUUUAUAUGGCAUAUUAAGAUCAUGUCAUAUUUUGCAAAGACUACAGUAUAACUUUAUAACAUUACCUUCUUCUGCUAGUGUAACCGCUUACACUAAACGGGACCGCUUUAAAUAAUAUACAAUAUCAUACCUUGUCGAAUCAGCACUGUUUUAUGAAAAUUAUAUUCUCUCUGAUUGCAAGGUUUUUACCUUUUCAAAUUUUCACUUGGUCAUUUAAAAUUGCUUUGUAAAAUAGAAAGAUUCUUAACGUACAGCAUUUGAGAUGCCUUUUUGGUAUGAUACAAAUGUGCUGUAAAAUCUGGUUGGAAUCGUCAAUGUUAAAUCUUCUUAAUUUCUUCUGGUUGAUUGAUGUGUAUAUAUAGUCUUGGGCCAAAUGCUCGCACAUUAAUAUAUGUCUAUAUUAAUGAAAAGUACUAAUACGCAAUCUGACUUACGGUUUCUUCAGGUUUAUUCUUAGUUACUGAUACAUAAUAAAACAACAAAGGAUGUUACAGGAUAAUGGACAUUCAACAGCAGAUGGUAAUUGCUAGACUCCUGAAGGGAGAGUUACAUCGUUGUACAGGAAAGAGAGCGAGAGACCUCAUGUUCAGUUACUAUAUAGAUGUGACCAUAAUGACGUCAGACUAAAACUCUAUCCAUAUAAGGACAAAACCCCCAACUUACAUUCCAGAGUUCUCAGACAAAGAAAGACAACUUAUACCAUCUGUUACUUAUGUCAAUCCACACAUCCAUAUAUAAUCAAUAGAAACAUAGAAUAUGCAAUAUUCUACUUUCCCUCUGUUUAUGGUUUGUCUUAAAACUAUAACACAAUGUCACUAACCUGUCCAUUCAUACAUUACUCGUAUCACAGUCAUUGAACAAGAUGUAGUCACACCUUUCUAUUAUAUGACAGUUCUUGGAAGGUCGAUUUUCUAUCCCUCAUACUGCUUACUUUACUUCAAACUCCCUCUGUUUCAGCUAUGUAUUGAUAUCCAUAUUACAUCAUAACUACUUGAACAUAAUAUAUAUACAUAUAGCAAUAAUAAAUGAAUAAAAUAUUUACAAAUGUUGAUCCAAUAAACAAUAAAGCAAUCAGAAUGAUCUACCUGCUCUGGUACAGUCAUGUCUUUGUAGAUAACAAAAUAAAGAUGAUAACGUUAUAAAUAAUAACUGUGUAUCACUAUCAUAUUCUUACAGACACAUAUCACAAAGUAUUUUUCAUUCUCAAUACCUGAUAUUACUUAAGUACUAAUACAUGUAUUACUAUAAUACGUCCACUUAUACUUCCAUGAAUCAUAUGUUUUCUAGUAACUUAAACUCUUUAGGUCAUUUGUAUUCAUGAAUUACAUUCCUAUACCAUUAAUACCACCUAGUGAUGAUUGUAUCAAUACUUUACACUCAUAGUAUUUAAUUUGUAUAUUCAGUAGGCUCUCACUAACUGAAAUAUAUCAACACUACUUAUAAGACUCAUAGUUUGCAAACUUUUCAAAGGUUGUGUUAUCAACCAUGAAGUGUUAUAAUAAUUUUUCAAAUAAUGUUCAUGUUGUUGACAAUACUUAUUGUUCUAGAAAUUCUCCACCCAGAAAUCUUUCUAUUAUAGAUUUGUUUUUGUUUACAUAAUUAUAAUUUUGACUAAAAUUCCACUUUGUAUUAACAAACUUUUCAUUCAAUCUGAGAAAGGUUUACUUUAAAAGAACUUGGAAAGAAUAAUAUAAAUUAUCAUCACUCUCCUCAUUAGACCUUAAUUGUGAUGACUUAUUAAUGUAAUACAUCUUAAAAGCAGGAUUGUCCUAAUGUUCUGACCAAUCUGUAUUCCUUAUUACACUUCAACUGCUUAAACUAAAAUAAACUUGGGGUCAUACUGCCCAGAAACUCGUAUUCCUAUUGUGUCUAACAAACUCAGGGAAAUCAUAAAACAACUUAUAACAACAUUCAUUGGAUACCGUCAUAUCCAGAAACCUAUACUCCCUAGUCCAUACAUUUAUAGACUUAGGUCAAAUAUAAUUGUGUACUAUACUCUUAACUAAACUCAAUUAAAUUCCUCUUGGAUCUCUGAAUUCUUAUAUCCAAGGCAUUCUUAAAGGACCACUAUAGGCACCCAGACCACUUCAGCUUAAUGAAGUGGUCUGGGUGCCAGGUCCAGAUAGGAUUAACCCUUUUUUCUAUAAACAUAGCAGAAACUGCUAUGUUUACCUAUAGGUUAAUCCAGCCUCUAGUGGCUGUCUCAUUGACAGCCGCUAGAGGGCUUCCACGCUUCUCACUCUGAUUUUCACAGUGAGAAGACGCUUGCGUCCAUAGGAAAGCAUUGAGAAUGCUUUCCUAUGGACUGGCUGAAUGCGCGCCCUGUCAGGAUAUUUAUAUCAGCAGACAUUUUAUGCUAAAAAGAAAUUAAAAGUGUAUAUUCCAGAGUCACUCAGAACAGAACAGACUCCAUUUUGCUAUCUUCAGGAUAACAAAGACAUCGUUUUUUCUUACUUUCUGUAACUAACCACUGAGCUUGAACUAAAGGAAUGCAUUAUAUAAACACAGACACUAGUGACAGAGAAGACCAAGUAAUUAAUUUUACUUUCUAAAUUUUACAAGGUUCCAUUGUAAGUAAGGGGUGAAAUUGAGUUUAGAACUGUCAACUUUACAAAUUACGAUCAAAGUAGUUGCCACAAAGACUGAGACAAAUGCUUUGAAAUGACAGCAAAUCUAAGUUAUGGUAGUCAUUUUAGAUAGGCCAAAUGACGUCAAAAUCGUCAUCAGGAAAAGUUAACUCUUUCCUGGAUAAGAAGGUUUAGUUAGGCAAGACUGCCCUCUAUGGAUCAAAUACCUAAAUUGCGAUCCAUAGAUUGAACACAUCUACAGUUUCCUAUUGGCUUAUCAACUAAUGACGUACAGAGAGUCUGGCCCUUUAAAAGUUAGGACAAAGGGAUGAGAGGUUAGUUGGCAGAGAGAGGGAGUUGAAGUUUGGGGAUUCCAACUCGGACAUGCAGAGAGAUCCAGGACAUUCUCUGGGAUUAACACUCUACUCUUAAACUCUCUUGGACACUCAACUCUUAAACUCUUUGACACUUAGAAUUUUUCUCUGACUUUCUAACCAACACCACUUUUCUCUAUCACUCACGCACCUCCAUACAACCAAUCAAGUUCCUGGGACUACCUACUCAUCUGAUGAGAAUAUCUACAUAACUGGUAAUUAUGCUGUGUAUUCACCCAGAGUGUUCCAAGUAGUAGCAACAUUAAUAGACCACAUUAUUUAAGCAGGAUAUGAGAAGAGUAGGGGGUUUUCUUUAUUGUACAUGAGAUUCACUUAUAUGACUUUAGAACUAGAAGCUAUCUUCUUUCAAGCCAUUAUUGUGCCCCCUGUAUUAUUUCUCAUUAUUUUUUUUUAUCUAUUCUUUUUCUGGUCUCCCUAUUUUUUAUUUUUAUUUUUUGUUAAUGUUUGGUUUAAUGUAUGGAUGUUUUUACAAAUCCCUAUUAAAAGUUAUGUUUUAUAUACAUACAAUUCAACCAAGGGGCUUCCUAACUUUGACCCUGUGGGUCUUUAUUCUAUUUUUUCUACACAAGUAUAUGUGAGGGUUACCCCCUAUUUUGGUCGCCCCAGACACACACUUUUGCAGGUUCCCCUCUUGGGGGUUCCUUGCUUUUCUUGUUAUCAAAUGAACUCUGUAGAAUCUUCCAUCACAGUUUGCAGAUCAGAUGAAAAAUCUCUUUCCAACAGUCAAUGUCCACUUGUCUAAAGGAAUUCUUUCCUAAUUUACUGCCACGAGGAUCUGUCAAGCUUUACCUACAUUAGAACAAAAAACAUGUGUAGCAUCAAUGGCUUGCAAUGUUUAUCUCAUUAUUAUACUACAGUUUAACAUUGAAUUAUAUUGAAUACUCAAAACAUACUAAUUUUUUCUCAUGAGAUCUACCAUCUAGUGGUCAUUACCUUUAUGCCAUGUGAUGUAUAAUCUUUAAAUUUCCUUUAUAUUAAAAUCUUUCUGAACAUUUUAAUUUUCCAAACUUUUUAUUAAUCAAACCACCCUUUUAAACCGUUUUUAAUAAUCUGGAGGUAUAACCUAAUCACAUAUCAGAUGUUACAACAAAAUAUUGUUUUACACUAUACUUUAGCAAUAGCAGCCAUCUUGUCUUAACACUGGCACCAUUUUGUCAUAUGAAACAAACUACAAAAAACAUAUAUUGUUUCCUACAUCAAAUAUAUCUGCAAAUCUAGGUUUUAUCCUAUCAAAAAUGUUGUCUUCUAUAUAAUCAAAACAUAUGUAUGUCCAGGCUUUGCAAAAUAUAGCAAUCCAUUAUCAGUCAUGACAUUAAAAUCUCAUUCUCAUGAAUUAAAUCAAAGAUUUUAAAUCAACCUCAGAAGCAACAAAAUAAAUCUAUUGUUUUUUCCUUCUGUAAAAUGAUUGGAGUUACUGUAUAAUCACAUACACCCAAUAUAACAUACAUUGCAUGUUCCUAACUGCUACAUUAGUGUAUUUCAUUCUGCCAUAUUUGCAAACUUGAUGUAAAUUUUUAUUUUAAUUAAUUAACCUAAUACUUUCUUACAACACACAUAAAAACAAUGAAAAAACAGUUCAGACUAACAAUUCAUUAAAACAACAAACUAACAUAGAUCUCUAUUCUUGUGUGCUGUUCUUAAUUCUGGAAUCAGCCUGUGCACAUCUGUUGGCACACAUAUCCAUGUUUAUUCCCUAAACUGAUCAUGUCUCAUGAAGUUAUCUGAUUCUCAUCACUUUGUGUUACACUGCAUUGUUUGUCUGUCUCCUAAUUUUGAUUUAGCUAAAAUUGCUCUUAUGUCUGUUUAUAAGUUUACAUGGAAAGGUCUUCAUCGAUUUAUCUUCACAUGUAUUUUCCCUGUCAAAAUUUUCAAUCAACAAAUUUAAUUUCUCAUUUGCUUUUGAUUUGAUAUCUUGGACAAAAUAUCUGCAAGAUCUUAAAUAAUGUUUAUUGCACCAAAAACAAAUAACUUCAGGAGUUAUAUUCUGCCUUUUGAUUGUUAACUCUGCAGUUUCUAGUUGAGCAAAUUGGGAGGGGCUCAGCUUUCUAUAUCACUCUUUUACACUCUGUCCUACAAGGACUGAGGUCUGAGUUUCUUUCUCUGCCUCAUUCCACAAGUCAUUUUAACCCCUUCAUUAUUGGUUUUCCUCCUUAAGUUAUCGAAGAACAAAGCAACUUCUGUCAAAGUUAUUUUUUCUCUAGCUAUCACAAUUGCAGAUGGAUCUAGAUCUUUAAAUUUUUUCACAAAUUCAUUAAUUAACUGAUCUUCGGGAAAAUCAGCAACAAGUCUAUAUGCAUUUUCAAAUUUUACAAGAAAACUAAAAAUAUCCUCAUCAUUGUGUGGCUUUAGUUUUUCCAACAUUUCAAUGCCUGCAAAAUCAUUCCCUGUUGUUAAUUUUAUUAAUUGUGUUAAUCUCUCUCGAUUAUUCCCAUAUAUUAUUUCAUCAUUGUCCUCACAUUUUACAGGCGUGGUCAGCCUACAUGCCAUUUGAGUCGGCAGCCAUAUUUUAAAGUCUAUUCCUUUGUUCGUCAUUAAGGCUGUAUUUGUCCAAAUUUGACUCAAAAAUCUCAGCAUUAGUAAAUGCAUCCACUGACGUGUCAUAAACUAGAAUACAUUUCACAAUUUUCAUUAAUUGUUCAUGGAUUUUCAAAUUAAGUUUUGCAGCUCUGUCUUGAAAUUUACAUUUCUGCAAAUCACUCUGUGAGGAUACAUUUUCAGUAUCUAUUGGUUCUGGGAUUAAAUUCUUUGCCUGUAUUUUUCUUGUAUUAACACACACUUGCUUAACUUCAUGUCUAAGCUGGCAAAUAAGAUCAUUUCUUAGUUCAACUCUAUCCUCUAAUUUAUAGACUGUUUCUGACAAUCUCUCACAGUUACAGCAUGUACUCUGUGUUACAUUGUUACACUGUUCAUUUAACUCUGAUUUGUCUUCUGUUAACAUAUUCAAAUCUACUUCUUUUUCUGCUGAUUCUAAAUUGUCUUGACCUGCAUCUCGUUUACAAAUCAAUGCAUUGUAAGUACAGACUAGUUUCAUAACAUUUCUGAUCUUUUGUUUUUUUCUUAUUAACGAACAAUUUCUUGUAAAUUUCACUAUUGGCAAUUUUAUAUUGUGUGUAUAAAGAUUGCCACAACACAGCAUCUUAAUAGCUAUUAAAUGCAAACUGCAAUUUACUUUUCUCUGCAAUGUCAUUUAUGAAUUCCAUGUUACUCACCAUAUCAGUUAUUUAUGUUUAUUUCGUUGCUUCAUCCACACAGCUGUGCAGUUCUGGGCUUGAUUCUGGACGCUUGCCAAUCUCUGCCACGUGCUUACUUCUAGAAUUCACGUUGUAUCUUGUGUUUUUUGUCUCAGUUGUAGAAAAUUAGUCUUGUACAGUGUUUGUGAUUUGAAAAAUUUAUUUUUCUUACAAACCACAGUUCUUCUGUGAAAAUCUAGAUUCUUUUUUUUUUUUUUUCUCUUCAAGAUUGUUUUCCCAGUUCCAAAACUUAGCUUUGUAACUUGAUUCUUUUCUCUCCCCCCCUUGAAGUGGGAACACAACUUGAAUAGAAGACUGGCUGGCUGGCCAAUGUUAAAUCUUUCUGAAUCGUCAACGUUAAUGUUAAAUCUUCUUAAUUUCUUCUAGUUGAUUGAUAUAUAUACGUCUUUUGUGUGUAUAUAUAUAUAUAUAUAUAUAUAUAGUGUCUUGGGCCAAAUGCUCGCCACAUUAAUAUAUGUCUAUAUUAAUGAAAAGUACUAAUACGCAAUCUGACUUACGGUUUCUUCAGGUUUAUUCUUAGUUACUGAUACAUAAUAAAACAACAAAGGAUGUUACAGGAUAAUGGACAUUCAACAGCAGAUGGUAAUUGCUGGACUCCUGAAGGGAGAGUUACAUCGUUGUACAGGAAAGAGAGCGAGAGACCUCGUGUUCAGUUACUAUAUAGAUAUGACCAUAAUGACGUCAGACUAGAACUCUAUCCAUAUAAGGACAAAACCCCCAACUUACAUUCCAGAGUUCUCAGACAAAGAAAGACUUGUGACUUAUACCAUCUGUUACUUAUGUCAAUCCAUAUAUAAUCAAUAGAAACAUAGAAUAUGCAAUAUUCUACAUGUGCAAAUUUGGCUUGUGGUAGGAGCCAGCUUUUAAAGCAGACUUUAAUGGAGGGCACAUGAUCGCAUAUAUAUUUUAUUACUAUAAAAAAUGUCAUGGAAAUUUUGGGGAAAACCAUAAAUCCAUUUAAGAUUUGACCGGUAAGGGAUUUAUUUAUUUGUCAGAUGUGUUGAAUAACACAGAAAGAAGUAAUAAAACAAUCAUAUUCUAAGUAUUUUAUUUUUAAACUUAAUUUUUAACCAGUAAAAAUACAAAUUUGAAGCAACAGAUCUGUAUGUAUGUGGUGAAUCAUAUUUAAAAUUCACUACCUUUUUAAGCACAGAAAGAAAGCAUUGACCUGCUUGUUGAACUUCUCAAACAGUCAUCUCAAAUGUAGAUGUUUGUACUUUGUGCCUAAUGAAUUCUAUUCCAGCUGUUUUCAUGUACACCUUGUGAAAUAAUGGCAAGGCCAUUUCACGAUCAGAUUGUUCAGUUUGUGGCCAUGUGACUGCCAGGUUCUGAGAAAACAUAUCAUUAGUUCCAUUAUUUCUAACAAGGUGUCAUUUUAACUUCUAUUUAGGAAAUGGACACAGCUAUUGAAGCCUCCUACUAAACCAAAGGCAGAUAAACACCCCUCAGGCUUUGUCACAGCUAGAACAUCUAACAUUUGUAUUCUGGUAAUUGUUUCUAUAUGUACAUAAUUUUUUCUUGUUUUGUUAACAGGUGGAAUGAAUGGCUUUUGUAUGACAUGUUCAUUCCUGAUUUGCCCCGUGCAGCCCGACUCUGUCUUUCUAUUUGCUCAGUGAAAGGCAGAAAAGGAGCUAAGGAAGUAAGUGCACUUUUUUUUGUUUGUAUGUUUUUGUUUUUUAUUUUCAGCUGUACUUGAAUAUUCAGUGUUUUGCUCACUUGCUUAUAAUGAUUGAGACCCUCUCUCCAGUUUGAUAGCAGAAGUCUAAACAGGCCCAUUUACUAAAUGUUUAAUUCUUAAGACAGCACUAAGGUUACCACUUUUGUUUAAAUAUACUUCUUAAUUAAAAUUUAUUAAUAAUUGCAGACUAAUGUAUAUAUUUAAGUUCCUUUCAGCAAGACAAAAAGGCAUGUCCUUUAGUGAGUACCGAUGAGCCUGAUCACAUUACUGCCUGCUCUUGUAUACACAAAAUAGGUUUUUGUUUGUUUGCUUUUUAUUACUAUUUUAUUUUUUUUUAAAAAUGUAACGUACUUGCAUCCUUUGAUAUCGGUGUCUUAAUGAUAGGUUGCAGGUGGUGGCUGUGGUGAUUAUUGUACACCGCUCCAUAUGAGACGUGGGUGUAUAUAGAUCGUUAACACAAUGUUAAACAAAAAUCUGCACACCAGACAAGCCAUAAGACUUGCUUUUCCCACAGAAAUCACAAAUUUGCAGUGAUGUUACUACCACAAAGGAUUCUGGGUGGGCAUAUGCAAAUUAGUUUAACAAAGAAUCAAAUUUUUGCCUUUGAGUCUGUGUUUGCUGUAUACAACAGCUUUGAAACACAACUUUGGAAAAGAUGCAAAGCCAGUGAACCACUCAUGGACAGCUGUUUCAUUGUUAAUGCAAAUCAUCAGCAUUAGGCUAGUUACUGGUUCGCUUUCUGGUGUGCAGAAUUUUGUUUAACAUUGCAUUAACUCUCCACAGACUUCAGGUGGAAGGGAUUUUCAAUCACUUUUUUUUUUUUCACCAUAACCUUUUUAGAUAUAGAUUGAUAUAUAUUUAGAUGGAUAUAUAGAUAUAUUUAUUCUUUUAACAGCAGAAGGAGAUUAUCGUUACAUUAUGCGUCUUAUAUUUUGUCAUACAAGCAGAAUAUCUAAAGCAAAGAAAAGUUUAUUUUUAUGUAGAUCAGUUUGUAGAGGUGAGUUUUAAAAUUGUAGGCGCAACACACACAGAGAUUUCUACAACUAUUUGCCAUGGUAAGGCAUUAGGUGAGCUGCACUGCUACAUCACUUGUCUACAGCUGUUCUGUACUCACCAUUGGCAUCUAGGAUAGACUUCUAGUGAAUGGAUGUGUGCCUUGAUUUGCUUGUUUAAUCAAUUGAUUCUGUAGAGAUGCAUCUGUAGGCAACAGUGCUGAACAUUGUGAAAUGUUAGAAAGAAAUAUUGGGUUGUGGUAUUCCUUUACAUUUUGACUGUUGGUCAGAAUUUGAUUUUGGUGAACAGAACAUUUGCACAAUAAAAUCCAUUAAAUUGACUUGUUACAUAAAAUUUGAUUAAUACAUGCAUUGCUGGUGCAUACAUCAAAUGUUCUCGUUCCUGUAUUGGCAUUUAAACACAAUUUUUAUAUCUUUUUAUAACCAUUAUUCACACUGGAAACAGUUGUACUUGUAACCAUUUCAGGCACUGAAUGGAAUUAUUAAAACAAAUAUAUACAUAUCCUGCUGUUAAUUAAACCGUAAUGUGAACUACAUUCUCUACUUUGAAAAGGCAAACGCCAUAAUCCUGAACAAACUAGAACUGUUGCUUACCACCUUCAAAUGUGUAUUAUAUAUUUGUGUUUGUAAGUUAGUCAACACGAUAACAUAAGCCAUAUACAUAUUUAUUUGAACGUCAUGCAUAUUUAAAGCUUAAAUUAUAUUUUAAAAACUGUCAAAAUAGUAAACACCUUUGACGGUACUUUCAGAAAAGAAUGAAACAAGGAAUACUGGCAAAAUAUGUGCAAUUAAUAUUUUUAUAAAACAAUUAUAAAGCAAUAUUUGCUAAAUUUGGCUGGGUAUACUGACGAUAUCGAUUAAAAUUAUUCUGAAUGUAUAUAUCUACUUCCCAUAGAAUAACAGCAUGUGAAGUAUAUACAAUCAUCCAAUUGAUGCAAAAAGCAGGUUUUGUGCCAAGUCUCUCACUGCUGCAAGAGAAGAUAUUAAUGAAGCAGCAGCGGUUAUUGGACAGAAACAAAAUGUGCAUGUCUUAUGAUUAGCUGAGAACUGACACAUUUUAACUUAACUCUGUAAAAAAUAAAUGUUUCCAUAGGUCAUGGAUUUUGCCUCCUGUGCAAAUCACUUAAAAAUGAGGAAACCAUUUUUACUGCUUAUAUCACCUGCCGACAUUCACAUACUGAUUAGUAGCAAUUACCCUGUUAAAGAAAUCGCCCAAUCUAACUAAGUGUUAUAUAUGUUAUAUCCCCAUAAGCCUUUGUAAAUCUGCCAAACUUGUCAGGUCUCCUGACAUACUUAGUCAAUUACUGAUUUUUUUUUUUUUUUUUUUGCUUUGAUGUGGUAUUUAAUGCUCUGCCCAAAGCAGGUUCAAUAACGAUUUUAAUCAUUUUAGAGCUUGGGGCAAAUACAAUGCUCUAGCUGCCAAUUAGAUGUAUGCUAGCAAUAAAGAUACAAAGUAUAUGUGGAAAGUGUACAUAGUAUAAAAAAUUUAAAUGGAUAGAAAUGUGAAUAAUGGCCUAAAGGCUAUAUUAUAUGUAGAUUAAAUAUUUAAUCACUGUUAUACUUAUCUAGGCACCUUAAUAAUGAUGUCACAUUCAAUAUAUUUGCAUACAGACUCUCUCAUCUAUGUUUGGUUGUAAAUAUGCAAGUCAUUUUAGAAUUUGUUUCUCAGUUGCAUACAGGUAUAUCAGUCACAUUUAGGUUCAUGAGUUCUCAACAGUCAAAUUCAGCACAAUUUUAGGUUUUGUUCCCUCUUUCCCAUUGUGACAGACAUCAAAGCUGUUAUGUUAUAAUAUCACCUAUUUUACUAUAUAGUUUUGAAUGCUGUCGGUGGCAAGGAUAUUAUUUUCCUGGUAUCAAUUCCAUUUCCUCUCAACCUUCCAAGGCAGGAAUAGAGGACUCAGAAGUCAGUGGUCAAUUACAAGUAAACACACACAAUCCAGUAUGAACAAAGGCUUAAUGCAGAAAAUCACCAUUUCGCUUGAACUUAGAAAAUGGGGAUUUUUUUUAAGACCAAUUGAUAUAACAUAACAAAUACAGUAGACUUAACUAGCUCAAACUAGCCUUAAAGUCCAUAAAGAAUUUUCGAAACCCCUGAAUAUAAUGAAAUAACAUGAAUUUAGAUUCAAAAGUCUUGUGAUAUAUAUGUCUUUAUCCAUAUUAUCAGUAGAGACAGGACUAGACAUAUCUGUAAUACAUAAGCAAUAUAUAUACACACACACACACUCACUCACAGCCGGAUUCUGAAAUACAAGACAUACUGUAUUUGUUAUGUUAUAUCAAUUGGUCUUAAAAAAAAAUAAAAAAUCCCCAUUUUCCUGACAUGGUGGCAGUACAAUAUGGAUGUACUCUUCCCUCGGGACAAGCAUCUGAAAUAAAUAAUUAGCAUAAAAAGUACCUCCCCUUACCAGGUAUAAGAGACCCAACCAGCCUAGGGAGCUCAGUUCUCUUUCUUGUUCCAACCGGAACGGACGGCAUCUGGAAUAUGGAUGGUGAGUCACAUGGGUUGCUGCAAGGGUGAUCCGGUCUGAUAGCCUCCCGGGUGGAGAGCUGAAUGGCCAGAAAACAUCCUGCAGAUUACGGAGCAGGUAUGUAAGCCUGCUUUUAUGCCGAGUGCAGUCACUGGCAAAGCAGGGAGGCGGUCUCUAGUGGCAGCAAAUCACUGCCCGUUGGAGACGCAUGCGCACGGCGGUGGAACGCACACCCGGGUGGAUUUGCGUUCCACCGGACUUCCGACCACGCUAUUGCGCAUGUGCGCUCUGAACUCCCCGAAAUGGCGCCAAAUUUAAAGCGGAUCUGCCUAUUUAUGUUGUGCAGAUCUUCCUGUCAGCAUGGAUGCUCGGCAGUAAAGGUCUCCAGUGUCACCAGCCCCCCCACCCCACAUGGGUCAGAGGUUUUAGAGGUAUGAUUCUUUAGACUCUCAUCUUUAAAACUCUCUCUUUUUUUUUUUUUUUAUUGUUUCUACAAAAUGAUUUAUUGCUUAUGUAUUACAGAUAUGUCUAGUCCUGUCUCUACUGAUAAUAUGGAUAAAGACAAAGUGCCUACACCUGCUUCUAAAAAAGCCAGUUCCAAAACCAAACAUCUGUUGUAAUGAAUGCUCUACUCCUUUACCAGAUGGUUUUAAAAGGAAAGUCUGUAAUGUUUGCUCUUCCUUGAAGCUAGAAAAAUCCAAGCAACAAGAGAUGAAAUCCUUUUUGUCUUGGUUUCAGGAUAAUCUGGCCCAGACUUUUAAAGAUCCUGCUCACACUUCUCCUGUAAAAGCUACUAAACAGAAGUCUAAAAGGAAGAGAACUCCAUUUAGUUCAGAACUAUCCUCGGGUGAAUGUUCUUUUUCUUAUUCAGAAUCCUCUAGCGACUCUUCUAUUUGGAUUUCCUCAUGAUGAGUUGAGAAAAUUUAUUAAAAGGUUAAUGUUAUCCUUUCUGAUAAAAUGGUAGGUAAAUCCAAGGGUAAAACACUGCCAGUCCAACAAAAAAUGCUGGAUUUAAUAUUCAGAGAAUGGAAGAACCCUGAGAAAAGGGCUUUUGUCUCCAGACAUUUUAAAAGUAUUGUUAAAAUAGAGGAGGAAGAUAAAUGGGAAGAAUUGCCGGUGGUUGAUGUACAAGUGGCUCAAUUGUCUAAAAAAAACUACCAUACCUAUUGGUGACGUUUCUGGUCUGAAAGACCCUAUGGAUAAGAGUGCUGAAACUUCCAGCAGAAGGGAUUGUCAGGCUGCAGGUUUGCAGGCUAAAGCAGCAUUAGCCAGUGCUUCAGUGUUGAGAGCUCAGAAUCUUUGGCUUAACACUUUGGAAGAGGGUCUGGGUAAUAACCAAGACAAAGGUCUUUCCCUCCUGUUCCAGAAUUUAAGGUUGUCUAAUGAGUACCUUAUGGAUAUUAUCACGGAGGUGAUAAAGCUUUCGGCUCGUGUCAUGGGUUUGACAUCUGUGGCCCAAAGGGCACUGCAUCAAAAUCUGCAUUAUGUGAACUGCCUUUGGAGAAGAAAAAGUUGUUCGGUUCUCCUUUAGAAGAGUUAAUCCGACAAAUGUCGUAAACCAAGAAGGCCCUGCCUCAAGACAGGAAAUAUGCCUGGAAACCCAGGUAUACAAAAUUUCCAGUUCAAAAACCGUAGGGGGAUUUUCAACAAAGAAAAAAUCCAAGAUUUGACACACAUAGUGGGCGGAAGGUUGCAAGGUUUUGUUCACAGAUGGAGGGAGACCACUACAAAUCCAUGGAUUCUGAAUCUGGUGCAAAAUGGAUACCGAAUAAAAUUCUUAGAUGUUCCAAGACCGUGUUUCCUACCGGUCGAAGUUAAAAAGCCAAGCCCUUUUUUCUGCCACGGUCUCCCUAUUAAGAAAAUGUGUGGUAGAAAGGAUUCCAACUUCCCAAGUAUAUCAAGGGGUAUACUCCAGGUUGUUCCUACUCCCAAAACUGGACAUGUCUUUUUGUCCAAUCUUGGAUCUAAAAAACCUGAACAAACUCAUUCCUUACCAACAUUUCAGAAUGAAGACUAUAGCGUCUGUCACCCAUAUCCUUCGAAAAGGAGAUUUCAUGGCAACUUUGGAUCUAAAGGAUGCCUACCUGCAUAUUCCUAUGGAUGUGGAAUCAAGAAAAUACCUGAGGUUUGCUAUAAGGAAAGGGAAAAAGGUCCAUUAUUUCCAAUUCAAAGCCCUUCCAUUCGGGCUAGCUUCAGCACCCUGGAUUUUUACAAAGGUCCUCACACCGGUCACAGCUUUUUUAAGGAUGCAAGGAAUCACAGUAGUACCUUACUUGGACGACUGGUUAAUAAAGGCAGAUUCAAGAGGCGCUCUAGAGUCAGAUGUGGCCUAUACGCUAGAAAUCCUGGAAGAACAUGGUUGGAUUGAGGUCUAUCCUGUUUCUAGGGUUUUUGAUAAAGUCUGAGUCUCUGUCGGUUCAUCUGACAAGAGAAAAAAGAUAAAGAUUUUAAUAAAAAACCUUCUUCGGAUGUCAGAAUGUUCGGUGAGGAAAGCCAUGCAGGUUUUAGGUCAUCUGACCUCUACAAUUCCGGCAGUAAAACAGGCCAGAGCGGAAUCAAGGCCCUUAGAGUGGGAAAUUCUAAGGAUGAAGACGUGGAUGCUUUAAUGAGUAUAUCAGAUCAUACAAAAGAAAAGAUCUCUUGGAGGCUAUGGGAAAAAUUCAUUACAGAAGGCCUGUCUUUUUGUCAAAAAUCUUGGAUCGUGAUUUCUACAGAUGCUUCAAAUACAGGUUGGGGAGCUCACCUCCUGUAUCACUUAAAGGACCACUCUAGGCACCCAGACCACUUCAGCUUAAUGAAGUGGUCUGGGUGCCAGGUCCUUCUAGGGUUAGCCCAUUUUUUCAUAAACAUAGCAGUUUCAGAGAAACUGCUAUGUUUAUUAAUGGGUUAAGCCUUCCCCCUAAUCCUCUAGUGGCUGUCUCAUUGACAGCUACUAGAGGCGCUUGCGUGCUUCUCACUGUGAUUUUCACAGUGAGAGCACGCAGCGUCCAUAGGAAAGCAUUAUGAAUGCUUUCCUAUGUGACCGGCUGAAUGCGCGCGCAGCUCUUGCCGCGCGUGCGCCAGCCGACGGGGAGGAGAAGAGGAGGAUCGGAGGAGGAGAGCUCCCCGCCCAGCGCUGGAAAAAGGUAAGUUUAACCCCUUUUCCCCUUUUCCAGAGCCGGGCGGGAGGGGGUCCCUGAGGGUGGGGGCACCCUCAGGGCACUAUAGUGCCAGGAAAACGAGUAUGUUUUCCUGGCACUAUAGUGGCCCUUUAAGACAAGGUGUUUGGUCGAAAAAGGAAACAAAGGAAUCUUCAAAUUUCAGGGAGUUGUUGGCAGUUCUCUAUUCUCUUCAGCAGUUCAAGGAUUUCAUUAUAGGAAAAACUGUAAAGAUCCAGUCGGACAAUCAGACAACAGUCUCCUACCUAAAUAAAACAAGGCGGUACAAGAGUAAAAAAAAUAGUAUUUCCUUUGCUCACGGAUUAUGUCCUGGGCUCAAAGUCAUCUAGACGACCUUUCCGCCGUUCACAUUCGAGGAGUAGAUAUCGUGGUAGCAGACGAUUUAAGCAGAUCAAAAUGGUCCCAGAACGAGUGGUCUCUCAAUCCAGUAAUUUUCGCUCAUCUGGUGAAGAGAUUCGGUCUGCCAGUCAUAGACCUUAUGGCAAGAAGAUCAAAUGCAAAAGUAAGAUCGUUUGCCUCCCUCUUCAAAGUAGACAAGCCGCUGGUAAUGGAUGGUCUUUCAAUCCGGUGGGAGUUUCCCCUUGCUUACAUUUUUCCCCCCAGGGAGCCUUGUUCCAAGGAUUCUGAAAAAGGUAACAUCAGAUCAAGCUCGUAUUCUGGCAAUAAUACCGUACUGGCCAAACCGCAGCUGGUUCUCGGUUUUAAAGAAGAUGGCUUUAAAGUACUGGAUUCUCCCGUUAACACCGGAUGAUCUGGAAAAUAAGGGAAUUCCAGUAGAAGUAUUGAACAUGUUCAGGUUGACGGCUUGGCUGCUGCACGGCUAAUUCUGCAUAAUAGGGGCAUUAAAGAAGAGAGGUUUCAGUUACUGUUAAAUUCUACCAGAAGCUCUACUUCUUCUAUCUACUUAAAAAUUAGGACGAGAUUUCUUCACUGGUGCAUAUCUAAUCGUUGCAUAGGAUCCUCUCCUUCUACUGAUACUAUACUUCAUUUUUUGCAAGAUGGUCUUGCUCAAGGUUUUAGUCUGUCUACCCUCAAAGUCCAAGUUUCCGCUCUCAGUCAUUUUUUGGUAAAAAAAUUGGGCUUCUUAUCCUCUCAUUAGGAGAUUAUUUAAAAGUGUUAGACUCGUAAAGCCUCCUAAGAAAAUUUGUUUUCUCUCUUGGGAUUUUUUUGUUUUGAAAUCUCUGUGUACUGAACAUUUCGAACCUUUGGAAGAAGCUUCAUUGAAGAAUCUGUCCCUGAAAACCGUGUUUUUGGUGGCCAUUACUUCGGCUAAGAGGAUAGGGGAACUCCAGGCCCUUUCUUCCUCUCCUGCCUUUACAAAACUUCUUCCGGAUAAAGUGGUUAUGUACCCUAAGCCUUCCUUAUAAACCAACCUAUUUUUCUUCCUUCCUUUAAUGGCCCAUCUAUGCCAGAUUGGAGCCAACUAGAUGUGGGUAGGUCUCUGAAAAUCUACUUGGACCACUCCUCUACGUAUAGGAUAGGAUCAUCUAUUCGUGAAUUUCUUUGGAAAAUCUAAAGGUCAAGUUGCCUCCAAGGCCACUUUAGCUAGAUGGCUGGUGGAUACUAUUAAAUUGGCUUAUUCUUCCUCGAAGCUACCUCUGCCUGCCUCCUUGAAAGCACAAUCUACUAGAGCCAUGGCUGCCUCUUGGGCUGAAAAAGCGUGUACCUCUCCGGAAGAUAUAUGCAAGGCCUGGUCUUCUUUCAACACUUUUUUGUCAAGCAUUACAGGCUAGACGUAUUCUCUGACGCUGAUUUUGGGCAUACGGUGUUACAAGCUGUUAUUGCCUAACUUCCCGCCCUUAGUAUGGGAUCUCGAUAUAUCCAUAUUCUACUGCCACCAUAUGUCAGGAAAAACUGUGUAAUUUUACUCACCGUAAAUUCCUUUUUCCUUAAUAUGGUGGCAGUACAUCACUCCCUCUAUGUAUAUAUAUUAUAUUUGGGUGUUCUAUGGAUUCACUGAGGUGUUCUUGGUACGUACUGAGGUCCCUGGGCUGGUUGGGUCUCUUAUACCUGGUAAGGGGAUGUACUUUUUAUGUUACUUAUUUAUUUCAGAUGCUUGUCCCGAGGGAAGAGUACAUCCCUAUUGUACUGCCACCAUAUUAAGGAAAAAGGAAUUUAUGGUGAGUAAAAUUAGAGUUUUCCCAUGUAUAAGCAAAAUGGUGAUUAUCUGCAUUAAGCCUUUGUUUAUACACACUCCCCCCCCCCCUAAAUAAUCUGGAGAUAAUAAAUAUAUAUAUAUAUAUUUAUAUAUUAUCUCCAGAUUAUGGUGUGUGUGUAUAUAUAGAUAUACAUUUGGUAUAAUAUAUUUUGCUUAUUGCUUGCAAAAGGUAUAAUAUUAGAAGCAUACAACUAAUUUAAAGGAACAUUAUGGUGUUAGCAUUAGGAAUAUAUACUCCUAAUGUUUUAUUGCCACCUCCUCCACACAUUUAAAAAAAAAAAAUUUUUUUAAGCAUUUUACUUUACCAGCUGCACCUCUCCAACUCGCACGGCAUCAUCAAGUGGGACCUGCUGCAAUAACUGCACACACAUGCAAUGGUUAUCCUUGGAAAGAAUUAGAUUCAAAGCUUUCCUGUGAGCCUCUGUGUCACGUGGUAAUUUUACUCGCCAGUGCAGCAGAAGCGCCUCUAGUGGCUGUUGGUAUAACAGCUACUAGUGGCGGUUUUAACCCUGCAAUAUAUACAUUGGAGUUUCUAAAAAUCCUACUUUGUUUUGCCUUGCAAGGUUAAAGUUACUGUACCACUACUCCCAGACCACUUUAUUGAGAAGUGGUCUGGGUGACUUUAGUGGUUGUUUAAAUAUAGUAAAAAUAUAUACAUAUAUAUUGGCUUAGUACAUGCAACCGUUGAUGUGACUAUACUAUUAUACAUUGCUAUUUAGUGUAUUGUCUGACUUUUUUCAAUGUGACCUUUGUAGUAUGGCGCUAGCAAAUACCACUAAAGCUUGUAAUGUUUUUUUAGGUACUUUUAAUUUACUCAGUAUCCUAAAAUGCAUACUCGUUAAGCAAUGAUUUGACAUCUGCAGUACAGCAAAUUUUGUAUGCAUGUUAAUAAUGUGUAUCUCAUUUUACGUUUAAUAUUUGUCUUCACAGGAGCACUGUCCAUUAGCAUGGGGGAAUAUAAAUCUGUUUGAUUACACAGAUACACUAGUUUCUGGAAAAAUGGCUUUAAAUUUAUGGGCUGUACCACAUGGUCUAGAAGACUUGCUAAACCCUAUUGGUGUUACUGGAUCCAACCCCAAUAAGGUAAGGUAGACUUUUAUGCCAAAUCAGGUCGCAACACUACUUUGACUAAUUCUGACAAGUGGCUAUACUUUUAGUAGGUGAAGAACAGUCAUAUUGUGAAAAGUCUUUGCAUAUGAAUAUAGUAUUCUCAUGCAUGGUCUUAUUAGAAAUCACAAAAAUCAUUAUGGCCUCUUUAGAGGUUAUGGUGCCGGCACGCCCCUAGUGCUACCACAUGCUUCUGUGUCGCAUAGUUUUUGAGUGAUUUGACACUUUGUUCUCCUGGGUUCCCAUAUCCCAAUUCUUCUGUUGAUAUAUUUCUUUUGUGAAAAUUGCAUUUUUGUUUUCAUCUGCAAUAUUAGUGCCGCCUAUAUUUGUUUGGGAAAAAAAAAAUGCGGGAAGAAAUGCAGAGUAGAGUACUCUUAAAAAUUGAAAGUCAUUCUGUUGUGUAGGGAGCAUAAAAUGUUUGUGUAAAAGUAUUACACUUAAAAUAAAAGCACAUCUUAAUCCGUAAAUGAUUAACUCUUUUUUUUUUGUUACAAAUGAAUGUACAAGGUAGUUAUUUCGGGACCAUAAGUGCCCUUUUGUCCACCACUUUUAAUUUAAGUUAAUUCAUUUAAGUUUAAUUAAAGAUUACUCGCCUUGUUUCCGGCAUUCUUGCUUUACCUUCACAAUCACCUCCAAUCCAUUGCUACUAAUAGAGAAGUAUUGGAGAUAUAUAUGCGCUUCUGAUUCAUGAGCUGGGAUGGGGGGGAGGAGGAGAAGGAGAGAAGCACCUCUUGUGUGUGGCAGGAAGACAGUCACAAAAUUCUAGUUCUAAAAAACUACUAUGCAGGGUAAAAAUUACAGGACCACUGAAUAAACAGAGAUUACAAUUUUAAGUCCAAUGCUACAGACCUUAUGUUACCUGCCACUGCAAUUCACGGCAUGCCUGCAAAACCUUCAUUUGCUUGUGGCAAGUGGAAAUUUUGAGCUCUGUGCUCAAUAUUCUUUUGUUAAUGCACAGUAAUUUGGUGUAUAAUCUGUAAAUUGUGUGUACAAAAUGUGCAGCACUUAUCCAUAAUCUUUUGUAUUGCAUUGUAGAAAACCUUUGGUUGACAUUGUUGAACGGGAUCCGUAAAUAUAUAAUUUUUCUCUUUUCAGGAAACUCCCUGUUUGGAGCUAGAACUUGACUGCUUCAGCAGCCCUGUCAAAUUUCCAGACCUCAUAGCGAUUGAAGAUCAUGCAAAUAAAGUCCUAGAACGUGAAAUGGGCUACAAUUUCAGCCAUGGGGGGCUGGUAAAUUAUUACCAUUUAUUCAUAUGUGUGAUCUCUGUCUUAUUGUUUGCCAUAAAAUGUAAUCACAUGCAUGCGCUGUUUUACUAAAAUUAAAUUGUGUGUUGUACUAUGUAAACAAUCCACAUUGAUCAUGGUUGUCAGAUUCAGACUUUGAUAUUUUGUAUCGUUUUAAGGCAAACCAUAAUCUAUUGCAGUGGUAGUCAACCUGGUCCCUACUGCCCACUAGUGGGCGAUUCCUGCUUUCAUGGUGGGUUUUAUCCAUGACCCUUGGUUCUCUGGCAGAACCAAAGACCGUGUAGGCACAUGCCUCCCUCCAGCCAUCAAGAGAGACCUCUCAAAAACACCCUACACGCAUUGCGUGAACGCCUUUGUUUGCUAAAUCUCUCUCAAUAGCUAAAAUGAAGUGUGUGCGGCUGCGCUCCUGAUCAGGAAGGAAGGGGGUGUAAUGAUGUAACACGCUGGAAGAGGAGGGGUGCUGAUGCACUCAAUGUGAAAGCAGGGACAGGAAGAAGCAUGGCGUUUAGAGUGGCUUGUAUUUAACUUUGCAAAAACUGUAGAUAAGAACCAGCGCUUAUUUCGUCAAAUUUUGAUGUACAAAAUGUAUAAAAGUAACUUCAAACUAGCUGCUAAACAUUCGUAUAAUACUUUCCAACAAUACAAACAAAAUAUACCUGAAUAAAAGAAGAAUGUAGCGCUUGUAUUUUAAAAUCAAUAAAUUGUCGCUUUUUAGUAAUCUCAGAAGAGUUGAUGUCUGUUUAAAUAAUCGGCAGAUAAAUGCCUAAAAAGAGAAUAAUCAAAUAUAGUGCAGAUGGUGUAUCACUGGAUAAUAUUUAACGUAGAAAUUAUUAAUAAACUCACAAACAAUGAGCUAUGGACCCAGCUCUAGUUUGCAUCGCUUUUGGAUCCGUUUAGGCGAUCCUCCCCUUUUUUGGUGUUGCAAAUCUUGUCAAGCCCGGAGUCAAAUAAUAUGACUCAAUUCACACAUAUUAUGCAGUAUGGGACUGCACUCCCAUCCAUACAAUGAUGAAUAAAUGUAUUCAUUUAUUCAUCAUUGUAUGGAUGGGAGUGCAGUCCCAUACUGCAUAAUACGUGUGAAUUGAGUCAUAUUAUUUGACUCAAUUUAUUCAUCAUUGUAUGGAUGGGAGUGCAGUCCCAUACUGCAUAAUACGUGUGAAUUGAGUCAUAUUAUUUGACUCAAUUUAUUCAUCAUUGUAUGGAUGGGAGUGCAGUCCCAUACUGCAUAAUACGUGUGAAUUGAGUCAUAUUAUUUGACUCCGGGCUUGACAAGAUUUGCAACACCAAAAAAGGGGAGGAUCGCCUAAACGGAUCCAAGAGCGAUGCACUCUAUAGCUGGGUCCAUAACUCCUCCUUGUUUGUGAGUUUAUUAAUCAUUUCUACGUUAAAUAUUAUCCAGUGAUACACCAUCUGCACUAUAUUUGAUUAUUCUUUUUAGGCAUUUAUCUGCCGAUUAUUUAAACAGACAUCAACUCCUCUGAGAUUACUAAAAAGCGACAAUUUAUUGAUUUUAAAAUACAAGAGCUACAUUCUUCUUUAUUCUGGUAUUUAACUUUGGCAAGCUAAGUUCUGUUAUUUCCCUACGGCAAGCUAAUUUCUGUUAUUUUCUGUUUACUUAGUUUACUUAACAUAAAAUAAAAAUAAAAAGGAGGAAAAGAAGUAAAGGAAGGAGAGAAUAGAAAGAAAGAAAUAUUGCUUUUUUUCUGUUUUAUUUUUUGUUGUUGGCUAAUAAUAAAGUGGGCUACCUAGUGCAGCCUCCUGCUGGUGAUUGCAAUAAGGAAGGAGAAAAGAGAAGAAAUGAAAAGAAGUAAAAAAUGUUGUAUUCACAUUUAACUGUUUCUUUAAUUUAAGCAGCUCCUGCACUAGUAGGUGCUGCAUCGGUGGAGAAGCGGAAAUUAAUUAAAUUUUAAUUAUACAAAAGUAGGCAUAAAAACAUAGAUUUAAGUAAAUCUUUUCUUAAAAAACCUCCUUUCUAAAAAAAAAAAAAAAAAAUCUUUUUACACUUGCGCUAAAAAGUUAAGUUAGUGCAGCACCAGUGAGCGGUAAGGGAGUUUUACCAUCAAAAAAGAUACAUAAGUGGGCGACAGGGAUUAAAUGAUUGACUACCCCUGAUCUAUUGCAACAAAAACAGAGGAUAUGCGAAUGGGCAAAAGAAACUCAAUAGCUUGCCCAGUAAAUUUGUUUUCACAAUAUCUAUAGGCAAAAUAUUUAGCAAUAUAAAUCCAAAAUAGCUAAAUGUUUGUAAAGAACUUUAAAGAACACAGAAGUAAACAGAAACAACAAAUAAAAGCUGCAUGAUAUAAAUCACAUGUCCAUUUGAAAAUGCAACAAAUUUUAUAACAAACACCAAUUGCAAAUAAAGUACAAAUAGAAAAUGCUGUUAUUAAAUUCACAAGUAUCAAAACUUUUAGCUAUUUGUUUUUUUCUUUUUAUUGGGCAGCAAUUUCAUAUUAUUGGAGUUUGUUAUAAAAAGAAUUAAAACAAAAGCAGUUGACUUGUAGAAAUGGGUAAUCUUUUGCUUUCAAGUAUUAUAUAUGUUCCUUUUCCAGCCAAAUUGAGAUUGUAUUUGUGUUUUAAUGCAUUGUCAUAAAAUGGUGUGCUGUGCCUUUCAAUUACUAUUUUGUGUAUUUGACAGCUAGUAGGAAUACAUGGCUGUAGAAUAGUACCCUCAUUUACUAUAUUCUCCCUUUUAUACACAUUUUGUUUCUGUUUAGUAUAUUGUUUUUUUCCAGCUGUGGACCCAAUAUCCAGGUCCUUGUUUAAUAAUUAUUUGAGUAAAAGAUAAAACAGUUGUGUUGUAUGUUGUAGACAAACAGAAUAGCCAGGGAUAAUGAAGUCCGAGAAAGUGACAAGGAGCAACUCAAAGCCAUUUCUAAUCGUGACCCUCUUUCUGAAAUCACAGAGCAAGAAAAGGAGUUUCUCUGGAGUCACAGGUAUUUCUCUCUUUUCACAGCAAACUUAAUUUCAAUUCUAUUCCUAUUCUAGGUCAUCUGAAAGUAUGUUGAAGAGUGCCCAUCUACCAGUUUACUAGCAACUGUAAACAAUUUAUCGUAAGGCAAUCAAGAUUAAUCUUUGGCACACAUUUGUUAGGCCAUGUGUCAUUAAAGGACCACUAUAGGCACCCAGACCACUUCAGCUCAAUGAAGUGGUCUGGGUGCCAGGUCCCCCUAGUUUUAAACCUGCGGUUGAAAACAUAGUUUCUGAAAAACUAUGUUUACACUGCAGGGUUAAUCCAGCCUCUAGUGACUGUCUCCCUGACAGCCACUAGAGGCCACUUCCGCAAUUUACACAAAGUAAAUCACACUUAUUUGACGCAGGACGUCUUCACGGAGUCCAGUGUCAAAAUGCUUUCAUGUGGGCGGGUUUGAAUGCAUGCGUGCCUCUGGCUGCACAUUUGGUUCCACUCGGGAACUGACGUUGAUGGAGGAGAGGUCACCAGUGCAGAGGGAGCCCAGCGCUGGAUUAAGGUAAGCAAAUAAAUGGUUAAUUAACCAUUUAUUCGUCAUGGAAUGGGGCCCUAGUUGCCUAAAUGGUGACUAGGGCUCUAGAGCGGUGACUAGGGCUAGAGGGCCCUAGAGUACAUAUUUGUAUUCCUCACGCUAUAGUGUUCCUUUACAAAUAUUUGCAGUUUAAAUAUUUUGAUGCAACUCCCUUCUAGUGAGGUUGGUUGUGCAAGCUGACAGCUUCACUGUUGGAUAUUUUGACAGUCCGCAAAAGCUAGUGGGCUGGCAGGAGACUAGUUAUGGUUUUCAGAAAAUGAGUUUGCUGAUGGUUUAAUAUCAGCCCGCAUCGUGCAUGUUAAAGAGCAAUGUUUCUUGCGUAGAUGAUAAAAUAAAAAGUUCUGUAUUUAAAAUAAAUUUUAAAAAAUCAUCCCCAUCCUCCAGAUGAAUUUAAAUACAUGUUAUUCAUGGCAUUUCUAAAAAUAUGUAUUAGUACUAAUUUAUUUGUAUAAUCAUAUGGUGUAAGUUAUAAUAAAAUAUUUUUCAUUUCACAGGCAUUAUUGCCUAAAUACCCCAGAAAUCCUGCCCAAGUUGCUUCUUGCUGUGAAAUGGAAUUGCAGAGAUGAUGUUGCACAGGUUGGUGAUGUUAUUGGACAGAUUCUCUCAGGACUUUCAGUGUUACCUUUUUUAUCCAGUCAGCAUCAUUAUUCUUUUUUAUUUUGUAUAUAGUUGUAGUUCUCCUAUCAAUGCUAAUCCGUUAUGCAAAGAAUUAUAACUCAAACACUCUUUGGGAUCAGUUAUAACUAUAUGUGUUUUUAGUUUUUUUUUUUUUUUUUUUUUUUUUUUAAAUGAGGUUUUAUUGUCCCUUGCCGCACAGGUUCACAUUCUUCUAACGACAUGCUUACGCUCUACAUCUCUGCAGACAUAGACAGCCAUGAUCAAUGCCUGCAUGCAGUCAUAUGCCACUAAAUAAAUGUUGUUCUUAUAUUUGACAAGGCAUUAUUAACUGUACCGGAACCGUCAUGAUGGCCAUUAUAUAAUGCCAAGAUAUUUGAUUUACUUGUUUUUGUCCGCAUCUAUCAGCUCUCGCAUGAAUGCAAUAUAUAUUUACAUCAUGUGUUUAAUGCAUCACAUUUUCCAAAAGUUGCACUUACGUUUCUAUGAAAUCAUCCAACUGAAAAUCCAGUCAAAUAGCAUUUUUGGCUAGAAUCAAAAUCUAAAUCAUUAGAUGAAAAGGACCAAAUAGACUCAUCUGAAAAGAGUGCUAUAUUGGACUGUCUGGGCUUGUCUUUCACUUAAGACUUUCAUCCAGUGUCUCGAGAUGUAAAUUCUUACUUAUUAAUGCACCUUUUUCUGCACUAUUGUUUUUUUUGUUUUGUCUUUUGCAGAUGUACUGCUUACUUAAAGACUGGCCUGCAAUACGACCAGAACAAGCAAUGGAACUUCUAGACUUCAAUUACCCUGAUAGGAUGGUACGAUCGUUUGCGGUUACAUGCCUUGAGAAGUAUUUAACAGAUGACAAACUUUCCCAGUAUUUAAUCCAGCUUGUGCAGGUAUUUACAUUUUAAUAAUUGAACUAAAUAAUAAACUGUCAGGGGUGCAAUUAGAAACAGCAGAGCUCCGGGGUAAGAAUCGAAGAAGGACCCCUCAGCAAUAAAACUCCCAGUUAUAUACAUAGUUUAAGUGCAUCAGAGGGCUCCUAAAUGUAUUACAGCAAUAAAGCUGUUACAUUCAUAUGCUCUGUAUGUAUCACACAGCUCAACAGUCAUUAAACUCCCAGUAAUGUGCAUUAUAUGAAUGCUGUGUAUGAAUGUAUUGCAGAGCUCUUCCGCAAUAAAACACAGAGUAAUGUGCAGACCAGAUGACUAUCACAGAUCUCCACAGUAAAAGUGACCGUAUGUGAGUGGUUUUGCAUGUCAGGGAUGAGUGCGAUGAUGUUUGUGGGGAUUGGCUGCAUAUAACUGCAUGUUGUUGUUUUUUGUGUGUAAUAAUAAAAUAAGUGUGUAUUCAAAUAGUGCUUUUGCAAGCGGAUGCCUGGCCUGGGCUUAUCUUGACAAUCUGUACCCCAGGGCCCAGUUGCAGUAACAACCAUUGUGACCCUGGGAGUGUCUCCUUUGAUUUUUGAUAAAUUUGCUACCAUUGUAAAUGCCUUUUCAAAAGAUAGUUUCUUCUUUUCACCAAAUUUACUUUAAAACCAGUUGGCAAUUCGUAAAAAAAAAGGAUCAGAGUUAAAUGUUGGACAUUCUAUAAGCUAUGUUAAAGGGUUACUCUAAGCACUAUGACCACUUCAGUGAUUUGAAUUUGUCAUGGUGCUUGGAGUCUGUAUGUGCAGCGUUUUGCUAUGAAACUCUGCACAUACUGAGUUUAACACCUUUACAUCCGAAGGUGUAACUCCCAUCUCCUGCAAUGUCAUCGGAACAUUAUUAGCCAGCUUAGCACAAGAAUUAAAAACUGACAGUCAAUUAUUUGCACAGAAGGACAUUCAUUGGCUGAGUGCAUUCUACAGAUGCUCUGAGUCGGUGAAUGGCCAGUGGGAUUGCAUCCUGCUUCUGUAGCUCUACAGAAUCUGGAUGUCAUUCAAUCUGCACCAAUGGAGAACAGGCUAAUGGUGGGGAUCCGGGUAAGAGGGCAAACUGUUGCAAAAUGGUUUGCUCAUUACUGAGAAAUGGGGCAACUGUACUCAUAGCAUCAUAGCCACUACAGCUGGCAGUAGUGGUUAUGGUGCUUGGAGUAACUUUUUAAUUACAUUGUGUCUUAUUAUACACUUUUGCUUCAGAAUGUUUAAUUAGUCAUUCAAUUAGUGAAUGUAUCUUUUUAUUGAAAAUAUUAAAGAAAUGGUUUGAACACCAUAACUACUGAAGUUUUCAAGCUGAAAAAAACUGCACAUCCAGACUCCUAACACCAUUACCACUUCAAAUCAUUGAUAUGGUCAUGGUGGUUGGAGUAACCCUUUUAAGAGAAGCUCAAGCAGGAGCUCCCAGCUAUCCCUUCAGGCUGAGAAGAAGUUGGAAAUGGCACCUGGCAGACCCCAGGGCAUUUCUUACACCAUGAACACACCAGAGCAAGGAGUGCUCUUUUUAUCUGCUGAAAAGUAAAUUGCAGUGAUUUUGUAACCAAGUAUUUUUUAAUUAUAAAUUCAAGGUUGCUCAACCAGAUCUCACUAGUAUAACAGAUAUACAAGUUAAGAUAACCAUAUUUUCCUGUCAGAGCAAUGAAACCCUGUUGCAAACUAAAUUUGUGUUGUCUUUAUUUGUAAGUAGUAAUAACCUGCUUUAUAAAUAUUCCAAAGACAUUUUUAUAGCAUCCAAUGUUCACACUUCAAGGCUCCUUAAUUGUGUAGGUGCUCUCUGAUCACAGGGUGUCAGGGUUGCUUAAAGUCUUUAAAUAAAAACGAUGAUUCAGCAUUGCUCUUUGUAUAGUGUUGGUUUAAUUUAUUAACACCACAAGUAAUGAUUGCAAUGUUUCAGUCUAUAAUGACCAUUGUCAGCCUUUUAGUAUCUGUUAACGUUGCUUUUAUCCUGUGUGGUGUGAAUAAGUAAAAUUGUUACCUUAUUUGUAAAAGAGCUGGAUAAUCCAUUUUAUUAACAGGCUUUACAGGAGUGUCAGCAUAUGCUUCUAUGAAAUAUUACUCGAAUAAUUAAAUAUUUAAGGUUUUUUGUGUUUAUGACCCUUUUCUUGGAAUACAGACUCGGUUUGCUCAGUGUGUCUGAGAUGGUCUAGACAAGUCAACAACUUUUGCAUUAAAAUAAAAACUGAAUAUCACUUGGAUCUGUGAUUAUGGUAUUAUGGUAACUGAAUAUCACAAGGAGCUAUGAUUAUGGUAUUGUGAUUAACAGGGUUCUAAAGUGCAAUUUAAGGGCAAAGUAGCCAAAAUGGAAGCUUAUCUCACUUGGAAAGUGUUUCCAAUUUAAUUAUAUUUACCUUAAAUUUGAGAUUCGGUUUGGGUUCUGACUUUUUUGAAUAACCCUGUAAAGUGGCCCUGUAAUAUUUUUAUUUAUUUUUAUUCUGAUUUUCAUUUCCUUACGUCCCCUGUAUCUUUAAUAUAAUAAAGGUAAGCUUCAAGGAAGGGAGUAUAAUCAUUAUAUUUUCUUCUUUGUGAUAGAUAAUACAUGGGCACAGCAAUUUUGUUCUCUUCUACUCAUGGUGUCUGCUGUUUGCCCUAAUGCGAAAUUGAUUUUUACUAAUUGUGUGUAAAUUUGAUUGGCAACUGAAACAGAACCUGGCUUAAGCUCCACUCAUUGUCAACUUGACUGUUAUACAUAAAAUGUAGUACUUGCUUUUCUUUAUGUAUUUUAUGGGGGAAAAAAGAGCGCUGAGGAAAGAAAUAGAGAUUCAGACACCGUGAACUAUACAUAAAUAAUUAAAAUAUUUUUGGUGACAGAACCCCUUUUAUCCACCAAUGAACUAAUGUGUGUGAAUUGAUUUAAAGACAUAACUGAGCACACUUCAAUAUUCUGUGAUAUUUGUAGGUUCUGAAGUAUGAGCAGUACUUGGACAACUUACUUCUGAGAUUUCUACUUAAGAAGGCUCUGACGAAUCAAAGAAUAGGACAUUUCUUUUUCUGGCAUUUAAAGUAAGUGAUAGGAUGCAAGAGAUCAAGUCCAUGUGUUAGAUGUAGACACUUACUGUAGAGCAAGAAUGUGAUGUUUUUUAUUUUAUGAUGCAAAAUUUCUUGAUACUAGUUUCUCACGGUACUGUUUUAUAUCGCAGACAAGUAAAAAAAUAAAUAAAAGGUGUGUGUGUGUGUGUGUGUGUGUAUAUAUAUAUAUAUAUAUAUAUAUAUAUAUAUAAUAGGAAAAAUACAGAAUAGGAAAAACCAUGCGAAUAGGUUUACACUCCUAGCAGUCAAACUGGAACCGCAUACAAUAAAUCCUCCCCCAAUAAUGAGACAACACUUCACUUUGAGGGUUAAGCAGGAACUCUCCUCUAAUGGCCACACACUGGCUUUUAUGCAAGUCCCCAUGCCAGGGGACAUCCCACAGGGUGGGAUACAGUACAACCAAUCAGGAGAACCAUACAACACACCCACAUUUACAUCACAAUCCCACCUCUCUGUCCUGGAGAUAAUUGUGAAGUAAUCCAAUUAUCUCCCAGGACAGAGGCAAGACUCCAUUAACCACAUGGCAGUAACAAUACAAUAAAAGACAUAAAAUUACAUACAGUUACAUUUAUUCCAUAAAACAUAGACAUUCUACAUAUCCCCAGAUAGCUUAGAUCUGAGUGCACAUUACUACCGAAUGGCGCUCAGAUAACAUAAAUACAGUUCAAUCGCCAUGGAGCCAAAGUCUUUCAUACAGUCUUUCAGUAUACAGCUGGGCUCCAUGGCAUAGCUAUCUGGGGUAGCAUGGCUUUAACAGUCCGCAGGAAGGCACGAAUAAACCUUUCUGCCAGUAAAAUAAAAGUUUAAAAUGCAGGACCAUAGUCUAAAGGGAGCAGGCGAGCAACCAGGCCUCUCCAGUAGACAGUGACGAGGUUGGUUCCGCCACAUGUAUGUAUAUAUAUAUUCAAUGUGUACAAUGUAUUGAUUUAAACAUGCUGCAUUUAUUUGGUCAUGACUGUGUUUGCUGGUAAUAAAAACGUUACAUUCAAAAAAAAAAAUUCCAAUAGGACUGAAAUUACAAUUUUCUAAUUAUAAAAGGAAAGCUAUCAUGGCACACGUUGUUAAUGUAUGCUACCCGAUUGUAGCCUGGGGAGGUAUGUAUCAUACAGUGAAUUGUGGUAAAUGGACCACAAACAUUUUAUAGGGGGGAGGGGGGCAAUUUUACCUUAAAUUUUUACAAUGUAUAUAUUAACAGAGAAGCAUGAACAUAGCUGAGAAAGCAAAAACAAAAGCAUCUCUCAGGAUGAUCAGCUAUGAGCCAGGCAUGGGGGAAAAAACAAAACCUGUACAAUUUAAAAAGAACAUUAAAAAGAACCCACACAAUAUAGCUCUACUAUACACAAUACACACAGGUUGUACAGGUUUUGUUUUUUUUCCCCCCAUGCCUGGCUCAUAGCUGAUCAUCCUGAGAGAUGCUUUUGUUUUUGCUUUCUCAGCUAUGUUCAUGCUUCUCUGUUAAUAUAUACAUUGUAAAAAUUUAAGGUAAAAUUGCCCCCCUAUAAAAUGUUUGUGGUCCAUUUACCACAAUUCACUGUAUGAUACAAACCUCCCCAGGCUACAAUCGGGUAGCAUACAUUAACAACAUGUGCCAUGAUAGCUUUCCUUUUAUAAUUAGAAAAUUGUAAUUUCAGUCCUAUUGGAAUUUUAUUUUUAAUGUAACGUUUUUAUUACCAGCAAACACAGUCAUGACCAAAUAAAUGCAGCAUGUUUAAAUCAAUACAUUGUACACAUUGAAUUCAUAGCAGUUGUAUAACUAGAGCAACUUACAUUUGAGUUGCUUCUCAUUGUAAUAUUACUUUAUAAAGCCUUGUAACCCCUUUAAUACCAAGUGGUUUGCAGAAAAAACACCCUUAAGGUGUUUUUGGUGUCCUGGAAAAAAAUGUUUCAGUAUGCCUAGAUAGUGCAUUAUUUCAUCAAAGCAAAUACAACAUUUUUGUCUGGGCAAAAAACUUUUUAAAAAGUUUUUACCAAUGAAUGGGGUUAUAGAUAGGAAAACAGUUGUUGUAAAUAACAUUUCUCAAUAUGUAACAUAUCUUUUUCCAUACAUAAUCUAUAAUCCAUGUCCAGUAUGUAUGUGUGUGUGUGUGUGUAUAUAUACUGAUGUACAGAUACACACAAUGAUACAGACAUACAUUGACAGAUAGUAACACAAUUGUAGUGUGUAUUGGUACCUGUAUGUCUGUCGGUGAGUAUCCUUGUACAUCUGUGAGUGUAUAUCUGUGUGUAUGUGUAUCCAUGUGUGCCUGCAAUGCACAUUUGUGUAUCUCUGUGUUGGUAGCACAUGUAUCUCUGUGUCUGGGAGCGUAUGUGUGGAGGCAUCUGCUUGCAGUGUGCUGUGUGUCUUGGGGGGGGAAGGGGAGGUGCUUGUUGGAAUCCUGUGUGUAUUGUGUAUAGUAGAGCUAUAUUGUGUGGGUUACUGUCUGUGGGGUGGUGCAUAUGUCUAAGGGUGCUGGUGUUUUUAUGAGUGUCUGUGUCAGUAUUGUUGGGACAGUGAGUGUGGCAGGGUGACUUUGGCAUGUGACUAGGUGUGAGGGGAAAGUGUGAGGAGUGACUGUAUAUGUGAUGGCUGUGACAUGAGUGUGUGUGGUGACUCUGUCAAGGUGACUGUGUAAGUGGUUACUGUGGGGUAACUGUCUGUGGCAUGUUGACUCUGUUUGAGGGGUGAUGUAACAGGGUGACUGUGGGUGGUCAGAGAAUGUGGCAUAGUGACGUAGUGUGUGGGGGUGGGUGGGGGUGGUGGUGGUGUGUAGGGUGAUGUGACUGCAUUAGUGUUGGGAGGUAUAAUGUAUGUGGGGAAGCUGUAUUUCCCUGUUCGGCCUCCCCACACAUUGCUGCUCAUUUUUAUAUUUAAUUGAGAUGAGGUGCUUACCUCUUUCAGCCACCAUCCGUUUGUUCUCUUGUAGGGUGGCUGUCUCUGCAGUGCCUGGCAGCAGCUGCUCCCCUACUGUGUUCACAUCAAGCAGGGAGGAUGUGAUAUUAUAUUACACCCCCUCUGUGCUCUGUGUGAGCAUACAGCACAGACUGGAAAGAAUGAGCUGCUGGACAAAUUUUCCCCGCUCAUUCGUCCCAUCUAAUACUUAGGGCUGCCUGAGGAGAGACCUGAACACAGAUAGUGAGCCUCUAUGUUUAGUUAUGAGAUGGUCAUAGUGAGGCGGAUGUUAGUGCCCCUGCACUGUGACUUUCACAAGUCACAAAAGGCUUAAUUUGCAAAGUAAAGUAUUUCUUGGUGUCAUAAUUAGCUUUCAGAAGUGUAUAUUCAGGUCUGUGUUUAUUUAUGAUAAGCUGCUUGCAGUUGCUCUGAGGCUACAUUGUUUAGUGUAUUUGUGCCAUAUACACGUUGAGGUUAAUCGUACCUUUUAAUAUUUCUGAUUUCAUUGUGUUUCAGAAUCUUUAGCUGGAAUGUUUUUAAUGUUGACGGAUUUGCGUAUUCAUUUUAUUAGGUCGGAAAUGCACAACAAAACUGUCAGUCAGAGGUUUGGUUUGUUGCUGGAAUCUUACUGUCGUGCAUGUGGGAUGUACCUCAAACAUUUGAGUAGACAAGUGGAAGCCAUGGAGAAACUGAUUAACCUCACUGAUAUUCUUAAGCAGGAAAAAAAAGAUGAAACACAGAAGGUAUGCGGAAUAUUUUUUUAGAGUUACCCUUAAAAGAUGGACCUGCUGUCGUUAUCAAAUGCACAUAGACUUUAUGCUUCCUUUAAAAAAAAAAAAAGUAUGCAGGAGAAGAAAUCUGUCUUUCACAAGUGGAUGGAUGGCCAGGUUCCUAAAAUACAGAUGAGAAAAUAUAACCCAUAAUUUGUGGUAACUGAAUUACUGCCAUAAAUUUAUUCUCUGUUGUGGUUAGCAUGCAUUCCACAGUGCUGCGCUCUGCUUUGCAGCCUACCUACUACAAUCUUGGAUUAAUCCAUGAGAAUAGAAUGUGACAAGUCCAUUCUUACUCAUUACAUCGCACUGUACCUGCCAUAUUAAUUAUUUAAAUUCCUCUGCCACCAUAGAGCUAAUAGGAUCUUAAAUACAAAUUUAUUUACAGCUGGAUUAGAUAAAAUCUAAAGAUGUCAUUUUAUUGUCUGAAGUACCAUUGCUUAACUUUUGUACUCGCAAUAUGUACUUUAAACAGCAAGCCUGCACGUUGCUUUGUUGACGGAGCACUAAAAAGAAUGGCAAAUAACAUUGGGGAUUUAAUUGGAGGUAUUGGUAAACUCCAAAGUAAGCCAACCCAGUCAUGCAGUAAUUUCCUAUAUGGCUAAGGGUUUAUCUUUUUUUAAUGGAAGUUAAAUAUAACACAAUCGAAAAAUACUUGGAAAACGUUUUAUAAACAUUAAAAAUGUACAGAUUGCAGUGGCGAUAAAAACAUCACAUUAUGUAAAUGCUAAAUAUUUGUAAAUAUUGAUCAGAGCCUAUUUGUCGCUUAUUAAUGUCUACUAAACAAGAAAAUAUCUUGCCGCAGUUAAUUAUAAAUAUAGAGAAUGAUCUGUUUAAUUCAAUCUAAUACACUUAAAAAAUGUAGUGGCCCAAAAAAGUGCACUGUUUUUCAGGUCCAGAUGAAGUUCCUUGUUGAACAAAUGAAGCGACCAGACUUUAUGGAUGCUUUACAAGGCUUUACCUCCCCUUUGAACCCUGCUCAUCAACUGGGUACUCUCCGGUAUGUACACAGCCAAACAAUUAUUUUCUUCUAAAUAUAUAUUUUACAUUAAGCACUAAUUUAUGUUUACUAUAUGGAUAUAGAGAGAUGGGCAAUUGGGCCGAUCACUUGCUUUGCAAAGACUUCUUAUUGAGCUGCAUUGGAAAGUCUGUAAUUUGACAGCCACAGACAGUCUGGGUUGAGGAAGAAGGGCAGUGCUUUCAAAUGCAACAGACAAGAGAAAUGCAUGUUUUGUUUGUUUAGAUGUACUCACCAUUCAAAAAUGCAUAACUUCAUGCAUGCAUGUUUUCAUUUGAGCGUAUAUAAACUAGUUAUUUUUUGUAUUUGGGUAGUCCCUUUAAAGCUCAAUUUUCAGCUGCUAGCAUGCCAUUAUAUGAAGUUGUGUAAUGUUUUUAUUCCCUCUGCCACUCAUGCACAAGAUGUAUCUAAGAUAUAUCUAGCUAUGCUAUAUGACAUUCGGUAUAUAUCAUUAGAUGGGCAAGACACCUAAUGAUAUAUACCCUGUCCACCUUAAUAAUAUGAGUCAUGCCAGCUCGGACGUCGCCCGGAUUAACAAAGUCCGCAUCAGAUGCUAUGGAACCAGGGCAAUCUGACGACAAGUGGGCUACUGGAACAAAUCAUUCCUGGACACGGAGCGAGAACCUAGACCUGCUUGAAUGCUCCUACAACAGCAGACCCAAUGAGAGGGGCUACAUGAAAUGUACGUGGGAGCUAUGGAUGAAUGAGACCAUCAUCUACCCCAACACCAAAACAGCUGGUUACACAACAUUUGAAAAUCUUCAAGAGGAAUCUAGUGUCACAACUGGAAUUAAAGGAACACUAUAGUCACCUGAAUUACUUUAGCUAAAUAAAGCAGUUUUAGUGUAUAGAUCAUUCCCCUGCAAUUCCACUGCUCAAUUCACUGUCAUUUAGUAGUUAAAUCACUUUGUUUCUGUUUAUGCAGCCCUAGCCACACCUCCCCUGGCUAUGAUUGACAGUGCCUGCAUGAAAAAAAAACUGGUUUCACUUUCAAACAGAUGUAAUUUACCUUAAAUAAUUGUAUCUCAGUCUCUAAAUUGAACUUUAAUCCCAUACAGGAGGCUCUUGCAGGGUCUAGCAAGCUGUUAACAUAGCAGGGAAUAAGAAAAUCUUAAUUAAACAGAACUUGCAAUAAAGAAAGCCUAAAUAGGGCUCUCUUUACAGGAAGUGUUUAUGGAAGGCUGUGCAAGUCACAUGCAGGGAGGUGUGACUAGGGUUCAUAAACAAAGGGAUUUAACUCCUAAAUGGCAGAGGAAUGAGCAGUGAGGCUGCAGGGGCAUGUUCACCAAAACUGCUUCAUUAAGCUAAAGUUGUUCAGGUGACUAAGGGUCCCUUUAAACUAAUUAAACGGAAUAUAUAUAUAUAUAUAUAUAGUGUGUGUGUGUGCUAUACUAUAGAGAGAGAUAGAUAUGUAUAGAGAUUGUAGCCGUAUUGGUCCAGUGAUGUAGAUGUAAAAAAACUGAAAAAAUUCUUAUCUUGUAAUACUUUUUUUUUAUUGGACUAACAGAAUUUUUUAAUGACCAGCUUUCUGGAGAACCUCCCUUUCUCAAGUCUAAAGCAUUUCUGAGCAAGACGACACAUAGUAUUCAAAGUUGAGUUGUGACACAGGGGUUAAAGGGACAUGAGUGCAGAUAAGAUACAGGUUUGUUGGAAAAUAGACAACAUUCUUGCAGAGGGGCGUAAAUAUCUUGUGUGAAGAUCAGAUUGGGGGAGGGAGAGAGAAUAAAAACAAGCAAACAGUGCAGAAGAUGGUGCUAGAAAGGGAGAGUAAAAAAAUGGUUAAGAAUGCAUGAAUUCCCAUCCAAGAGUUACAGGAUAUGCAUGAAGGCCUAGAUCCAGCAUACACAGACACACGUACUUACACACAUGUACAUAUAUACAAGUAGUGUAUAUGUACAAGUAUACAUAUAAAUACAAUCAAAUGCCCAAAUAUAUGUACACCUACACAUACAUCCACACACAAGCACCAAUACAUGUACCUACACAUACAUAGUAAAAUACCCUAAAACCUCUAGUCACCAACAGCUUCAUAAAAGACAUAACUGACUUCCUUAACAAACUCUGCCAAAUCACCAAUCUCCCUGCUAACACCAUCCUUGUUCAUCCUCACACUUAAUUAUUUCAGUUUUAACAAUGAGGUUUACCUACAAACCAUGGUCACUGCUAUGAUACUAAGAUGGCACCCCAAUAUGCUAAUCUGUUUAUGGCAGAUCUUGAACAGAGAUUCCUAGAAAUACAGCAUACCAAACCAUACAAAUAUUAUCACUAUGGCGAUGAUUUUCUUCAUAAUUUGGACUGAAAGCAAAGAAAAACUGAUACAGUUCCAUGACUCUUUCAACACAUUCCAUCCAUCAAUCAAACUAAAAAUUUUAUAUUCCACUAGAUCUGUGAAUUUUCUGGACACCACUGUGACAUGUAACAAUGGCACAAUCCACAUCUCCAACCCCACAGACAGGUGCCUUCACAGCUCCAGCUUCCACCCCUCCCAUACUAAACAGGGCAUAAUCUACAGCCAAGCCACUAUGUAUCAUCGCAUAUGCUCUGAUCCUAAUGACCGCAUUCCCAUCUAAAUGUACUCUCCCAAUCUAUGAGACAGGCUACAAACCAAAGACUAUUACCAAACAAAUCAACUCUGCUGUAAAAACUCCACGUAUGCGCCUGCUACAGUACAGAGAGAAAAAAUAUCUACACAAGCAUUACUUGUGGUCACCUACAACCCAGCUCUUGAUGAAAUAUGGAAAAUCAUUAAAGACCUCAACCAAUAUUAACAGAAGAUGAGACUGAAAAACAUUUUCACUGAAACACCCAUUUUGGCCUUCAGACAACCACCAAACCUCCAACAAAAAUUAAUCAACAGGAAGCUACCCAAUGAUGGGAAGAAUAAAGAAAACGGGACCAGUCAAUGCAAAAAACCUCGCUGCAAACUGUGACAGCACAUAUGCACAGACAACACAGCCAGAUACAAUAAAACCUACAUCUUUAAAGGUACAUACUCCUGCACAUCCAGCAAUGUGGGUAUACAUGAUUCAUUGCACCAAAUGCCACCUAGGAUGCUACAUUGGGGAAACGACCCAGCAAUUAAAUGGCAGAAUGAAUAUGCACAGACACUCCAUUAAACACCACAAAGAAGAAUCCUACUGCACUCUUGUGGGACACCUCUUUACCCAGCCUGGCCACUCAAUGAAGGACCUAAAAAUCAAAGUACUGAAAGUGGGUUUUAUAAAUACCCAAGAAAGAAAAACUUUUGAAGCCAGAAUUAUCAAAUUGUUUAACAGCAAGAAUAGAGGGCUAAAUAUUGAAUUGGGUUUCCUGUCUCACUACCAACACUUUACAUGAACAAUCCCCACAUUAUCUUACUGUUCUGUCAUAUGUAUCAACAUUUUAAAAUGCAUUCCAAUAUGUUAAUUCAAUCAAUAUACAAAAUACUAUGUGUAGACCUAUGCUUUCACAUACUCUUAUGCAUGUAUGCUUAUAUAUGUGCAUGUAUGUAUAUAUAUGUGUGUGUGUGUAUAUAUUUAUAUAUACACAUAUAAUACAUAAGAUCCAGCGCACUCACCUAUCCACUAAACAGCAACUUCAGUGUUAAAAGAUUUUUUUUUUUUUUUUUUUUUAAACACCUAAUCUAGGCAAAAAUAACGGGGGGUUUAGUUACAUUAUAUGAUCAUACAUUGCAUAAGCCUGCCACAACGUCAGUGUACCCCAUCUUUGGCAGGUCCUCCACUAACAGCCUAAUGUCUGCUCUUAUAAGAUUAACCCACUUACUUGGGGGAAAAAUUCUAUCUGGGGCUCUCUGCAGUACAAGGCUAAAUAGGGCCCUGGGAUGAGGCACCUGUGUCAGGGAGGGGUGCAAAACCAAGGUGUUGGCUAGACUCCCAAAAUAAAUAAAUAUAAAUAUAUAUAAAUAUAUAUAUAUAUAUAUAUAUAUAUAUAUAUAUAGAGAUAUAUAGAUAUAGAUAUAGAUAUAUAUAAAUAUCUAUAUAUAUAUAUAUAUACAUAUAGAUAGAUAUAUAUAAAUAUAUAUACAUAUAGAUAGAUAGAGAUAUAAUAUAUAUGAAUGAAGCGGGGCAGGCACUCACCUUAACAUGCAUAAAUGGGGUUGCUGCUCGGGGCCAAAUUAUACAAUACACAAGAUCCAGCGCACUCACCUAUCCACUAAACAGCAACUUCAAUGUUGAAAGAUUUUUUUUUAUUUAUUUUUUUAAACACCUAAUCUAGGCAAAAAUUAUGGGGGUUUAGUGUGUGUGUGUAUGUAUAUAUGUGUAUAUAUUUGUGUGUGGAUGUAUAAAUGUGUGCAUACAUGUAUGUAUAUGUGAAUAGGUGUGUGUAUAUAUAUGUGUAUAUAUAUAUAUAUAUAUAUAUAUAUAAUGUAUGUACACAUGCACCUAUUUACAUAUAUGUAUGCACACAUUUAUAUAUAUAUAUAUAUAUGCACACACACUAAACCCCCAUAACACUCUCCCCUUCUAGCACCAUAUUCUCCCCCACUCUGUGAUCUUCACACUCUCCCCUUCUAGCACCAUAUUCUUCCACCCCCACUCUGUGAUCUUCACUCUCUCCACUUCUAGCACCAUAUUCUCCCCCCCACACGACCGUUUAACCCCUGUAUCAUAACUCAACUUUGAAUUCUAUGUGUCGUCUUGCUCAGAAAUGCGUUAGACUUGGGAAGGUUCUCCCAAAAGUAUAUAAAGAGAGAUUAGUCUGUUUAAUUCCAGUUGUGGAAUAUGCUGUAUGUGUUUAAUUAUUAUCUAUACGAAACUAUAUUCUCAUAAAUAAGCAGAUCUAAACAGGGCUUUUUUUUUUUUACUGAAAAUCUAAGUUUGCAUAGCACGUGUCUUGUUGGAAAACACAUGAGGUUAGUUGCUAUUUUUAUUUAGCUGAUAUAAUUGUUUGAUUUUUUUAGACUUGAAGAAUGCAGGAUAAUGUCUUCUGCAAAGCGGCCACUCUGGUUGAACUGGGAAAAUCCAGAUAUUAUGUCAGAGAUGCUGUUUCUCAACAACGAGAUCAUCUUUAAAAAUGGAGAUGGUGAGUGCACAAAUUAAAUUUUUGUCAUUCUAAAAACACUAUAAUCAAUUCAAGCAUCUUCAUAUACUUUGGGUUUAUUUAGCUUUUUGUAUAGCAAUUUUUUUAUAUGCUUUAAAACUGGACAGUAAUUUUUUUUCCCCUUAAAUAUUAUUUAUCUAAUGUUGUGCUUCCUAUCUUGCAUAUGCACAGAAGUGUUUUUAAAGACACUUUGGAUAUGAUAGUCUUUAUUAAAAGUACGUACUGUACUAUAAUUCUAUAAUUAUUACUUGAGAUGUGGUUUUGGUGCUUAAAGAUCAUGUCCUUGCAAUCUGCAAAAUGUAAUCAUAGCCUUUUCUGAUAAAUAACAAAUGGCAAAGGGUACCAUUUGAGUUGUAGGUCCCCCAAUGUUCACUUUGAGAAUCAUUGGAUUGGACCAGAGAUAUUAGAUUAAUUCUCUUACUGUACGCAGAGCGGCUACCACAAUGGGACUUGAAUUGCACUGGACUAAAAGAAAGUUUAGCUUGUUUCCAAAGGGACCCCUGAAUCUAAAUAUUGAAAGGAAUUUUUUUUUUCUUUGUCAAUGAAGAUUUGCUAUAAAAGGAAUUUACAACUUUGUCAUGUUUUUUUUUUUGUAGAUUUAAGACAAGAUAUGUUGACACUUCAGAUCAUACGCAUCAUGGAAAAUAUUUGGCAAAACCAAGGCCUUGAUUUACGGUGAGUGAAGGAAAUUUUAAAUGAAAAGUCAGUUGUCCUACAGCAGAUAAGGGUUUAUUAGCAAACACAAAAUGUUACAUCUGGAUCUUCGGAGGUAAUUAUUAUUAGGCAUUCUUGAACCCUAGGGGUUUUUCUAUUAAAGAAUUAAUUAUUGCAGAUUUGCUAAAUUUAGCAGUUUUCCAAAUGUUUCACUUUGGCAUGUGUGUGUUCACCACAGUUUCUGCGAAGUUACUAAACGUCUUUGACUUUCUUCGGAAGGCAAUUUUAAAUUUACUGAAUUUAAGCACAUGCUGACGUAACUACUUCCUGUUUUGGUAACUUCAGCACUUUACUUCUGAAAACUUUAAGGGCUUGUUGUUUUACCUUCUGAAGUAAUGUAUGACAUUUACUUUGGCAUAUAUAUUUACAUAAAUAAUGUAUGAAAUUAUCACUAUAGAGGAUCAAUAAGUCUUGUUGGGGAGCUUGCAAAGGCAUAACCCACAGAGCAUUGGAAAAUAAUGAAUUCCAAAGAACCCUUACUAAAAGAGGGGAAAAUGGAAACGAGCAAGGGUAAAGGGUUAAAUAAACCAAAAAAAUACCACAACUAACUAAUGAAAAAAUAACAUUUAUUUGUAAAGGAUAACUUAUGCCUAAUUCUAAAAGGAUAUAUUGCAAAGCAUAUAGCCUCCUAAUACCACAGGCUGGAUCUCCAAUAUAAGGCUGUUUCUGAGAGUGCUACCAUGACUUAACCACUUCUUUAUCUUGCAUAACUCGAGGCUCUCCUAUCAAUGUGUAAAGAGUCAAAGGUAGCUUUGCAAUUACACAUUCCAAAAAAUCAAAUGAUAGCUAGAGACUCCUACAGACAAAUCCCCACUCACAGUGAAAAAUGAAAAACAACUAAGAUACCAGACGCGCGUUUCAGCGCCUCUGUGCACCUUUAUAUUUUCAUAGCGUGUUGAGUUUAAGGAACUCUUCAAAGUAUGAGUGAAAUGACAAAGUUUAAGUAAUAAAUAUUUUGUGCUGUACUUCAGUAGCGCGACAUACUCAAGCAGUAGCAUUACAAUAAUUGGUAGUACAGAGAGGAGGCACCCUAAAUAAACAGAGGUAACGAUUUAUACUUGUUCCAUCCUUUACACAUAGGCCUUAUCUACAGGGUGCAGCAGAACCGAUUAAGCAGUUUUGAGGGGUUAUAAAAAAUUAACUGGGGUAUAUAGAGAAAAACUGUUUUUAUUUUUGAAUUCAGCAGUAAAUACCAUUUUAUAUUCAUUAAAUUUUGAAAAUAAUGUCCUCGAGAAGGCGGCCAUUAGCAACAACACAAUGUUGGAGAUGAUCUCUGAAGUUUUGUACAGCUCGUUCACACAUAUCGGGUGUAUGGUGUUAACUUCUUCCAUAAUCUGCUCCCUUAUUUUGAGCCUAGUAGUGGAUAUUUUGUCUAUUCACAGCUCCACUGAGAUGAAAAUGUACCUCGUCGCUACUAAAGAAAGCUGUUGCAGGAGGGAUCUGUGCAAGCAUUUGCUCACACAGAUUUCUGCGGUUGGCGUGAUCUGCUACACUCAAUUCCUGAGCCAACAUCAACUUGUAGGGAUGAAACUGCAAAUCUAAAUGAAGAAUCCUCCUCAGACUGCGGUCUGACAUUCCCAAAGCAACAGCAUGCUGUCGAGCAGAAAGUUCUGAUAACUGCUCAAUUGCCGCUCUUAACAGCAGAAUUGUGUUCGCAUUAGAAACUGCGGCGUUGCUCGGAAUGUUGAACCGUCACCAAAAAGCUCUUUGCGUCGCGAUCACAGACUGGUUGUUUUCUAAGUAUGCUUGCACAGCAAAGCCUCAACUUACUCCGGUCCAAACCAUAUUGGCUACUGAAAGGGGUGAUGGACGGAACACAAUGAGACCGGAUGCAACUGCCUCCCCCUACCACAGCUUGAGCAUUAACCCCUCAAAGCUGCUUAAUCGGUUCUGCUGCACCCUGUAUAUACUGAAGAGACUUUUUAGUAAUGUUUGCAACCUUGUAUUUGAUAGUGGAAAACAAGUUCUAAAUGAGACCUCAAUAGGCAUAUAGUAAAUUAUGGUAAAAACAAGAUGUUCUUUUAAUUAACUAGAAAAUAAAGUGGCCAAGGAAAGGCUUAGUAUUGUUUCUUAAAAGUGCAGUACAAUCAUAAAAUCCCAAUCUCAAAUUUAGUAAAAUGUAAAAAUUUCCUUUAAUUCAGGAUGUUACCUUAUGGUUGCCUAUCAAUUGGAGACUGCGUUGGACUUAUUGAAGUGGUGCGAUGCUCCCAUACAAUUAUGCAAAUCCAGUGCAAGGGUGGCUUAAAAGGUGCAUUGCAGUUCAACAGUCAUACGUUACAUCAAUGGCUAAAGGAUAAAAACAAGGGUGAAACGUAAGUUGUUUUCAUACAUUCAUGUUUGAGAAUAAGGAUUUUGGUUGAUAAUUUAGAAAAUAUGCAUUUACAUACCUUUGAUGACAGUAGUAUUUCUGACCAGAUCUGUUUUUAACUUUUUAUUGUGCUAGCCAAAUCACUAGCAAAAGAAUAGGUUAAAUUAUAUUCUUGAGGUUGCUUCUGGUCUUUCAAGCAGGCACUGACCACAUCUAGGUGCACUCAUGGGACUUUUGGCACCAUCCAUUGCUGUGGGUUUUUUUUUGGGGGGGGGAAGGAGGGUUAUUAAAAACAGUGCAGUGUGAGUGCUGCAAAAUGCAUUGGCAACAUACUUUAAAGGUUUAAAACGAGAGCCUGCAUUCACAAGCAAUAUUGAUAUAUCCAUAUAUAGAUUAAGGCUGUCUCAUUAAAAGUAUUGUUGGCCAACUUACCUUUUAAAGAAAUUCUAUUAAAUAGCAGAAUGACUUAAUUGCAAGUUAUUUUGGAUUGAUAUAUAUAUAUAUAUAUAGAUAUAGAUAUAUAUAUAUAAUUUGUUUGUGCGUUUAAUAUAAACUGUUGCACACCGUGAAAGUACGUGAUGUAUAAAAGAGUAGCAUAAACAAAGAUAUUUCUUGCACCCAUAACAAAUACUGCCAGGGUCUGUGUGCAGUGUGACUUCUCCCACUACCUUAUAGAAAAUUAUUCUAACAAAAAGGAACAAAACAUGCAAUGUAUAAUAGACCAGCAUUGUUUGAUUUUUUUUUUUUUUCUUUUCUUAAACUGUUUGCAUUUGCCAUGUGUAUAAAGGUUGACCAUUCCUCUUAAAAAAAAUAAUAAAAAAAAAUGAUAAAUUUAAAUUCUAGAAUGUUGUGGCCUUUAUUGUCAUAAUAGCUACUUGUGGCUGUAUAUUUAAUAUGUAUUUUUAAGCGCUCUCAAGCUGCUGUUGAUUUAGCGUUUUUCAUGAAACUCAACCUUACAUCCCAGCCUAGGCUGGACGAGAAUCAUGCAAAUUGAAUUUACUGAAAACAUAGACUGUGUGUGCUGUAUUAUUAUUAUUUUGCAAACAAGCAAUGGAUUUUAAGCUGGACAUUUCAGCAAAUAAAAUUCUACCUCCCUAAAUUAUUUACAGAAUAUUAUUAUUGCCAAAGGGUUUGUUCCUAACCGCACACAUUUUAUUUCCUAGGUGGCUUGAUUUCUUCAAAAGUUUUAACACAUUUUUCCUCUGUUUUUGUUGCCAAAAUAUCUGCCAUAAAUAUUUCAUGUGUCUGCCAUUCCUCUGCCAUUAGAUAUGAUGCUGCCAUUGACUUGUUCACUCGAUCAUGUGCUGGUUACUGUGUUGCAACUUUUAUCCUUGGAAUAGGUGAUAGACACAACAGUAACAUCAUGGUUAAAGACAACGGGCAAGUAAGUCAAAACUUAAUGCAGUCUUUUAUCAGUUUGUUCUGAUUUGAAUUUCACAUCUUUCAAUUUUUUUUUUUGUUUUUUUGCUCGUUAAGCUGUUUCACAUAGAUUUUGGUCACUUCCUGGAUCACAAGAAGAAGAAAUUUGGCUACAAACGUGAGAGGGUACCCUUUGUGUUAACUCAAGAUUUUUUGAUUGUCAUCAGCAAGGGAAUUCAAGAAUGCACAAAAACUAGGGAUUUUGAAAGGUAAAAAUUAAUUAAAAAUCAGUUAUCUGUACUGUCAAAUGUAUUUGCGCUCAUUAAAUUAGUGAAUUUGGUCAAUUGUUUUGAUCAAAAUCAGCUUUACUGUAUCUCAUUAAAAUUUAAUGAAAGUGGAAAUAAGUUUCACUUCCAGAUAGGAUCAACAUGAGUUUGUAGUAAUAUUAAAUGGUAUAAUGUAAUAUUAUAAAGACAUAUGCUAGAUUCACAAAAAGUUUAGUUUAUGUAAAAGCUUUAAUGCAAAAGGAGGGAACACACAUAGCUACAUCAGCUAAAGAUGCGGAAAAAGUGCUCAUUAUUAAAUACUCUAAAAGAUCUGUGGGUAUGUAUCAAACAGUAUGCAUAUAUGUCUUAUAAAUAAAUUAAAUGGAAAUAGAAAUAUAGGACACAUAUACAUAUACUAUUCAAGUAUUACCUGCUAUGUGGGUAUCAUACAUAUCCAAUACAAGAUCCAAAGCAAUAUUGUGAAGCCCCCACCAUUUCAGCAACAGCUUUUUUAAAAGAAAGAAUCUUUGAAAGGACCACUCCACAGGUCUUUAGUAGAUAUAUCCCCAGUGAAUUCAUGCAUGCAUAUUUUUAUGCAUGUAUUCAUUGUGAGUAUAGUCAAAAAUAGAUUAAAAAAGCUGCAGUUCUUGGGACUGCAGCCUUUGUAAGCCCCUCCCCUUUUUCCUGGAAGAAACUUUCAGUCUCUUCACAGGAAAAUAACCAAUCAGAGGCUUCUCACUAAAAAGCCUCUGAAAUGGUCUUCACAUGUGCCGACUCGUGCAGAUGCACACACCCCUCCACGUGUGCCCUUGAGUCUGAGGAGCUGAUCUAAAGGUCUUUGAGGGAGAGGCAGGAACACUUAAGUGGAGUGUGGGAGCUAACAGAAGUAUGAAGGAAUCCUCCCUGGCUGUUUGUUUGACAUAGAAAUCAGCACUUUUAUAAACUGGGGUUAAAUGUAAGCUAAAGUGCUUUUGGGAUGCGGAGUGGUCCUUCAACAACUUUAAACAUCUCCAUUAAAUAUGGAGACUUUCACUCAAGCAGGUAACUCCAUCUUGCCAAUUCUAAAAAAGGACAGAUGUCCUGUUGCUGAUGUUGGCAUAAUUCAUUGUAUAAGAUAGCACAUUUAAACAUGCAAGUAAUGUUUUAUGAAAUGUAAUGCAGACAAAUAAGCAAAUAUGUUCAGUAAAUGAAAUGCAAUGUCAGGACAGGUUAAACAAUUUUAUAACAUGCUACUUUUUUAUGUUUUGUUUUUUCUUAAUCAUAGAAAGUUUUAAUCAAAUUUCAUUGGUUUCUUCACAGUAUGCAACUUGUUUGAGAUGAUGCCAAAAUAUAACCCCUGAUUAGGAAAAAUAUAUAAUUGUACCCCUUUGUGCACGGUUAAUUGUAAACAUUGUCACUUUUAUUUUUACAACGAUCUGCUAGCAUGAAGGCCAGAAUUGCUCUAUCUUGUCUUAUGACAAUGUACAUUGUUAUAAGAGCUUGCAGCAAAUGUAGUUAUUUCAGACCCAGAAUUCUUCUUUAUAAAUUUAUCCUUUUUCUAGUCGAUUAAAUGAACACUCUAUUAAAAAAAAUAAUAAUUUAGAUUCCUUGUCCCCACUAUAAUAGAAAAAACAAAGCAUCGGGCAUCUACAUACUUUGCAUCCUGUUUGUGGACAAAAAUUUAAUUUGUCAGCCACUAGAUACGCAGAGAUUGCAAAAUGCAAUUGGUGCAGUUUCUUAGAAAUUGCAUUUUUAUUUGCGAAGGCAGCUUCUGUAUCCCAAAAUCACUUCAUUGUGAUGAAGUAAUUUUGUUGUUUAGUGUCCCUUUAAUGCAGUCUGUAUUUAGGAAGUCCUUCUUCAAUGUGGCAUAUAUUCAUUUAAAAAUAAGUGAUGGCUGUUAUUUACUAGUGUAUGAUUCCACCCUUUGUAGGUUUCAAGAAAUGUGUUACAAGGCUUAUUUGGCAAUUCGUCAGCAUGCCAACCUGUUUAUCAACCUUUUUUCCAUGAUGCUUGGAUCUGGAAUGCCUGAACUGCAGUCUUUUGAUGAUAUUGCCUACAUACGAAAGACAUUGGCCUUGGACAAAACUGAACAGGAGGCUUUGGAAUAUUUCAUGAAGCAGAUGAAUGAUGCCCACCAUGGCGGCUGGACAACAAAAAUGGACUGGAUCUUCCACACAAUAAAGCAACAUGCUUUGAACUGAACAGAGAGCUGAAAAGCAAACUGAAUUCAUGCUUAAUGGUUCCCUGCACUGUUCGUGUGGACAGCCAGCAAAGCCCAGUGGAACAGGAAUUGCAAAAACCAUGAAGAGCAUUAAUAUCACAAUAGCAGCUACAGAAAGUGUAUCAAACCAUUAGUGCUAACAGGGUCUACAACAACACUGCGGUGUGGUUUUCAAAAGAUAUGCCUUAAACCCAAACAGAAGGCUAAAACACCUAGCAUGUGUUUUAGCUGCCAAUGUAAAUGGUUUCAAUCUAUUUGAUACAAAUAGACCUUUGGCAUUGAAAACUAUUUUUCUGAUUCCCAGUUGUGUUUUGGGAUGCUGAUUGUGACCCGUGAUGCAGUAAGAGUGAUACGACAAAACCAGAAAGGAGGGAAGUACCCUUCACACAUGCCUCUCAGUAUUGUUUGACUACAAUGCAACAAUGCAUUUUUAGACACGCUUUUUAGGUGAUCAUUUGUUUUAUGAAUUAAGAAUUGAUUCCGUGUAAGCAUUGUAAGAAGCAUAGCCUCAGUUCUGUCAUUUUCCAACACAUUUGUUUGUUUGUUGCCUGAUAAAACAUUGCUCCAUCUAGGAUAAACAACUUUUAUACUUUGCUUUAUAUUUUUAAUGGGCAGUCCUAGAGUAAAGCUGAACUCUUAGCCUGGUGAUCUAAUGUAAGACAUAGGAGCAAAAUAUGCCUUCCUGUAGUAGGGUGACUUUCCAAAGUGUGGUGAAUUGAUGGUAGUGUGGUCACUACUAAAGCCAACAUUACUGUCCUGCUAUUCUAUUGCUUGGUGCCAAACAAUAACACUAUUAAUUUAAUUUCCACAGUGAAUCUGUCCCUAGUUUAUCAAAUAAUCUCUGAGCUACAUGAGACAUACAAACUUUUUUAUGACCAUAAGCUCUAGUCUACCAAAGUCCACUUAAGGAAAUAUUAAGUAGUAGUAAGUACCAAUAUUCUGCACAAAUCAAUUGAGUACUACUGACAGUGUGUAGACCCAUUGUUCACUGUUCUCUUUUCAGUCUUUUCCCUUUUUGUUUGUUUUUUCUUUUUAUUGACCACUCUCUCUAUUCGUCCUCUUAGACUAUUCCCUUUUUCCUAAAAUCUGCAUUUUCAUAUGAAAUAUAUGCCGUGGGGGGAGGGGAGAAACAAUGCUAAAAAGUACUGAAUGCGCAAAGAGAUACCCCGAUAUAGAUCAUAUCUAAGAGGAUGCACUGUGUGAAUCUACUUGAAAACUAAUUCUCAUGAUUUUAUAUAAUACAUAUAUUUCUACAAAUAAGCUCAUAGAGAUUCAAGGUUCUUAAAUUGCUGCUAUGUCUAUUUAAUUGAUUAUUCAGAAUAGAGAGGAUAUAUGAGUGACUAUUUGGAUACAGGUUACAAUGUUUAGUAGGACUCUCAAUGUAGCAAGGAUAAAAAAAAAGAAGAAAUUUAAUAUCUUACUAGUAGGUAUUUUGAUUGUUAAUUAACAGUCUAAUCAGCCAUUAGAUGGCAGUACAUCUUCUUUCAUUACUCUUUUGAAAUUAUUUAGAUGCGUGUAAAUAAAUACUAAAGAUCUGGGAAAUCUCAUCUCAUCCGGUCUAAUACUUCAAAAUUCAAAUGUCAUCUAUAUGAUGGAAACUGACAAUAAUAUAUAAAAAAUGGAGGGAAGCUGCCAAUGUAUGGGCUAAAAAGAAUAUGGGCAUAAUUUGCAAAAUAAUGGAAACCAAGGUUAUAAGAAAUCAGAGCCUUGAUCAGGGCUCUCGAUCAAGCAGUUACUAAUUCCCAAAGAUUUAAAAAAAAAAAACAGCAGUUUCUCUUAUCUUGAAAAUAAACUUUAAACCGACUUAAAAAGAUACAACAAUGGCUUUUAAUGAUGACCAAAUAUGGAUUUGCAUAUUUUGUAUUAUACUAUGACUUAACUCUCAAAGGAAACCCCUCUGUUAAUUACUAUUGGGAAUUGAAUCCUUCCUUCUUGAGGGUCUUGACAAUUGCAAAUUCCAAAUCGGAAUUUUUUUUUAAUGUUUUCUCACUGGGAAUAUUUACAUUUUAUGCACUCUUGAAAAUGCAUAAGGACAAAAAUAACCCUAGAGGAUGCUCCAUUGUCUCUAGCAAUGAUAAUCUUACCCAAAAUCAGCAAACAUGUCGAUCACAUAUUAAGUACCAUGGUGGAAGAGCUACCCUUGUAUCCGUGUGAUCCAAAACAGGCAUGGGAUUUCUUCAAUAUUCCUUUUUAUUGAUUACAAUCGGGGGUUCUCUGCCAAUUAACUUUAGCCCUCCAAUCUGCAGCUAUAUGGGAUCUUAUUACAGUGUCCCGUCUAUGGAUGCUAGAUGUUGAUUCAACAUCCUCACUGUAUAUAAUUUUAAAACUCACUAAGCUUUAUUAAUUGUUUUCCUUUUGUUUGAUCUACCAAGGCUUAGGAUCAUGAUUUCUUGUUAUUAAUUAUGUAUUAACCAUGUAAUUUUGGAAUGUAUACAAGUUGUAUAUAUUGGUUGUAUUAAUACUAAUACACAAAAAUCAUUUAGGAUGGUCAAUUACUGAAAUAUUAGAUUACUGUGUUUUCCCUGACUUUCAUUCACCAAUAUAUCGUGUACUCGAUCGAGAAAAAGAACUCCUAUUAAUUGUACACACAUUGUCACCAUAUUGUGCUUAAUUAAGGGUACAAUUUUGAUAUAUAUUGUAUAUUUACUUCUCCUGAUUAUAUAGGAGGACAUAUUCAUUUAAGCCCAUUCAUAUGCUAUCUGUAUUAUCUGUCUGUAGGUUGGAUAUGUUAGGAUACUGGAGCUUUACAAUAUAGCUUUCACUUUUCUAUAUCAAAUAUAAUUGAGAGCUAUACCCAUUUUAGUCCACAGUUGAACUGAGACGUAUUAAUUAUAAGGAACAAAGUGCAAACUAAUUUAGUUUAGCAGAUCUGAUUAGAUGGCUACGGCUCCACCAUAUGUUUAAUUUGUAAGUUGCAUUAAAUCAUCCCUUGAUUCACUCUAAUACCUUAACCAAUCAGAUCAACGGACAUCCAUUUAAUUUACGAGAAUCGCUGAUCAUCUUUCAGCACUACUCUGAAUGAUUUAUCGACUUCAAAAUCAAUUUCCAGAGGCUUCACUGAGCAGUGCAAGUAGGAAGGGGUUUUAGGGUUAGGAAAACAAAUUAUAUACAUUUCAGCAUCAAGCCUUAAUCAUGUAUACAAAGUACUAGACAAAAAACUAUAUAUACCAUAUAUACCUGUGCUAUAAGUAAAUGUCACACAAACAUAUGUCUAAAUGAGAUCAUCUGACUAGAAAUAAGGAUUACCCGGGGGUGUACAUCAGACUAAGUAGGCAUAAUGCAAUUGCAAAAGCAGAAGUUUACCCCUGUGCAUUUUCCUAGUCCUACAACCUUUUAAGGAGUUGCAAUCCCUUAUAUUGGAGAGCGCUGAUAUACUUGUAAAACUCUGCAAUAUCCAAGUUAAUGCCUUUGCAUUCUGUUUACCUGUGAUCUAUCCAGUCUACACACAUGAUCUCCUCACAGGUGUGGUAUUUCUGCAUUACUGCAACUCUUAUCCAACUUCACACUAGAUUCCUGUUCCAUUGAUUUCCUCUUAAGUGAUCUCAUCCCUUACUCAUAACGACUCUGUUUGACGACGUUGUGUACUGACAAGUGAAGGACACUGCGAUGGGAUCACUUUGAGACUACACAUACCUACCCACAUGAACUCUUCAGAGCUUUUCAGAGCCCAUGUUAAGAUCUGCUGGCACUACAUAGAUGUAAUUAAUCAGUAAGCAAGGUUAUUUCACUAUUCUAAUGGAUUUAAUGAAGUCUAUUAUAGAAAUUAAGCCAUGUAAUGUAUUUCACUAAUAUAUCACCAUCUACUGGCUGAUUUAGGGUUUCUGUCAAUUCCAUUCACCAUACCAAUACCCACUAGUAAGAUACUGCUUCUUCUUUUUUGCUACAUUGAGAGUCCUAGUAACAAAUCGGUAUCUAAAUAGUAUUUUUCUCACAUUUCCUCUCUAUUAUCAGUGAAAUAUACAUAGCAGGAUUUUGAGAACCUGGCCUCUCUGUGAGCUUAUAUGUAGAAUCCUAUAUAUUAUAGAAAUUCACAUGAAUUAUAUGUGAGAAUUGGUGUUUCAGUGGAUACGCAUUGAAGAUAUUCCCUUAGAUGUGAUUUUAUCUAAGUAUCACUUUGUUAGGGGUGUAUCUACUUUCAGUACUUUUUUUUUUUUUUUCCUUCAUUUGAAUUUGUGGGUUAUGUCCCUUAUGGGAAGGUGAAGGGCAGCUUUUUUUUUUUUUUUUUCUUCUCAAACAGAAUAAUUAUUUUCCACCCACCAUAUCAGCUCUCUUCAAAAUCCUUCAUCUCAUUUGCUAUCUCCAGCAUUAUAUCCAUUUCCUUUUCUAUAUCAGUCCCUUGUGUCUCCUCUCUAUAUUUGUAAAUUUCUUCCUGCCCCUCAUUCCUCAUCAGUAUUAGCUGCAUUUUUACUCUGUUGUGCAGAAGCAGGCAAAAGACCAGUAUAGUGCUAGAUGUUUACUUGUUUACUGAUCCCAACACUGUGAUAGGAUACCUGAUAAAUAUGUAAUGGCACAUCAAGCACCAUCGCAUAAAGCAUUUAAUUGACACUCCAAGGUUGCUGGCCAAUCAGGAGGCAGACAUUAAAUGCCACUAUUGGAACCUUGUGCCUUAGGUUUACCAUCACUGAUGUAGAGCCUCACCCUGCUACAGAAAAGAGUUCUAGCCCUACCGUGUAACAGUGGAUUGCCAGGUAAAUAUUGCUUUUUAAUUUUAUAAUUGUGUUUUUCAUAUUAUCAUUUGAGUGUCCGUGAGACUGCAUUACACUACCCUCUGGCACUUAAUGUCCAUCAUGUAUAGCCUGUAAAUGUUGGGGGUUUUUUUGUUUGUUUUUCUUGAGCCUCAUCACCUUCAUGUGUUAGGAAUUCAGUUAUGUCAUACAUUUUUCCUCAAGUACUGCACUGUCAGACCAGCUGGCAUAGAUAUUUUUACAUUAUCAGCUUAAUCCUAUGACAAAUGCCGCUCUUCUUAUAAAUGUAUUUUUGUAGUUUUUAUUUUCUAGGCUAUUUUAGAGAUUUUUUUUUUUUUUUUUUGUCAAAGCGUAGUCCUAUCUACAUUUUUGUAACAAUUUUCAGCCAAGCCCCUUUUUAAUUUUUUUUUUUUUUCUUAAGGUGAUUUAAAGGGUAAUCUGUAUUCACUUUAAAGUACAUGGAUGGCAUGGGAUGAUAUUUUUUUAUACUAUGUACAUACAUGUGCAUAUGUUUGCCAUUUUGAUCUGUUUUAAUUUUCUGGAUGUGUGUAAAUAAUGUGCCUCCCUCCUCCCCCAAAAAAAAAAACUUAUCUAUAUAGAUAUAUAAUUAUAUAUUAAUAUGAUAUGAUUUGCACACAGAUACAUCCUUAUAUUAAGUUAUAUAUUGUUUUAACAAGUGAAAGCACAGAUAUAUUCUGUAGUGAGCCAUUAAGAUGCAUGCUCUGUAAGAAAACUCCCAAAAUAUAGUGUAGCUUUGCCAUUGUGCAUCCAUUUUAAUUUAAUCAUGAUACAUGGCCCUGUUUUACCAUGCUCUUGUCCAGUCCCAUUCUGAUUCCUAAUAAAACACUACAAGAGUUUUGGUGUUCUCAAAAAGCCUCACAGUCUACUUUUUCGCUAAGCACGUAUACUCGCAGAUAUGUUUAUUACCAUAGCAAUAGUUGCAACCACUAUAGAUGUGGGAUACCAGAUACUGAUUACUGUUUUUCCCUCCAAAAUGUGAAUCCACUAAAUAAAAUGAAAAUAUAUGUAUGAUGUAUGUACGUGUGUGUAUAUAACAUACACACCCACAUCUACAAUGGUAUUCACAUUUCAUAUGAAUGAGUAGUGCAAUUAUGUUUAAAGCUUUGUGUCAAUGCAAUAAGCAGGUAGCCUGGCCUCUUGAUACACCGAAUUGUGUAGUCUUCCCAUUUUCUUCUAAAGCAUGUAUAACAGGCACUACUUAACCAACACCUUUGAGGGUUGAGAAGUGUUUAAUAGUAGAGGUUUGUUUUUAUCUUCUGUAUGUAUUUUUUUUUUUUUAUAUCUUUGAUUUUCACAGGAGCAAGGGACAAGGCAUAUGUAAAGAGCUCUACACACAGUACUCAGUUAUUUAACAGCUAUUAAAAAGCCAUGAUCCUCCGAUCUUCUGGGAAUAAUUGUGAUGUCAAUGUAAUGUUUUAAUGUUUUCUUUUGUUUGUUUGGGUUAUUAAUAUUCUCUUACUGUAGUUAAUUGAAUUUCCCUUUAAGUGCAAGAGUUCAUCUUUGAUGUUUGAACACAAUUGCACUUAUCAUCACUGGUGUAGAUGAGGGGUGAGGAAAUGUCCUGCUUUACAUUUUCUAGUUAUUUGAAGUUAAAAAAAAUAAUCGAUGCAAUGCAAAGAAAAACAAUAAAUCAACUGUACCUUGUCUACGUUGUAUUGAAAAGUCUGGUGCAUUAUUAUGUGCUAGCCCUUAACAAACGUAGACCAAAGUGACUAGAAGCACAGAUUUUUGAAAAACAUAGGAAAAGUGUUUUAAAAUUAACACAUUAAAUGCGAUCUAGAAUUAUUAAUGCAAAGCAUUGUUACAUAUAUUGCAGUAUGCUAAAAAUUUCAGUGCUUCAAGGUUAUAUGUAUGUGGAUUCGAUCUUUAUUUUAACAGGUUUAUGAUAUUCCUACGCUGUAAUUUUUUACACCUUUUUGCACCUUCUCCUUGGGAUAUGAUGUGCAAGAAUGAGUGAAGGGGAAUGCCCAUUAUAUAAAGUAAUAUGACUUUUCAUUCAGAGUCAGAAUAUCAGAGACUGUCCAAAUAUUCAAUUUUAUUUAUGUAUUCAUUCAGGUUGAAACAAAUGUGCAAUAUGGGCCAGUGAUGCUUAACUUUGUUUCUUCUUAUGUUUGUUAAAUAAAUCUCCCGGGGUACUGUGGGUCUUGGGAAGUUGUUUUUAACGAACAUCUGCAGUUUAAAGGUUGCCAUCAUUAGGUUAGGCACUGACUCUUAGUGGAAGAUUAGAAUAUUAUUGAAAACUUGCCUUGGUGCACUCUAGUUCUUAGAGUUAUGUACACUUGUAUUUAUUUUUAAUUUUUUUUGUAAUGUAAUUAAACUUUGCAAAGUAUUGUGUACAGUACAUAUAACAAGGGCGUGUGUUAAGAAAAAGCAAUUUGGUGAGCUUUUCUGUACACUUUUGCCAUUUCAAAGUCUCUUGAUGCAAAUCUGUGAUUUCUAUAAUGGAGUUACUUAAAAGGGGGUGUUGACUUAAAUGUAUAAUGCAAUUCUUAUUACUAAAUAAUUUGUCAAACCCUCCAGAAAAUAAUAUGCACCUUUUGUUACCAUGUGAAAGAUUUCUAAAUGCUGUGUAAUUGUAAUGUUUACAGUAAAUUACCACCUGCUUCCAUUUAAAUUUAAGUUGUACUCUGACUUUUCCCAGUGCUAGGUUAGUCCACAAUGCACAUGCCAACCAAAUAAAUGUAGAAAGGUAAAGCAUGAAGAUACACACAGGGUACAGCGCAAUACCCAAGAACUGUUAAUGCAAUGGAACCCAACCCUAGGUUUUUUUUUGUUUGGUUUUUUUUUUAGGUUUUUAAUGGAUAUUCCCUGCUUUUAUCACAUGUUUAGCCAGCAUGACUAAAAAAGACUGCUUUGAUAUGCACAUGCUUAUGUGAGAAGAUAUUUAAGGACUAAUUUUUCUGGGAGUGUCUCUGAGAUUGGAAUGGGGGGACCACAGCUCUGAUAAAUACGUUCUCCUCCGGAGAAAGAAGACAUUGAAGUGAGCUGGUGAAAAUAACACUUUUUAGCUAUGUUUGUGUCUAGAUUUAGAGUUCAUCCCAGACAGUGGCACAUUUGAUAAUGUUUUUGAAGCUGUGAUAUUUGGGAACAAAGUGUUGAUUAGGUCAUGUUGUCCAUAUAUUACUUUACAUGUAGCUGUUUAGACUGUGGGGUUAAUUAAGAAAAUAACAUGCUAUUCUACAACGUUUUCAUGAAUAUCUCAUCAUAUUGCAGAGGUUGUCCCAUAAUUGAACUUCUAGGUGUUGUUGGUCUGUAUUUCCUAGAAUUAUGAUAAAUAUGGUUCAUUGGAAACUGAGGGGCCCAGAGGCAAAGAUCUUGUGUACUUACAUUUGUGGGAAUGUUAUUACUCUCCCCAUACACAAGUUUAAAUAGGAUUCAUUGUAUGUUUUUUUUAAAUCAUUCAUAACAAAGCACUAUAACACUGUUAAAAUAUUUAACAAAAUAUAAAUAUUUUGAUGUCCCUCUCCGUGACAAAUGACUUAAUGUUUUAGUGGUUGUUGCCAUUUCCCUGUGAUUCAUCCAUGGAAGGUCAUAGCUCUUCAUAGCUACCUCAUCUGGAUAAAUGCAUGUCUGUGCUAAAAGAAAUUAUGAUCAUAGACCAUGCAGGUGCUAUAUUGAAUGCAGGAAGAGCUAAAAGAUGAAGUUGUAAGUAAGUAGUGCAUUUAUAGAACAUGCAAUGACCGGGCUGUGUAUCAUUGCACCGUCAAUGUCUUGAUAUUUUCCUAAUAAGAGGAGAUGAUCCUUCAUAUGCUGUGGAGAAAUGCUUAGCACUUUGAAGUUCUCAUAUGUCAACUUUCCUCAAACUGUGUGAAGGUAUUGAAUAUUUGUGUAUAUGGCCAUGUUUUAAUAGUAAAGCGGCACUGUCACACUGAACUUUCUCCAAUUGUUUUCUCUUCCUUUCUCAGUUUCUGUACUUUAUUUCUGAUCUAGUUUUCUUUAAAACAUAAUAUAGAGUAGGGAUUUAUAUAGCGCAAACAUAUUCCUCAGCCCUGUACACAGUAAAUGGAGCGGACCUCCUCCUUUGGUCAAUGAAAGUCAGGUGUAGGCAAAAUACAUAAGACAAAGUAGUCCCUACCAGUGGUGUAUUUUGGAUUUGUGCUGCCCUAGGCAGGACGGUGCUCGGGCACCCCCUCUAUAUCUACAUUUUCCCCACCCCUUCCUGUCAAGGCCGCACUUUGACUGACACACACUUUCUUACUGAUGCAUUCAAUGACAUACACUCACUAAAAGAUAGUCAUUGGAACACAUACUGUUUAACCAACACACACUUUGACAGACACACACACACUCUCACUGACAGACACACUCUCAUAUACAAUGACAUACACACAGAUUCACUGAUUUGACACACUCUGACAGACACACAAUUACUCAGACACUCACUGACCGACUCGCACACACGACAGGUGCACACACUCACUGACAGACAGACACGCUCAUUGACUGACACACACAUUCACUCACAGACAGACACACACACAUUCACUUACAGACACACACAUUUCCCCAAACACUCUCAAAUUAUUAUUUUAUUUUAUUUAUUUAUUUUUAAAUUUAAAUCCACCCAGCCUCCCUGGGGGAGCUGGAGUGGAUUACUUACCUGCGGUCUAGUGGGGCUGCUGCACGGGCAGGCAGGGAGUGGACAGACAGAUUAGGCAACGAGGGAGCUCAGCUCCCUUGCGCGCCACUUAGUGAUGCCGGAGUGACAUCAUAUUCCAUCUCCCGGCUUCAUUAAGUAGCGAGGGAGCUGAGCAGGAAGAGCUCAGGUGAGCAUGCUUCCUCGCCGCCUGCUGCGAUAGAAGCUGCCAUCCACCUGGGUUGGCUCAAAAGUGGCCAGCCGGCCAGCUUUUGAGCCCGCUGGACACAAGGCAUCCGCUUUUUUUGCCGCCCCCUGCAAAGUGCCGCCCAAGGCAAAUGCCUUGUUUGCCUCAUGUAAGAUACAUCGCUGGUCCCUACUAUACAUAAAGUUCCUUUAUACAUAAGCUAAAGUAGUCCUGCCCCCCGAUCAUGUUGCGUUGUGCAAGUGUACAGAUCAAAUAAAAGAAUAAUCACUGAGUGGUAUCUAAGCAAAGGCUGCUCACAUUUUAAUUUUGUAAUUGAAGAGCAACUUAGCCCAGGUUUAAUUAAAAGUGAAUGUAAAUUUGUUCUAAAAGAAAAGCAGGCCACUUUACAGUAUGAAGAUUCAGAUUUUUUUUUUUAAUCGACUAAGAUUCAUACACCCAUGCCCCUUGAAUGCCUUUUUUUAAUAUUUAAAAUUUUAAUAAAACUGCAUGUGUGCCCAAUUUUUCAGCUUCCAUUUGUACAUUUGGACAAUAACGCAAACUAAGACAAUAGAGGUGUGGACGAGAAUACUAGUUGCCAUACCUGCACAAGUAUGAAGCUCUCAACACCAAAACAUUGAGAAUGUUCCUUAAUGCCUUCCUCGGCUUUCCAGUAAUAAAGUUGUAAUGUUUGUAUCCUAGCUGUUGCCAAGUGACUGGUUUGAUUAAAACACAGGAUCACAGAAAGAAUGUAUUGGGUAAUAUGCUUAAUUUAGCAUCAGCUUCUAGGGAGCAGUAUCCGAGAGCAAUGAUUUUUUUUUUUUUUUUUUUUUUUAAAGAAAGGGAUAGAAUGUAGUUACACAAAAUUGCAGUUUUGUGUCAAUGGCAGUUCUGAAUAAAAGUUGAGCUCUCUCCAUGGAAACAAGAGUAGUGUUUAUACAGUUAGUUUCACUUUAGAUUUUUGCCUAUUAUAUAUUUUAAUGCUCAUCAGGGUAUAUCCACAUGCAAAAAACAAACACAGACACAUAUUUAAAUUACCAAAACACCCUUGGGAUUAAUGCACUUUAAUUUCUGUCAGGCUAAACUGCUUGCUAGAACACUGCUCUUAUAGUUGUUUAAGAGGGUUGACUGUAUGUAUUGUUGCUGUAUGGCAGACCUAUUAAUAGGAAUAUAUAAAAGUCACAUGUUGGAUUUAAGUGCAAACUGUGUUCUUUUAAUAAUCUAACCAUCUCUUGCAGGACAGAUAUUGUAAGUGACAUUCUAAGCAACAUAACUACUGCAGCUCUGUAUGGCAGUUAUGCAGGUCAAUCUUUGUCCCCCUGGUUUUAUUCCAGACCGAUAAGUAGAGAUGGUCCCCACAUUACUGUUAUGUGUGAUGUCCAUUUUAUUCAAGCAAGCUAGACAACACUGGCUGAAAGAAGUGGGAUAUCUUACCCCUGCCGCUCUCAGCCAAUCACUGUCAUCCAGGUCAGAUGAAAUUGACAUUGAUGAACGCUAAUGUGUUAUUUCCACAUUCUCACUGCAGUAUUGGAAGGGAACUUGAUUGCAUUUUAAAGCCGAAGAGGGAAGAGCCCUGCUUUUUGUUUUGGCUGUUGUUUCCCCAAACUGCUUUUAUCCAAUUGUACAGCGCUACGGAAUUUGUUGGCGCUAUAUAAAUAAUAAAAUAAUAAUAAUACAGUUUGACAUAAAACCAAAAGAUGUUGCCCCAAACUCUAGGCAACAUAACCACUAAACCAGGUGGAAGUUAUGUUGCUUAGAAUGUACCUUUAUCUUGCUAGUAAUUCUCAAACCUUCUAAUGUUAGAUACCAGAGUGUGUGCUCAAAUGUGUUUGUGAUUACCAGCAAUGUCUGCAUAGCAUGUUGAAAUUAUAGGUUUAGUUCCCAGCCUUUGUGGUUUCUGUAACGGAGAAAAUUGGUGCUUUUCAGUUGGCUGUUAAUGUCAGUACGUACUUGAAACACUUUUAGAUGCUAAAAGUACCCAGAAUUUUAGAUAACUUGAUAUUAAAAGGGACACUAUAGUCACCAGAACAACUACAGCUUAUUGAAUUUGUUCUGGUGAGUAGAAUCAUUACCUUCAGGCUUUUUGCUGUAAACACUGUCUUUUCAGAGAAAAUGCAGUGUUUACAUUACAGCCAGUGAUGAUUACACUGGCCACUCACCAGAUAGCUGUUAGAGCUCCUUCCUGGCUCAUGGUUGCCUUAAAUGCAUCCAAACAUUCAGUGUAUCCACCCUCUGCAUGCAGACACUGAACUUCCCUCAUAGAGAUGCAUUGAUUCAAUUAAUCUCUAUGAAGAGAUGCUGAUUGUCCAGGGCUGUGUUUGAAUUGUGCUGGCCCUGCCCCUGAUCUGCCUCUUUGUCGGUUUUAGCCAAUCCUAUGGGAAGCAUUGUGUUUGGAUCAGGCUGAUACCAGCAGGCAGUGGGCAGGUCUAAAGGAAACAGGGACAAAGUAAGUAGCUGCAAACUUGAAUACAAGUAAGAUUUUACUAUAUUUAGGGGGGCAGCGGGGCUAGAUGGUGGUUUUAACCCUACAGGGUCAGGAAAACAUGUUUGUGUUCCUGACCUUUUAGUGCUCCUUUAAUUACUGUGUGUAUAAAAUGCAUACUGCAUACAAAACAUGCCUACACACAUUAAUGAUUUAAUAAAUAUAUUACAGGCAUACUAGAUUUUGGAACUUAAUUAUGUUUGCUUGUAGCCUGACCCGAGAAGCCGUCAUCAAAGAGCGUUUACUGAAACCUUAAUUUUGAUUGCCAAUAUUCCAAGAUGUUCACUAAUGGAUAUGUUCAAAGAACCACUGCUUUGAUUCAGUGCUGCAAUCUGGGGUGUAUUGCAUUUUUGGACCACUAGAUGUCGCUCAAGGGAAUUUGUUCUUUACAGGCUUAUUGUCAUGAGGAAAUCAUUGAGAAUGUAUUUACAUAUUUUUGUUUCUGCAAUAUUCUGUAGCUAACUCUCUACAUUUAUUGGUUUAUUCACUCUAAUUAAAAGCAAUAUGUGUUUCUAAAAUUUUGUAAUGCAGAUAUUCGUAAACAAAUAUUAAAUGCCAUGCAUUCUUCUGUGCAACACUAUGUUUACAAAUAAUGUAUGUUUUAGCUUUAACCUUACAGCUGUAUCACCAUCACAUUCACUAUGUAUUGAGUUUGUAUUAGUUUAGUGAAGGUCGUACGUUGAUCUGGUGACCAGGCCAAGCUUCCUUUAUGUAAUUCUCAAACUUGCUUUUCACAUAUAGUGAGUGAAUGACAUUUGUUUUAUGUGACUUGAGUACUUCCUUUCUAUACUUUGUAGUGCAUGACCUAAUAACCAAACUGCUUUCUGUGACAUACAAGCCUAAUUUACAAAUAUGUAUUGGGAGUGCCUUACACAUGACACUGAUGACUAUAUGAAUGCAGGCUUUCCAAUGUGUUGUUCAUGUGAACAAGAACCAACAAUAUUGUGUAGAUGUUGAAGGGUUAUCAUUAACAUGACAAGCAUAUAGGUGAAUAUUUCAGGGUUUUUUUUUUUCUGUGUUGGACAGUUGCCGGAUACAUAGAUUACAUAUUCAGGAUUUGCAUUACGUAUUCACCCAGGAAAAGUUGGACUUUGAAUCCAAAAGAUGAUUUUACUCAUAUAAUCUAAAUGCCCUCUUUCUUGCAUAACAUUGAGUGGAUAUGUACCUUUUCCCCCCCUCCCCCCCUGAUUUGCAUACAUUAAUCAUCUGUAAGUAAUAGCCUGGGUAAAGUUAACUGACAAGUAUCACUAUUAUUUAUUUUAAUGGGCCAAAAUAGUUUUGUACUAUAAACCACAUGUAUUUGUUAUGAGUGUACAGAAUGUGUUCCUGAGACUUACUCAUAUUAAAUAUGAUUUUUUUUUCUUUAGUACCUGAUAACUUGUUGGGCACGAUCUCUGAUGCCCCUUUUGUCGAUGAAAGGUCUGCAUCAAUUACAAGCUUAACUUCAAUCUCUUGAAUGCUAGAUACCAGAUACUUAUUGCAAAACUGUUGCAGUGGUAAUGUUAACCCCACAGUCUUUUCAUACAUCAUGCUGUGACUUUGUACUUGCUUUGUUUCAAAACAUUUGAGUGUUAUGUACGGAUAUAUAUAAAUAAAUGUAUUUAUCAUUUUGUUC